GCGUUUCACCUUACCUCUAGGGCGCCUCCCUCUCCUGUUUCCCCGUCGCUGCUGCUACGGACGACAAGAUGGCGGCGGCGGCGGCGGCGGCGGGCCCAGGCUUCGGCCCGGCGGGCGCCCUGGAGAGCCGCGUCCUGGCCUACACCCUGCACCGCUGGAGCAGCUUCUCCUCCACCUACCUGCCCGAGUGAGUCUCCGUCGCGACCGGCUUGGCGGAGGCCAGAAGGGCCUGGCCGAGGGAGGGUCGCUUGGGGCUGCGGGGCCUCCCUCCCUCCCUGUGGUACUUAUGGGGAAGAAGGCGGAGCAAGGGGGCGCCCCAUUUAAGAGGGGCUCCGGGGAAGGAGGAAGAAAGCUUGGGGGGGGGGGAGUCUUUCUGUGGGGUGGAGGGUCUUUGGGGAGGCUGGCCUUGAGUAGACGGGGGGGGGGGAAUUCGGUUUUUUUUGGGGGGGCUUCUGAGUUGUUCUUGAAGGGGGGUUCACAUGGGGGGAUUAGUCAUGGGGGUUGUUUUUGAAGUGGGGGUGGUCUUCAGAGUUCUGGGGGGGGGCCCUUUGAGAUUGUUCUUGGGGUGGUCGUCUUUGAGGAGGUGUUCAUGGAGUUCACAUUGAGGGGGGAUUGUCAUGGGAGUUCUUGGGGUCUUUGAGGGGUGGUCUUCAGAGUUGUUCUUGGGGUGGUCUUGGAGGGGGUUUGUCGAAGGGGCCUUCAGAAUUGUUGGCGUGGUGGUCUUUGAGGGGGUGUUCUUGGGGGAGUUCACAUUGGGGGAGGGGCCAGUCCUGGGAGUUGUUUUUGGGGCAGCGGUGGUCGGGUAGAUUUGGGGGUUCGUUUUGGAAGGGUUUGUCUUGGGAUGGGGUGGCAUUUGGGCUUCUUUUUGGGCUUCUUUUUGCUGUUAUCUUGGGGUGGGGAUUUUUAACAGGGUGGUCUUGGGGGUUGUUCUUGGAGGGGGUGGCUCUGGAGGGAGUUGGUCUUGGGGCUGGUCUUGCUUAGGAAGGAAAAGGCUGGUCCCUGCUGCAACAGGAUGCAGAGUUGGGUCUCUGUGUGGUUAGGAAGCCUAAAGGUUGUCAUUAUGAAGGGGGCAAUAUGGUAGGGUGUGUUGGUUUUUUUUUGUUGGAGUGGGGGUCACAUGGGGGCAGACAUGGAUGAGAGUACCUAUGGGACCUAUCAGUGCUUGCUGGGCAUAGUUGUCAACAUUUCCCUUUUUUUAAGGGAAAUUCCCUUAUUCCGAAUAGGAUUCCUCGCAAGAAAAGGGAAAAGUUGACAGCUAUGUUGCUGGGUCUUGCAGGACCUAGAGAGUGAAGAGCCAAGGGAGAGGGGCAUUAUAGGGGACUUUGGGUGGGGUGGGGUAAGCCACCCACCCUUUCUUUCCCUUUUGUUAUAGGAACAUGGAAAGAGGCCAGGCUUAGACCAAGUAGGAGCAUUGGUCUGCCCACCUCAGUGCUGUGUGCACAGACUGGCAGAGGCUAGCCAGGGUUUUAGGCCGGGAGUCUUUUCCCAGUCCUAUCUGAGAGAUGCCAGAGAUUGAAGCUGGGGUCUUAGUAUGCGAAAGUCCCACCAAAAAGAAGAGUGUGUGUCACAGGAGCAUGAUUUGGAAAGGGCUUUGUUGAUGACAGCACCCAGAUUAUGGAACACCUUGACCUGUGAAGUGUGGUUGGCCCCCUUUCUCACUUUUUUCUGCAGGUUAUUGAAGACCUCCUUAUUCUGGAAGUUUUUGACAAUGGCCUUAUUUUAUCAGAUAGUUGUUGUUUUUUUAAUGCCAUGGUUGAACAAGGCAGCUUCUGACCUUGCUCCUUUAUUCUGUAACAGUUUGAUAUUCUGUGAAAUUGUAAUGUUAUAUAUGGCUCCAGCUAUCCUGUGUGGUAGUUUUACACCAGAAGUGAAAGAUAGAAAUGUUUAUUAAAACAAACAAAAUUGGGAAAAUUGAGGGGCUUGGGCAAGUAAUUCAAGCACUUGAAAAAGCUCAGUUGCAGGUCUGCAUUUAGAGUGAGGCAUCAGGUGGGUGGGUUUCAUUAAUGCCCCCCCUUUUCUCUCUCCAUUUUUCUAGCACUGGUGGAAGCUGUGUUUGGUUCUGGUUUCAUGAGUCUCUUAAGGAAGGCAUGGCUAAAGGUGGAAAGGAAGUGAGCUGGGCAUGUGGUCUGUUGCCAGAAUCCCCUUGUGAUGUUUUGUUUUUAACUGCCAUUUAAUGGGGCUUGUAAACCCUGGUACUGUAAUGGGGAAACAACCUGCAAACUUGGUGCAUUUGAUGGAGUGAGCUUCCAUGAUCCAGGCCAGGCAGCUGAAGAUCUAACAGUUAAGUUGCCUUUUAAGGUACCACAGAGCCAUUGGUGACUCUGUGUGUUUUUUUGCUCCCUACAGCAGAUCUAACAUCUUUGUACCUCUGAAAUGUGUGCAUUGAAAACUGGCAAAAGGGGUAGUGCAGUAUUGUGCUGGGGAGGUGAGAAUGUUGGUAACCUUGGUUCCUGGUACUGUAUGAAGCAGAUGCAAGGAGCAGUGAAGAUGUUGGAAACCACAGGAGGAAACAGUGUCCUUGUGCUCGAAUCCUGCUUGCUGGUUUCCCACAGGUACACAAUGAGAACAGGAUGCUGGACUAGAUGGGCCAGUGUCCUGGUCCAGCAGGCUCUUAUGUUCUUAGGGCAAAAUAAAGCAGAGUGUUCUGAGUAGGCUAUUAAGGAGAAAGGAGCAAGGGAUGCAAUGUGGAGAGCUAUGCAGAGAUAUGGAAAGACAGGUAUAGUAGGGGUUGGUUGAUGUGCAAUGUGAGAGGAAAUUUUGAUUAUGUGUGGGCUGAUUUAUGCAGACACAGGAUGUGACAGAGUAGGACAGUAGACCUAAUUAGUGGUUGUGGUGUGGGGAGUAGUGAUAUGGUGAUAUAGGGAGCAGAGGGCAUGAAAAAUGAAAGCAUGGUUUGCAGGAACAAAUGGGCUGUCCUUGAAGGUCCCAAUUGCUGCUGCAGAAAUUUCACCUUCUUGCUAGAAUACCUGUGAAGUGUAUCACAGGUGCACCAUCUCCUUUGCACUAUUCAUGCAUGAAAUCUGUUUUGAAUUUCUGCAAACAUUUGUUCUCUAAAUAUUUCUAAUUGCUUUGCAAAAUAUUGUCUCGUCUCUUUGUUAUGCCCAGUAUGACAGGUCUUGCUAGAUCAUUUGCAGGUUCAAUUUGCUAGUCUGCCUUGAAGGGCAUGUUGUUUCACUUCCAAGUUGACAAGGACCAUGAAAUUAGAUGCUUGAUGAAAACAUAGGCUUCUCAACCCUAUGUUUCCUUUGUAAGAGAAAUGGGGGGAGGGGGAGGGCGGCGGCAUUUUUUUAGGGGAACCUUGGUGGUGAUGGUGGGAGAAGGUCGUUUAACCCUUCCCCUGCUGACUCUGUCUACAAAUGCCAAUCCAGGAUGUUUUAAAAUCAUGCUGGAUUCUGAAAACAAUUGAUUCCAGAUUGUGGGGAUGGGUGGACUGGCCUUUGAAGAAGGGAGGCAUUUGCAGGGGACUGCUGAUGGACGCAGGUGGGAUUAAACUCCCCUCCCUUCCUCUUGUUCCCCACAAGGCAUUCCCCUCACCCACCUUUUGCAUUAUAAUCAAACUUGGAUUUGCUGAUAUGUCAACUUCCACUCUGAGCAGAUGCUUUGGAAAUGAGGAGAGGCAGGUGGGUCGAAAGUGAGGCAGGAGUGAGGCGUACAAGACAGAAUCAGAGUUUCCUGGUGUGUAGAGUUAAAGCAGGGGUCAGCAACCUAAGGCCCAUGGGCUGGAAGCGGCCCGUGGAGGUAGUUUGACUGGCCCAUGAGCCGUCCACGAACCGAAUUGCCCGCUUGCGCACAGCGCUAAGCCGACACAGCGCAGUACUAAGCCAGUGCAGCGUGGCACAGGGAGUUGCUUCCACAGUGCCGGAAAUUGCAUCAACACAGACGCCGGAAAUCACUCACAUGUGCACACGAUCCGGCCCACGGAGUGAUCUCCGUGAGACCAAUCUGGCCCAGGCAAGAUAAACCUUGCUGAUCCCUGAGUUAAAGCCUGAUGAAGGACAUUAUAGGGUUAUGAGUAAGAUGAAAAUAAUUGAAAGCUGAUGAGGAUUCAAGAGGUCAGGCAGGCUAGGUAUGGAGUAGGAGAAAUGAAAGGCUAUUUGAUGGUAGGGUAAAUUUGUUUUGCUGUAGCAAAAUUGGAAAAGUGAUUGGUAAGGUUAGAGCCAACAAUAAGAAAUGUUUAAAUUUUCUGGUGCCAGUUACCCUAGUUUGUGUAGGAUUUUCCCCCUACACAAAUUAGGGUAAUUAGCAUCAGAAAAAUAUCGGUUUUCAUCAUAUUUCCCCCCCCCCCCAUGCCCUAGAGAGUGAUCUAAUUUGGCAUGUUUAUUUUACUUGUAUUUCCUAAACAAAGCUAAAAACUUGGAAGCAGCCAAACUUGCCUAAUGUUUUGUUUAGCCACCCAUUCAUCAUUUUUAGUGAACUUAUGAAAUGGAAAGGUUUCCAUGAAAAAAUAAAGGACUGGGAAUUUUUCCAUCCUGGGCCACCGCUUAAAGCAAAUGGGUUGGUGAAUGGAAUGCUAAGGGAAGAACUAUAGAUAUAACAUAUGUAUAACCCCUUAGAGUCUGUCCCCAACUGAAAUGAAAUCUGUAAGAUAGCUGUGCGAAAAGGUACUGGUUUUCAGAAGAGGACCAGAAUGGAUGUCUCUGACGCUGAGGCUCUGGGUAAAUGGGGAACGAAGUUAUCUAGUACUUUGACUUGUGCAUGUAGCCUUUGCAUGACUGCUGCAGCCUGUGCAUGAUUAGUUUACAUUACAACAUAAGGGUGUUAGCAUCCACUCUCAUUGUCUCUCUUAAAGUUGUUCAACCAAAGCAGGUGGUGAAAAAGGGGGCUUUUAACAUUAAUUAGAGCUUGAUUCUCUCUUUAAUAUUUGUAGACAUACUUUGGUGCUUGGGGAAGAGUGAUGAUUGUGUCCUUUUUACCACUCAGCUCUGCCUGAGGGUUUCCGCAUGAGCGAGAGAAUGCAGAACUAGAUUCCUGUGACAUUAGUUCACCUUUCACUUUUGGACUCUGAAGUGAACUUGGACUUGCAUGCCUGUGUGCUGCAAGUGUUUUCUUACUUGAUGCUGACUGUUGUAAGUGAACUCUGGACUCCAUGUGUAUGGGAUUUUGUCUUAGACAAAAGAUGCCUUGAACUGGGAAGCUAUUCCUGUUUGUUUUGCUCACUUGCAUGAAGGGAGGAGUGGUGGCGCUGAGUGCAUAGUCAGAACUUUUAUUCAUAUCUUGGCUUGUGCCUGAUUGUGGCCACUCUCUUCUUCUAUUCAGACUCAUGUUGCAUGACCGUGCAUUUAGCACUUGCUUUUCAGGUCUUGCUCUUUAAAAAAAGAAACUGUCGUUCUAUUUAAUGUCAUUGUACAGUUACUGAGCCUCAGUCCUUUUCACCAUCAAUCUUUUAUCAGCUAUGACGUUCAAGUUUCUGGAAGGUUAUUGACAAAUGCACAGUUGCAUGGAGUAGGCAAUGAGAUACCCAGUGGAGUGCCGUAAUGAUCUCCCUUUGAGAGUGGUGGUUUGGGACGCAGCUCAAGCACAAACAAUGCAAGUAAAAACAAGGUGUCUUGUUGCUUAGGCUGCAGAAAAAUAUUAGCUCUCAAAUGGCAAAUGCAAAGUGCUAACAGUACGAGGGGGAGGCAGAAUUUUGAAAUGGAUGUGUAGGAACAGGAGAUGGUGUGGUUCACAGAUGUCAUUUAACUCUCCCGGUGCUUGAAGCUUACACAGAGUUCCCCAGGGACGCGUUUUGUUUGGAAAUUUUGCAGAAAUUGCAUCUACGUUAUCUUUGUGGCCUUGCACCACUGUGUUUGGGUUUGGUGACGCUCUGGAGGCUUCCUAAUAAUAUGUUGAGGUACAGUUUGUACAGAUUGUAUUGGUUAUCUCAAAGGGAAUUGCUGCUGUACUGAGAGCCAUGUAAAAGCUAAACCUGCUAGUACGGGUGACUGCCGUGGUCCACAUUCAGUCUUUUACAGUUCUCACAUGAGCCAUAUUCUGCCCCCAUAACACCGAGGGACCAGUUUCAAAUAUGGCAUUGUCAGCACUCAUUGGCUGAGCAAAGUGAGAUUUUUAGUUGGGCUUGUUUAGCAUUCUCUCCUUAUUUGUUGUUAAGACAACAAAUGGUGAGAGAAUAGAAUAGAAUUUGGUACAGAUAUUCCAGAAGUACUGUAUUUUUUGCUCUAAGACUCACUUUUUCCUUCCUAAAAAGUAAGGGGAAAUGUGUGUGCGUCUUAUGGAGCGAAUGCAGGCUGUGCAGCUAUCCCAGAAGCCAGAACAGCAAGAGGGAUUGCUGCUUUCACUGCACAGCGAUCCCUCUUGCUGUUCUGGCUUCUGAGAGUCAGAAUAUUUUUUUUCUUGUUUUCCCUCUCCAAAAACUAGGUGCGUCUUGUGGUCUGGUGCGUCUUAUAGAAAAAUAUGGUAGGUUUCGAGUACAAAUACCAGCUUGAUCUCUGCACUCUUUUUAUUGGAAGAGGAGGAAUGUUGCAAAACACAUUGAUGAAAUUUCUGCCUUGAAAAUGGAUUUUAGAAUGAAAACAAUGUUUAAUUUUUAGCAAUUCUUAGUUUCUACUUCAGCUUAAUAUCCUAAUUUCAAGGAGACCUGGGAAGGUGUUAAGCACUACUAUCUCCUUUGAGCAUUGGGAACAUCUUGCAUGGUGUCAGUCCUAGUUGUACCUUUGUGCUAAAUUCCAUGGUAAUGGAGUUGGAGUACUGGGCAUUAUAGAAUCAUAGAAUCAUAGAGUUGGAAGAGACCACAAGGGCCAUCGAGUCCAACCCCCUGCCAAGCAGGAAACACCGUCAGAGCACUCCUGACAUAUGGUCGUCAAGCCUCUGCUUAAGGACCUCCAAAGAAGAAGACUCCACCACACUCCUUGGCAGCAAAUUCCACUGUCGAACAGCUCUUACUGUCAGGAAGUUCUUCCUAAUGUUUAGGUGGAAUCUUCUUUCUUGUAGUUUGGAUCCAUUGCUCCGUGUCCGCUUCUCUGGAGCAGCAGAAAACAACCUUUCUCCCUCCUCUAUGUGACAUCCUUUUAUAUAUUUGAACAUGGCUAUCAUAUCACCCCUUAACCUCCUCUUCUCCAGGCUAAACAUGCCCAGCUCUCUUAGCCGUUCCUCAUAAGGCAUCGUUUCCAGGCCUUUGACCAUUUUGGGUGCCCUCCUCUGGACACGUUCCAGUUUGUCAAUGUCCUUCUUGAACUGUGGUGCCCAGAACUGGACCCAGUACUCCAGGUGAGGUCUGACCAGAGCAGAAUCCAGUGGCACUAUUACUUCCCUUGAUCUAGAUUCUAUACUCCUAUUGAUGCAGCCCAGAAUUGCAUUGGCUUUUUUAGCUGCCGCGUCACACACAUUAUAGAUGGGUUUGGCAGCCAAAGAACAUUUAGUUUGUUUCAGUGGUGUGGAGUGGAAUAUUUUUCCAUUGCUUAAUUUUUCUGCAGAAGAUGUUAAGUUUCAUGAGUGCAUUGGUAACAAAGAAUGGAUUCCAGUUGCAAAUAAAUGUUACAUUGCAUAAGCUUGUCAGGUCCAAAGGUUUUUAGCUUUGUUUAUCAAUUACAAGUAAAAUAAACAUGCUAAAUUAGACCACUCUCUAGGGCAUGAGAAUUUUACAAAGCAAAUUAUGCUAAUUUGCAUAGGAUAAUUUCCCAGAAAAUUUUCCAGUUCAAAAUUUUCCAGACUUGAAACACCAGAGGAGGGAAUAUUUCAGUAAGAACUAUCAAAAUUGCUAGUGGAGGAACAACUGCUGUUUCUUGGCAAGCUGAAUCACAGAGGUGCUUUGUUUCAGAUGCAUAUUUGCUUUGUUUUACUUUUUCCAUCUUGUAUUUUUCAGCAGUGUAAUCAGAAAUUGCAAAACUUGAAAUUAUCAAGUCUUGUGUUGUCCUUUUAAAUCUGUGGACAGGUUUCUGAAGGCUGUCAUUUGGGGGCUGGUUCACUGAAUACUUCUCCCUGCAAUUUACCACCCUGUAAUUUCUUGUCAUUUACCCCCACACAUUUGGCAUGGAGAAACAAAUAAGCACUAAAAUGAGAUAAAUAUUUGGUUUUGCCCAUGACAAUAUCUCGGUCAGUGCCAUGGAAGCUCAGAAACUGUCUUAUUUGUUUAGCUAGCACAUUCCCCACUUUUCUAAAUGGGACACAGGGUAGUAUAUUAAUCCUUGCAAAAAUGAUGCAAGGUUGAGGUAGAUUAGGCUGAGAGAGCACUUUGGGCAAGUCACUGCACAUAGAGCUUCAUCACAGGAGUGAGAAUAUGAACGGAGGCUUCUCUGGUCCAAGCAUCUGUACACCUGUGUACAGGAAGGGCUUUUCCUUGGCACUUCUUUCUGGGAGUUCCCAACACAGCAUUCUGUGUUCCUCACUGUAAUCUUUGUAAAUACUGUAUGUCGCCAGUAAAAGGUAGAAGGAAUUGGGGGGGACGGACCAGGGACCGGACCAAGGGGGAAUUAACAAAACUUGCAGAAAUGUAAUGUGAAAGAGAACAUCAAUACAUUUUGUGAGCUCUUCCCUUUUUUUUGCAGGGUAUUUUUCAUUUUACUACUUGUACAAAGACAGCAGAAGAAUCCAUAAUGUAGCACACAGCAAAACCUGCCUUGAUGCCCUUAAAGAAGAGAAAAAAAUUGUGUGGGACUGGCUACGGCUGUUGCCCCUUAGCUGAUCAGUGUAGGUUUGCGCGGCUGAGACUGUCUUCUGGAAAAAGUUUUGCUUCUGUCAGUUCAUACAUAAUAAUUUUAAGUUACUUAUGUUAGACUAGAGAGUUAGAUAAAGCGAUGAAAGGGUGCAUUUUCCUCCUUGUUAUAAAUACAUCUUGCUUUUUGGUUUUGGACCAAGUUUUUGCUCCGUGCACCUGAGCAAAUCAAGAACUAAGGCAGUGGUUUCCCACCUUUCUGGACCUGGGACCUACCUCCAAUCCAUACCAGCAUUUGAGAACCCAUUUCUCAAUUUUUGGCCGUUUAUUUAUAUGGUGGUAGUGGUGGUGUUGUGACCCAUCUUGGAUUAGAUUGUAGCCUGCUAGUGAUUCCUGAUCUGUCAGUUGAAGUCCAGUGCUGUAGGGUAUUCUAGCAAGGUUGGCCUAAGACCAGAGCCCACAGAAAGUAGAUAUUGCAUAAUAUCACAGCAAGAAUACAGCAGCUGCUAGUUGAUCUCUCAAAAUGUCACAGAGUGUCUGGCAGUAAGGCUGUGUUGCUUUUGCUAGAACAUGAGAUGAUGACUCUCUGCCAGGAGCUAUGAGACAGGGAAAUACCAAUUGCAAACCUGGCCUUACCUGAGUUGAAGUGUUGACUUUGAUUGCUGUUUUCAGCCAUGCUCCAAAAAACCCACCCUUUUUCUUUUUCUUGUAACUGAAAGUAACCCAGGUGCCAUUAUUUAUUACUAAUAACUAAAGUGCUGUGUCAUUGGCAUAUAUAAUAAAUGUACAAAAUUAAAAUAAGCAUAUAGGAGCUGAGGGAGAAAAAAGUUUUCUUGAAAAUUGUAGGCUUCCUAACAUACAGCUGUUGGUGUCACCAUGUAAAUGAGGACGAUUUAUUUUUUUGGUCCUUGUUAUGUAUGGAAGAUUUUAAUGACUUAACGAUUCUAAUCAAUUAUGUCUGAGAACACCAUUCAAGAUUUUCAAAGGACAAGAUUUGUUACUUGAGUGCUUCUUUAGUCAAUUCCAUUUCUUGUCUCCUUUGCAAACAUGCCAGUGUGUUUGAAAAGUAAGAAAAUUGCAGCGAUGCUGUUUUCUUCAGCUGUGCCUUCAGAAUAAAUGGUGAAAAGCUUAUUUUCUAACAAUUUAGGGGCCUCACUGGUCCCUCCCCCAGUAUUAAAAAUGAGCACAUUUUACAGCUCUCUGCUUGGCACUGGGAGUUGCAGUUGUUCCUGGAUCAUCUCAUGUUUUUCAUUUCUUUUAAUAAGAAUUCUAUUUUAUCCAUGAUAAAGCCCUCCAGGUACAUUAGAUUGGGAGCUAUGUAACUUGCCAGGGCCACCCUGUGGUCUUCACGGUUGAGAGAGAAUUUGAAUAUUCUUACUAGGAGGGCUGCAGGCUUUUCUUUUUUUAAAAAUGAGUUCUUGGUCUGGGGCACCUCCAGCCUAUGGUCACCAUUUGAGGCCUUCAUGGAAGUCAUGUUGAUGACCUUGGCCUGCAUUCAGAAAAAACAAAUCGGGUUCAGGGCCAAGUAGAGAUAUGAACUACUGAGCCACAGCCUUUCAGCUUACCACCUGCAAUUUCUUGGACCACAGUUUGAGAAUCUCUUUUAUAUGCUGCUUCUGCUAUGGCUAUCUUCAUUGCAUACAGAUAAAACUCACUAAGACCCCCAAAACAUAACUUUUUAGUACAUAAAGCAUUCUUACAAUUAAGAGUGCGGGAUUUUUUUUGAAAAUGACUGAAGGGUGUGUGGAUCUUUUUGAAGGAGAUGCAUUACUACUUAGAAGGGUGCACGCUGAUAUUUUAGCAAUUGGAAGUCUCUGGCUCCCAUGCGGAUACCAGAAUUAAGGCAGACUAUAAAAUGCCCCAUAAAACAAAUAGCAGUGAUUUGAGCAUCACGAAAGUACUGCAUAAGAAGGCUUAAGAGCCAAUUGAACAUUGUUUGGCUUUUUAAAAAUAAGAUGAUGUCUGUAUUGUGCUAAUUUAGAGCUCUGUUGCGGAUGCAAAUGCCAGGCCUAAACAAUUAUCUGUGAGAGAUGCUUUUAUUGGGCAUGGAUCUUCCUGGAAACCUUGCCUGCUUAGGUUGAGACAAGACCUGGACGAGAGCUUGAAAGAUCUUGCUGCAAACAAGACAAGCUUUACCCGCUCCUGUUGCUUAGUCUCAGUUUAUAGAAUACUUGCACAAUGCUGUCUUCUAAUCUUGGUUGGCUGAUGGUACUCUGCCCCUGUAUCUGAAGGCCUAGGGUGGGUAGCCUCUGUGUUAAACCUUUAAAAAUAAUUAUACAUCUGUGUGUGGUUUUCUCGGACGCGGCGUCUUCAUGCUUCUGCGUCUGCUUGGCCAGGUGCUUCUCCCUCUUCUACCCCUUUAUAGCAAUGGUCCUUCUGAGCAAUGUACAUCUAGCAUUGCACAGCAUAGAAGCACAGGCUAUACUUCCUCGUAGGUGGACUUGCGGCUCUUUGUGCUUAUUACACAAAGUACUUUACCUCCAGUGUUAGAAACUCAGGUAUACACACUAGGUGCCAAAUGGUUCCAUAACCAGGGUUAUAGUCGUCAAAACGGAAUGCCUGGUUGCCAUUUUUGGGCCAGGUGGCUCAAAGGUCGUGUUUUUAAUACGACUUUUUAGUUGCUGAAACACAUUCUGAUUGUGCAGAUAAAAUAUACGGGAUAAAAUUCUGCAGGAUGUGUUGCUAGUGUAAGAAAACUGUCAAGAUCCAAGGAUCCCCAAGCAUGCACCUCUAGAUGGUGGAGAGGUCAGGCGCCAUCCUGGCAGCCAGGUAUCUUCACUUGGUUCCAAGUGGCUGAUAACCAGGUGCAAAAUGCUGCUGAAUUUUGAAUGCUGUUUACCUCCAAGGUGUUCAAAUGGGCAUGUUUGUUAGAUUGGGAUAAUACUAUUUGCCCAAAUGCUACUCAGUGAACUUCACAGCUGAGCAGGGAUGUCAGCUUGGGUUUCCAAGGCUUGCUACACAGUCAGUUGUGCAGACUCCAGAACCUUGGUAACUGGUGUCAUAGAUUGUCAGGUACCCAGAACUGGUCAGACUUUGUUUUUAUUGCUGGUUCUUAGCAGUAUCUUGGGCUGUAGUGCUUAGUUGGCUGCGAGCUUGCAUUAAUCCAUGGGGGAACAUCUUUCAGCCUGAGGUCCACAUUCCCUUCCGGGGAUGUGUGUCAGUGGUUGGUAGGACCAAAGCAGUCAGAAAACAAACAAACAAAUGUGAAAUUUAAUUUGUACAGUAGGACAGUUUCUACACACUCUUGUACCCCCUACUCGGUCCCCCAUCUGAGCAGUCAAUAAGCGUUAUUGGAGAGUGCACAGAAGGCCGGGAAGGAGUGUGUCCUGGGGAGAGUGUUUGUAUGGCUUGGAGGAUUCUAAGGUUCAGAUAAUAAUUGUAGAGAUGGAAGAGACCAGGAGGAUCAUCUAGUCCACCUCUUCAACACAGGAAUCUUUUGUCAAGCUUGAGGCUCGAACCCACAACCCUGAGAUUAAGGGUGGCGCUGUGGGUUAAACCACAGAGCCUAGGGCUUGCAAAUCAAAAGGUUGGCGGUUCAAAUCCCCGUGACGGGGUGAGCUCCCGUUUCUCGGUCCCUGCUCCUGCCAACCUAGCAGUUCGAAAGCACGUCAAAGUGCAAGUAGAUAAAUAAGUACCGCUCUGGCAGGAAGGUAAACGGCGUUUCUGUGUGCUGCUCUGGUUUGCCAGAAGCGGCUUAGUCAUGCUGGCCACAUGACCCGGAAUCUGUACGCCGGCUCCCUCGGCCAAUAAAGCGAGAUGAGCGCCGCAACCCCAGAGUCCGCGACUGGACCUAAUGGUCAGGGGUCCCUUUACCCUUUAUCUUUACCCACUGUGCUCUCCCACAUCCUAGGACAGAGAGGCCCAGAGGGCCUGAGCUUCCCCAUCCCUGCAUUAAACAAAAACCCUUUCACCAGUUUGAAAUAGGUCCCUGGUAGUUGAAAACGUUUGUGUUUCUAGUCCUUUUAGGUGGCAGGAAGAAAGUGCGUAGAGGAAGCGUGUAACGCAUACAUGCAUGCUCCAAAGCAGCUGUGCUUUCUUUGAAAUGUUUUUUCUUCUUAACUCAAUUCUAUAUUGAUUGACAUUAAAAACAAACCAACAAACCAGAAUGCUAACUUUAGUUGCAUAUUUUUAAUGUUGUUUGUGCUUCUUUGAAAAUAAUCCCUGAGAUGUGUGUUUAUAUCUAUGGUUAGCUUUACCAUAAGAGCAAAAUCGUCGUGGCCAGUCCAUCAUGAAACAAUUUGACCUAUUGACUUAAAGCUCUCUGUGACUUUAGCUUUGCUAGAUGUUUAUGAUGAUGCAGACUGCUACUUGGCAAUAAGUAGAGCCAAAGGAAUAUGGAAAUAUGCCUCUUCAGGCUAGGAUUGCAGAGCUCUGCAAAUCAUUUCCCUAGCUUGCUAGAAGCACAACACUUAUUUGAUUCUGUCUCAACGCUUGGGCAGUUUUAGGUAGCUCUUUGAGAUUAUAAGAAGCACCAUCGAAAUAGGAUUUAAACGUUGAGAGUGGCUCAACCAAACUGGAAUAGUGUUUAGGUUUGGUGGCCUCUAACAGAGAAUACAGCUAUUAUCAUGUGUAUUUAACAUGUUCAACUGCAAUACAGUUUGCUCAGUUGCGUGAAAUAAAAGACAAGUUCCUAGCUUAGCAGGUUUGGCUAUGGAACAGAGCAAGUACAUAUAUGUAUCUUGGGCCUCUCGUCCCCCCCCCCUUCCCUGGUUGCCAAAUGUUAUUUAAGACAUGCAGAGUUUUCUGAGAUGGAGGGGUAUUAAAUACAGAUGAUACCUUGGCUGACAUUUUGUGCUGUGUGUUAAAAUUUCUAGAGCGUUUGCUUUAUUAGUCUGUUACAGCAAACCCCAGAAAGAGUGCUGUGACACCUUAAAGACUAAUGUAUUUAUUAUGAUGUGGUCCAUGAAAGCUAAUGCUGUAAUAAAUACAUUUGUUCAUCUUUAAGGUGCCACAGAACUCUUCGUUGCUUUUGUUCUGUGUGUAUUUCAGCCAUACAAAAACUUGACAGCUGGGGAGAAGGGUUGUUGGAAGUUUGAAACCUAGGUUUGAGGUACUUCAAGACCUGUAGGUAUAAGGUUCUCAUCUGGUUGCUUGCGUGAGAAGAGUGUUUAGGUUCUCAAAGAGGCUUUAGUAAAGUUUAAUUGCUCUGGUAUCUUUUAUUUACAAUUUAAGGGUGAAUAGUGACUGUCUUGCAUGGACACACCUCAAAGAGCCCAUCCAGGGAAAGGCAAUAGCUCAGUAGUAGAUCAUUUGCUUUCCAUGAAAAAGGUCCCUAGGAUCUCCUGGUAGGUUGGGAAUGUCCUCUGUGUGGAGCCUUGGAGAGCUGUUUCCACCCUGUGAUCUGACUCUGAAUCAGGAGCUUCCUAUGUUCCAUGGUCUUUAGUGGGGGAAAUGACAAAGAUUGAAUCUUCCAGAUGAAACAUUCCACCUGUCUUGGCUGCCUACUGUAGCCUCAGGGAGGAUAGUGCGUCUUCAGACGGUCCUUGUGUAUGUGGGUAAGGGAAAAAACCUGCAUUGGAUUGCGAAGUAGUUUUUAUUCAGAUUGGGUUUAGGGAAGGAGUUGCAUUGACCUCUAGUACAGGGUAUUAAGUGGGUAACAUACAAGUGCUUUGAGCCUUUCUUUGUGUAUGUGUUUUUAGGAAUAUUUUAGUAGACAAGCCCAAUGAUCAGUCUUCGCGGUGGUCUUCUGAAAGCAACUACCCUCCCCAGGUAAGUGUUUGAAUUUUCCCUCAGUAUCUCGAACCCUUCAGUUACCACCACCACCAAUACUUCUAUUAUUUAUCAGAAUAAAUGGUGCCAUUGUUGCAAGACCAUUCUUUCUGGGUUGGUUUUUCAGAGGGCCAGGUUAAGUUGGUGUUUGCAUUUAAAUUCCGAAUGGUGUCUCAUUGGUUCUGUGUUCUUACGAUGAAGUCUUGGUGCUUUGCUCUGAGACCCUGGAGUAGAACAGGAAGAACCAGCAGGCUGAGGCAUCCCUUGGAGAAGCAGGACCAGUACAAUAGCUCUCCAUAAUACUACUGGAAAUAGCCAGCUUUUCAAUGUGUGUGCAUGUUUAUUUACAUUUGCGAUAAGUAUCAAUACACUGGAACGAGGAUCUAUUCUAGGAAUGAGACUGCAUUGGGAAAUUCUGGGUGCUUUGCCUCCCUCCACAAUGUCAACGAAAAUAGACAUUUCUUCUCUAUCUUGAUGUACUUUCUCCUCUUCAUGUUUUGUUGCAAUUGCUUGGACAUGGGUGUGCAGAAAGAUUGGCAAGGUCUGAUUGAUCCUGUUGGGAAGGGGGCAUUAUUUCUGGAGAGGUAACCCAGACCUGCUGCAAAAGGGCCUCUCCUAAUUAUGAUUAAGACACACUGAACAGGUAAAACACCUCUGUAAGUGCCAGCAUAACCUACCUUUGUUAGGCAAGUACCGGAGACAUUUACAGUUGCCUGUCUUCCAAUUACUACUUUAUUAGCUUUUCCUGUGGAGUGUAGGAAGUCAUGGUGCUGGGAUAAGGGCACCAUGGCCAAGGAAAUAGCUCAAGCCAACAUUAAUAUUAUUGGGAAUAAAAUGAAUCUGGAUUCUCCUCAACCCCCACUCCCUUUGCCACUUGCAAAUAACUCAUCCAGUCCCCAAAGGAGCACUGGUUUUAAUGUCCAUGGCACCUAAGCUACUGGCAAAAUUCCAGCUUGUUUAUUUUUAGCAUUAAUUUUGGGGGGAAAAAAGCCAACAUUUCUGAACGUAGGUUUUCCUAAGCUAGUAUUUCAGCUAAAAAUAACCAGCUAAAUAGUCAUGUUCUGCUCUUCCUGCAUGCGUCUACCAGAUGGUCUUUAAUAGUUCUUCUUGGCAGAGAUUCCUUUUUCUGAUAUUCAGCAGUGUAAAAAUGAUAUGUUAACAUUGUCUUGAGAAUAUAAUGUAGUCUUGAGUUAGUAUGAUGCCCUAGAGGCCUUAAGUGAAUUUGGUGGAUGGUGGUGGUUGGCAUCUCUUGAUGAGUGGAAUUUAAUUUUUGAAUGGUUGAGUGUAUAAUUAUUAGGCUGGAUCUUGCCAAAAAGAAUGACCAGAUGAGGAGCAUACAUCUUACUUCCCCUCUUACAGGGACCUGGCCAUCUAAAUUUUUAAGGCGAGCAAAUACAUUUUGUAAAUCAGGCAUCUUUGCAUGAUACAUCUUGGUUCAUGUUGUGAGGUAGUCUUUGCAGUGGUAUUGACUAUUAGAGCAAGUGGCAGACAAAAUAUUUUAAUCUCAAGGCAAUUUUCUUGGCCACAGUGAUGCACUCAAGCUAUGUACAAACAAGCAUAUUUAUAUACUGUGGCUCAGUGCGCACUUCAGGUCAAGCCACAAACCAUGAUUUUUGUUCAUUGCUGGAACUAUCAUUUAUGUUGUAAGUAGACUUAACACCCAAGGACUUUAAAAUAAUAAUUUUUUUGAAAUGCCUAUCUUGCAGUCAUCACCUUCAGGGUGGCUUACAAAAUGUACAAUUUUUUAAAAAAUGUCCUAACCCAGUCUUGCAAAUGAAAUGCAGAACUGCAUAAGUAUAACAUUCCAGAGCAGGCAGAAAUUUCCCAAUUAAAAAAUGUGAAAGCCUCCACACUAACAUUUAUAUCUAAAGACAUGAUGCAUGGAAUAAGUUUAGAGUUGUGUAUACACAGUCGUUGCCUACUUGGAGCCCCCUCCCACAAUGUUUUGGGCUACCACUCUCAUCAACCCCAGCCCCAGUGGUAGUCCAAAACAUCUGGCGGUCACCAGGUAGGCUGCUGUAUGCCAUUCACAUAUACCCAGCUGUGAGCCCAGAUGGUCUGGGCUGCAUCUCCUUGCCAUGGACAUUCUCCAUCACAAGCCUGUCUUUGCUGCCAUGGAAGCUGUCAGAGACUUUCCUCCCAGUUUCUUUUCAUUAGUGUGGCAAGAAACAGCGCAGAGCAGAAUUUCCACACCUGCAAAACGCCUUCUGCUUACAUCCUCUCUUGGUUUGUUUUAAGGUUCUACUUAGCUCUAGGCCUUGUUUGCGGUGUGAUACACUUAAAACAAGAACAAAGACCCAUGUGCAUUCUUUUUCCAUCCCUUACAGUAUCUGAUCCUGAAACUUGAAAGGCCUGCCAUAGUCCAGAGCAUCACAUUUGGAAAAUAUGAGAAGACCCAUGUCUGUAAUUUAAAGAAGUUUAAAGUUUUUGGCGGGAUGAAUGAAGAAAACAUGACAGAUCUCUUAUCAAGGUAAGAAGGAUAUUCAAAUGUGCUUUGGGCAUUUGCUUAAUGUCUUCCAUCGCAGGACUGAUAAGGUGGAGUAUAGGCAGCCGUGAGAUGUGCUUUAGGCCACGAUUCCCAGUCUUUCCCCCUAUAGACCACUUGAAAAUUGGUGAGGGUUUUGGCAGACCUCUUAAUUACUUUUCUGCCUUCUGUAGCAAUUCUAAUGCACCGUGUGCUAGAAGCUAUGUGCUUUUUUAUUGUCAUUGAUUGCUUCUUUUAUUACAUAUUGCAUUCCAUAGAAUUCAAAUGGCAAUAUGGUAAAAUACAAGAAACAAAAGGAAUGAAAAUACAUUUAAAAAUAAAGAUGAAUAUUUAAUUUGAUGAAUGUGCCAUCUCCCGUCUUCAACCACAGAUCCAUAGACCACCUGAAUGAAGCUCACUGACCACUGGGAACUCCCUCCCCUCUGCCUGGUUUAUGCUUUAACUCCCUCUUCCCCAUUACUAUUGGUGAUAAAAAUGACAUUAUUGGAGUGAGGCUAUUCUCUGUGUGCUUCCGGAUGCCUUAUAGCACUGGUUUGGUGAGCCAACUAUACACUUCCCCCAAUGAAUCGAAAGCAAAUUCUUUUUGGUUUACAUGGGACAGCCUCAGGUUCAUCCCCGUUUCCAUCUGAAUUCCAGAAAAGCAAGCUAACUCAUUUCAGAAUGUUGGACAGCUCACUGCUUUGCAAGCCACUGGCAAGACCAAAUCUGUUGCCUCAAGCAAAGCUUCUUGGCAGAUCACAACACUAGCAGCCUAAUAAUAUUUAUAUUUAUAUUUAUACCCUGCCCAUCUGGCUGGGUUGCCCAGCCACUGGACUGGCUGUUCCAAAAGGUGAAAGGUGGUUCUCUUCUGUGCUCAUUCUGCAUUUAAGCUUUCCUUCUCAUCUCUGAUUCCUUGCACUGGCUCACUCCCUCUGUCCCAGGCUCUCGCUUACUCUUCUGCUUUGCGUCAAAUGAUUAUUUCUGUUCUGCUUUUCCAUGAACACUGACCCCAUAACAUGACUUGGAGAUAAUAAAAAAUUAGCAUAAAAGCACAGCACCUGAGCAGAGCUAACAAACUUGUAAGCUUAAAAAGAAAAAAGCAGAAGCAGUUGAGAAUAAGCACUCCCUCAAAAUGUACUCCCUCAAAAGCUUGAUGGGAAAUGAUAGCCUGCCCAGGAGCUUAAAAGGGAAGAAGCCAGGCGAGUCUCCAUGGGGAGAGAGUUGCAAAUCCUGUACACCAGGAAAGAGCAAGCAGCAUCUGGUGACAGGCGACACCUUACCAGUGUUUGUAUCCUCCCCUGUUAAAAAACAUUUAUUUUCUAUAUAGAAGUAUGAAUAUAUCACAUUUUCACGUAUCUACAUUCACUUGAGCUCCUCGGACUUUUCUGUGCCAUAUGGGCUUGCUUUGUUUUUUGGUGUGUGAGAAAGAAAGCAUUAAUUUAUGUGUUCCCAUCAUGUUUAUAAAGAUAGCCGGAUGGCUUUCCUGUGCAAGACCUUAGCAGGUGGCGGAGUCUGGCUGCUGACCUGAAUGUUAAACUUGGCCACUUCUUGAACCUGAACUAGUAAAUGGUGCAAUGUGGCUUUAGGCGCCACAGCACUUAAAAUCUCUGCUCUGCCUACCUGCUAUAGAAGGGAAAUCCCUGUCCCUUGUUAAGCUCUCUCUACGCUGCGGAGCGUAGGUUCAUAUGGGCGUAGUUGGUCCCUGCCCUACAAAAAAACAAAAACAAAAAAACUUGCAGUGAAGAAGCAGUGGGGAAACUUGCAUUGGGGAAUAAGGUCUCCUGAUCCUUAUUCCCCACUUAUAAAUGUUCCCUGAGGGUGGUGAUGGCAUAUUUUGUAGCAGCAUGUCUAUUUACAAAUUGAAGCGAAACGAAAAUUAUCUCCUACUUAGCCAUAAAAUCAUUUAUUAACCUUGUGUCCUUCCCUCCACAGUGGCUUAAAGAAUGACUAUAAUAAAGAAACGUUCACCUUGAAGCAUAAGAUUGAUGAGCAGAUGUUCCCUUGUCGAUUUAUUAAGAUAGGUAAAUAUAUCCCUCCCCCCCCCCCCCAAAGUAUACAUGCUACCAGUUUGCUAGUCUCUGUUCAGGCAGCUUAUGCACCCAGUGGUGUUAUAAAGGGCCUCUGCAGUGCCCUUUGUUUUGGACGAAUCUGCCGCUGGUGCGAAAUGUGGUGUCUACCUUGUGUCAGGAGCAAAUUCCCAGGGCCUAGUCUUUCUUUUUGAAGUCCUUACAGUGCAAUUGGAGAGUGUGUUGUUUCAGCCUACAAACCUACCAUUGGCUUGGGGCUCGUGUCUUGGUGCAUUCCUCUGCCUCUAGUGUGGCAUAUUAGCUGAGAGCAUCCUGCUGGCAAUUAUUGAUGAAGGGUGGUAAGGAAGACUCUUAUUGCUGGGCUCGGUAUGUAAACUAGUCAUAGAUCCUCCAUUUGCAGGGUGUGGACCAGGGGUCUGCAUAGUUUUUGUGGCAUGGGCUGGUUCAUGGUCCCGCAGACGCUGCGGUGAACCGGAGGUGCACACGGACGCACGGAUGUGCAAACACUAUUUCCAGCGCUCCUUCUGGCACAGAGAAGGUGUGCGCAGCUUCUCAUUGGCUGCAGGAACUUCCUGCAGCCAAUGGGAAGCCGGCCAGCGUCACGGAAGGCGGUUCCCGCUCUGUUCUGUGCCAGUUUAGCGUGGUGCACGGGAGCCGACUGAGUGGGCGGCGGGGGUCCAUGGGCCGGUUAAACAACCCCCAUGGGCCGCUUGUUGCCGACCCCUGGUGUGGACCCUUAACUAGAGUAACUAGAGCCAUUUCUGGGACCCUGAACAGCUAAGGGCUGUUGCUGCAUUUGGUGGCAGCACAGUUCCAUGUAUUAAAUGAUAGCCAUGUGAAGCAGUACUUCCUUUUGUCACGCCUGCAUCUACUUGCCAGUAUAGAAAUAGAAUUUUUGUCAGCGUUAUUGAGAGCAGCUUGGUGGGCAGUGGCCACCAAGAGUGUCUUUCUAGUCAUGCUUUGGUGGCUUUUUUAGAGAUGGUCCUGGGCCAAAAGGGAGGAAGUGGGCUCAAAUGUUAACAAGUGUUAAGUGUUUUGGGCCUUUGGGUUAAAACCAGCCCCAUGAACUCUGCCUGGAAUGCUUUGGAGAAAGUGGUUCAAACUUUGUAAAGUGUAUAAAACACUUAGAGUAAAAAAGUGCUAUAUAAACAACCCAUUCGGAAAUUGCAGUUGAAAGACAGGGAAUAAAUAUUGGAUUGUAGCCAAAUGAGUUCUGCUCAGAGUAGACCCAUUAAAAUUAACUGGAGUUACUCAUGUCCAUUGAUUUCAAUGGGUCUGCUGUGAGGUUGACUAUCAUUGGAUACAGACCAUUUAAAAUAAAUACUUAAACCAAGUACUUUUACUUUCCAAACAUUGUCCUCAAUUUAUGGCAGCCUUCAUUUUGGUCUAAAAUAAUGUGGUUGACCAAAACACCAGUUGAUGCUAGACUUGUAUAAGAACAGGAAUAACACCGUGAAUUCUUGGCCCUCCUGCUUGAGUGGGGACAAUUCUUGCAGAUGGGUAUCUGUCUUGGAAUCUGUGGGAUGCUGGGCAGCAAUCUCUGGAUUAAGUGAAUUAGAUCUGUUUAAUAAUAAAAAAAAGGACAUUUGCUUUGCCUUAUGCUUGCUGGGUGGCCUUGCCUGUAAAACAUUACAAGCUGGCAAGUUUUUUCCUAAUCUGAGCUCAUGUCCUGAUUAUGUUUGUUUUGCUUUAAAAGAAUUUGCGCAACAGAUGAGCAGCUACACCAGUACUCUUGUUUUGCCUUAACUUCAUUGAUUACUUGGGUAUUUUGCUCAUUGCUCUCCUUCUCAUUUUAGAAUCUUUAUUCGCCACCCUCCCCCACUUUCACCCCUUAUUCACACUUGCUUGAAUUGUGAAGUUUUGUGUAGAUUAUCUAAUAAUAAUAGAUUUAGGGGAAGCAAUAUCUUGUGUGGAAUAAUGUCAGCAUUUGCAUGGAGGCUACGUAUAUAACGAUAGUUUUUUCCCUUCCUGCACUCUCCCCACCCCCCCUUGUCAAAAAAUCCACUCUAGUGUUGGAGUUUGGUAAUACAGAGUAUAUUAGCCUUCCUCCAGAUGUUUUGGACUACAACUCGGAGCUACAAUCUAAAACAACUGGAGGGCACCAGGUUGCAGUUAGGUGAAAUAGGCAGAUCCAAGUGAAAUAAAUGGAAAGAAAUGGCCACUCUGAGUGGCGCCAUCAUUCUUUUGAGUUCUGUUUGGUCAUUCAUUAUUCUGGAAUCUUGAAUUAUAGAAUCCUAGAACCAGGGCCAUCUUGUUCAACUCCCUGCAAUGCAGGAAUCUCAACUAGAUCAUGCAUGACAGAUGCCUAUCCAGCCUCUGCUUAAAGCCCUCCAAGGAAUUGCAGCUGUCCACACUGCAAUGUGCCUACACACUGUGUUUGCAGCACCAAAGUGAUCUCCAUAGGUGGCAGGCCUGGGCAAUGUGUGUGUAAGUCCUGGGCUACCUAGAUGACAAGUCCAAUGUCUUGGCCUCAUUGAUGUGGUCCAAAGGAAAGCAGAGCAAGACGUUUAACACCAACUUAGCUGCAGGACUUGCAGGGCGCCUCCCUAAUUCACCACCGGCUACCCUCACCUGGUUUAGCCGGCCAGACGAAGCUGUUCCCGGGGUGUGGAUGCUGUCGUAUGCCAACAACUUCUAGGAGCCACAGAUGAGAGUUGAGUGCAGGCGGGGGGUCGGCUAAUGGUGGAUGAGCUACCCAGAAGGAGCACGCCAUGUCCCCCACCAGAGAUAUUGCCCCUUCCUUAACACCCCCUACGCCUCCCCUAUACACUAGUGACACAAAUAUAGCCUAGCAGUGCUGUGCCAUACCGGCCCCAGCCCGACCUGCCAGUAAACCAUGAUAGCUGAAGGAAGCAUCCAUGUUCAGGGGCUGUACACUUUCGUGCCAGAUGCCGGGUGCAAACAGGGAGAAUUGCUGCUUUCAUGCCCUGCUUUGGAGCUUAGAAGCAUCUGUCUGGAUGACAGUGGCGCUGGAACACUCUGGUGAGAUGGACCUUUGGGUCUGCUCCAGCAGAGCAGCUGUUAGGUUAAAAGAAACUGCGAUACAGUGUCUGGAGGGGAGAGGUCAGGAAGGGGGAGUUGGUUAUGGAGAAGGAGGUUCUAAAAGUACGACGGAAUGGAUGAUUCUGUGCUCCGGCGCUGUGGAUUGAAGAUGGCAGGGUAGAGAUGAUCCAAGCUCGAAAAGACCCACUUGAUUUUCCGUGGAUCUGAAGGUGUUCUCAGCCCGUGACAUUCACAGCACAGCCUGUAAGCUGUCUACGUGCAGUGCGUGGGCUGUACUGGGAACAUGGCUCGUUAGCAGUCGCUCCGUCUGUUCUUUUCAUUCCAGGCUCUUGGGUCUAAAAUGCUAAGAUGUAGGAAAUGCCCUUUCUGUUAGCCACUUGCCACUGGCAAACGUCUUUUAAGCAGCUGGUGCGAAAAGACCCUUUUGAUGUGAGCGCGUGAAGAGGAGUUCUGUGCAACUCAAAAGCUUGCUUUUGAUUUUUAAGGUCGGCUAGUUCAGUCGGAGGGAUUGCUGGGCUUGCAUUGUGUUUCUCACUGUGUGGAUCUGAUGUGACUGCAGAGGGACAAUUUGUGCGUUACUGUAAUCUCUGUGAAAGGGAAAUUGUGGUGUACACACAAGUUUGAGUACACACGAAGUGCAUUGCAGGCGUUUUUCAUGGCAGGUACACUGUGUGAUGGGGCUCUCAUUCCACCCUGGAAUCUUGAUAAUUAUCCCUCUAUGAUUGGAUGAUUAUCAGGGCUAAUGUCUUGGAAAAACUACCAUUGCCGGGAUCCUUUCUAAGGGAGGCAUCGGCACUUAAAGCAAUCAGGCUUGUCAGGCAGAACACCAGACACUUAAGAUUGCAGAACCAAGAAUGCGGUCUAGAACACCUGCUAAAUCUGGACUGCAGGGAAAAAUCCAUAGUGAUGGGCAAGCUCUCCACUAUUACCUUAUUGAUAACUUUAUGAAACAUGAAAAGCGACCACUCUGGACCAUUUUAACUGCAUUUGCUUAUUGCUGAUCCAUGGGCAAGAUUUGUUUUUCAAAGUGCACCGCUUAAUUUAAUUCUAAGCUUCCAUUUUUGGAGCUGGGAACCACUAGCCUCCAGAACUGGGAACUUGGCCAAGAUAAGCUGAGUCAGUGGCCCUUUCCUUAGGUGCCACAGAAGUACUUUACUCAAAAUGAUCAAAGGCUGGUGUCAGGAAUAUAAUUGCUUCCAUACAAAACUGUGCCUGUGCGCCUUUAUAGCUACUUUUCACACAAUACUGCAUCUCCAUUAUUUCAGAUUUAUGCAGAACCUCCAGGACAGGUGUCUAAAUGAUGUAUUCUUCUAAAUGCUAAUGGCACUCAUUGGGUUUCGUUUGUAUUUUAACUGCUUGUGCAUCUGCACAUUCUAGACAGCUAUAUUUUAAUGACAGGAAUCACAGGUCUCCUGGAGAGCUGGCUUUUCAGAGGAUCCUAUCAAAAGAUCUGAUUUUUUUUUUAAAAAAAAAUCAUUUCCUCCAAGGAACUCGGGCCCUUUUUACCUUACAUCAUCUCUGUAGGGUAGGUGAGAUUGAGACAUGGUGACGGGCUGCUUCUAAAACUCAUAGUACAGUGGUACCUUGGGUUAAGUGCUUAAUUCAUUCUGGAGGUCCGUUCUUAACUUGAAACUGUUCUUAACCUGAAGCACCACUUUAGCUAAUGGGGCCUCCUGCUACCACCGCGCCGCCGAAGCACGAUUUCUGUUCUCAUCUUGAAGCAAAGUUCUUAACCUGAGGUACUAUUUCUAGAUUAGCGGAGUCUGUAACCUGAAGCGCAUGUAAUCUGAAGCGUAUGUAACCCGAGGUACCACUGUAUUGUAUUUCUUCUGCAAUUUGAAAGUGCGCUUUAUGGAUCACAGUUUAUGCACCAUUCUGCAUGUUCUGGAAGGUGGCCUUUGGCCUUUGCCCACAGGUACUCAAAAGCUUAAUUUGACGCAGAGGCUUAGUUUCGGCACUUUAGGCUUUAAGCCUGGGGUGUGUGGUGAAGGGCAGUGUGUGCAGUUAGCCCAAGCAGAAUCUGCACACCUGGAAGUGAAAGUGAAGGGUUUUCCCAGGUGAGAGGAUGUGACGUUUUGAGCUUGUCUUUGGAAACUUUCAAGUAAUGCUCUGGCAUCUAAGAGAUCUUGAGGAUUGACUGGGUAGGGAGAGGGAGAGAGCUCAAACAGAAGUGGGUGGAAAUCUAAAGAAAUCGUAGCUGGCACACAUGGCUUCAGUACCCAGCAUGUAGAAGGCAAUUGCAGAUUACAGAUGGAAUUCAGAGGCCCUGAGUGACUGUGGGAUGUGCCAUAUAGGACAGGGCAAUGGAUUUCUAUCUUCUGCGUGGUAGGGAGUAUGCACACAGGGCACAAACCUUUCAAAAGGGGAUUGGGCUUGCAUGCACAGGUCAUAUAACCCAUUGUGACUGGGGCCUGUAGAGUGGCACUUGUUUUUACCGUGGGAAUCUAUGAAUGAGUUCACUGUAUUUGAUGCACAUUUAAGUGGUGAAUAGUGAGAUGGACAAAGCUGCCUUGCAGGCCACUUGUCUUCAGUUGCUUGACUUGAACUGUAACUCUCAAUUUUCGAGGGUCCCGUGGAUUCUGGUACCUCCUUCCCCGAGUGAGAUAAUGCAAUGGAACUGGGCUACACAAAAACAGUCCAUGUUGUCCUCCUACUGUUUAUGCACGCUUAAUAACUGUUGCCUUGCCCUAUUUUCUUUAACGGCCCAGUGAUGCUUUUAAAUUGUCUGGGAGGAAUGAUGGCAGACAAGCCAGUGCCUGCCACCUGUGGUCAAUAGAAACCAGCAUGUCAGUACAUAAUGUCUUUUUCUCCUCUCUUGUUAUUCCUCAGUUCCGUUGCUGUCGUGGGGUCCCAGCUUCAAUUUUAGCAUCUGGUACGUUGAACUUAACGGCAUCGACGAUCCGGAUGUGGUACAACCCUGCCUCAAUUGGUACAGCAAGGUAGGCUGCAGAACUGCUGGAGGUUUUUGUGAGAGAAAGAAAUUCAAUUUUCUGGUUGGUGGAUAAGUUACCCUGUUUGAAUUCAAGCAGUCAACUAUUGUAUGACACUUGCAGCAUCAAUAUCAUUAUUUCUAUAGACAUAGCUGUUUGACGUGGUGCUUUAGGUUUGGCAGUGUCUCUGUGAAUCUGGGGAAUGUGAAAUGCUUUGGAAAAAUAUCCCGCUUUUUGUGAGAAGCGUGAGCAUUUCAUAAUGGAAGAACUUUUGUGUGACAGCAUAUUUAUAGCUUGCCUCAGUUCCAAAAGAAGAUAUUAUUUAAUAAGAACGACAAUGAUAUUGAUAUUAUUGUCCUGGUUUGACCUUUCUGCAAUUGAAAAAGAUCCCAGGUACCUAGUAUUGGGGGGGGGGGGGGAGAGCCUAUACAUGCUAUCUCUGAAAGCUUUGGGCAUUCCGAGUAGUCAAUAGUGGUUAGAUACACCAACACUCUGCCUCGGUAUAUGGAAGGUUCAAAUAUUUCUGCAGGUAGUUGAUGGACGUAUCUUUUUGCCCAGUUUUUCCUUGGCCCAUAAAAUCAGAUCCUGCUUGAUAUGUUUGAAACCCUUGAUUCCUGUUUUAUAUUGCUCUAGUUUCGAUUUUAGGCUGUAUUUUUUAAUGAUACAGUUUUUAAAAAUAUUGGACACCGCUUGUAGAUUUUUAAAACAUGAAACAGUUUAUAAAUGCUUCUAAGCAUGUGUGGUUAGGGCUGGUUUCUGAACUGUCUGACAAUACAGAAGUUGCAAUAAUCGUUUUAGGGUUAAAAAUAUGCUUGAUGAAAGCAGUAUGGAACUUUUAAAUUUCCUGGCUAUUAGACACUACCAAGAGCUCUUCCCUUCCGAGGGCCCUCAUGGUAUAGCUGAUAAAGUGGUUGACAUGGACCCAGGGGAUACAGAUCCAAAUCCUCACUUGGGCCCGAUCCUACCUUGCAAGGUAGUUGUGCGGAUAAAAUCGGUGCAAAUCCAUCAGCACUGCAGCUAAGCAGGUCUGAGCCUGAUCAGCGCCUGGGUGUCUGACUGCCUGGUUCCAUGUUGGAAGGGAAGGCUGGAUAUAAAUGUAAUUUAAAAAGUAGGUAACUAAAUCAGUAAGAAGGUAUAUGUGUAAAAUUAAAAUUGGGCAUUGCUUUCUCAUCCGGUCCCAAGGGCUUAGGUAAAGGUAAAGGGACCCCUGACCAUUAGGUCCAGUCGUGGCUGACUCUGGGGUUGCGGCACUCAUCUCGCUUUAUCGGCCGAGGGAGCCGGCGUACAGCUUCCGGGUCAUGUGGCCAGCAUGACUAAGCCGCUUCUGGCAAACCAGAGCAGCACACGGAAACACCAUUUACCUUCCCGCCAGAGUGGUACCUAUUUAUCUACUUGCACUUUGACUUGCUUUUGAACUGCUAGGUUGGCAGGAGCAGGGACCGAGCAAUGGGAGCUCAUCGUCACGGGGAUUCGAACCGCUGACCUUCCGAUCAGCAAGUCCUAGGCUCUGUGGUUUAACCCACAGUGCCACCGCGUCCCUUUUCCCUUUCCCAAGGGCUUAGGUCCCUAUUUAAUCCAACCCAGUGCCGGAGGCAUAUCCUGCAGCAUUUGACUGGGAGAUCCACAGUGCUGUUCUCAUAAAUUUCCUUGUGUUCCAGUAGUACCGUGAACAGGAAGCCAUUCGCCUCUGCCUGAAGCACUUUCGCCAGCACAACUACACAGAGGCCUUUGAGUCCCUGCAGAAGAAAACCAAGAUUGCGCUGGAGCACCCCAUGCUGACAGACCUUCAUGACAAGCUAGUCCUGAAGGGCGACUUCAAUGCCUGCGAAGAGUUGAUAGAGAAAGCUGUGAAUGGUAAGGGCAGAGCAGGGAGCAAGGCACGUUUUGAAUUAGAUUGGCAAAUGAAUGGACGUCUUAGCUGUAGCUGGGCUUUUGGGGUCCCUUUAUAUUCUUGAUCUCUGUAAGUCGUCAGUGAAACAGGACCCGUCACCCUCCCAAGCUUCAGUCGAGGGCUGGGCAGUAUAUCAAUAGAUUGUCCAAAAUCGGUUUGAAGACCAUGUCAUGAUAGCAGUUUCAUAAUUUUUCACCUGGCAAUAUAUCGCGAAUCUUGAUGUGUGUGUGUGUGCACGUGCGCUGUGCAAAAAUCAGAAUGUGGGGAAAACCGUGAAGCCAGCCAAUGCUUCUCUCAGUUCCUGCAACCCCUGUUAACUGUGCCACAUGCAGGGAGCAUCGAAUCACAAGAGCAAAUAUCACAAUGCAGGAAAAACUCUACAUAGUUCCAUCCUUAUUUCAGACAUCGUGAUAUAUUGGUACAUCACAAUGUUUAGCCGGUGAUAUAUCAUAGUGUUGAAAACCAGAAAUCGCCCAGCCCUAUGUCAUUCAGAUUAUUGGCAGUGCCAAACAAUUGCAAGUUGCUUUGAGACCCUUCCGAGUAAAAGAGGGAUGAAUGAAUAUAAAUAAUAUAAAUACAACCUUCUUUGCAGCUUGGCAGACAGCCAACCCAGAACAAAUUUUACAGAACUAAAUCUUCCUGUUAACAAACUCCCCACUUGCCCCGCUCAGAGGAGUGUUCCCUAAUGUGGCUGCGUGUCAUGUCCAUCACGUCCAAAGUACUCAUCAUGUGUAAGCCUGGCUCUGGCUGACGCUGCUGCAGCUGCCCUGGAGGCAAGCAGUUGACUCUGGAGGGAAUAGCAGGGGAAUGCAGAGAGGGAGUGGCUACCUUUCUGCAUCCCUCUGUUGUUCUGCUGAUCUUAUCUUUCCUUUAACAGCCAAUUGUCCCCUAGGGUUUGUGUGAGGGGAAGGAACGGGGAUAAUUGGCUGUUAAAGGAAAGAUAAGAUAAGCAGAGAAAUAAUGCAUGAAAGAAGGUGGUUAGAGGCUCCUGUUUCCCUGCAUGCUUGCCUGUGAUCCCCUCUAGAUUCCUCUGUCCUUCUCCUGGGGAUUGCCAUAGUUACUGGACCUGGCUUGCACGUGGCUUCUUGUAAUGUGACAAACGGAAUGGGUAGCUGGGAUCUUGGAGUUCUGGUGCAAGAGGAGCUCCACAUUACUGACCCAUCUUGCCCCGGCUAGAUUUAUUGCCAUGGAGCCAGGAGCAUUCUGCCUUUGGGAAACAAUUUCCAGAUGCAGCGCCUUGGAGGGAUGUGAUGCUUACAUUUAUGGGUUGACCGUUGAGUCUGGGAAACAGGGGGGUAGCCUCACCAUCACAAGGGCGAACAUUUUUGAAGCCUGCAAAAUAUAGUUCCCCGUAGGCAUGGUAGGGGUGCACAAGCAUUUGUAUUCCUAUUCUUGGAGGUAUGUGGCCUGGCCCAUAACGUCUCACUGUAAUACAGGGGUAGGCAACCUAAGGACCAUGGGCCGGAUCUGGCCCAAUCGCCUUCUCAAUCCGGCCUGUGGAUGGUCUGGGAAUCAGCAUGUUUUUACAUGAGUAGAAUGUGUCCUUUUAUUUAAAAUGCACCUCUGGCUUAUCUGUGGGGCAUAGGAAUUCGCAUUUUUUUUCUUCCAAAAUAUAGUCCGGCCCACCACAUGGUCUGAGGGACAGUGGGCCGGCCCACAGCUAAAAAAGGUUGCUGACCCCUGCUGUAAUAUAUGGUAUAGGCUGGCCACUUGUAUCAUGUGACUUAUUCAACUUAUUCCUGGUCACACAGGUCAGGAGGCCUAAGCUAGCUUAGCAGGGUUGACUGCAGCCUUUUGGGUCUCAGGGCUGUUACCAAAUGGCAGGUGUCUCCUCCCCUUCCCUCUCUGGUUAAGGAGCAGUGGGUGGCGCGCCAGGUGUGUGGGGAGAGAGCCAGGGACAGGAGCAUGAAAUAGCCCCCCCAGUGAGAGUGCUCAGAUUGCCUUGGAAUGAACUUUAACCAAAGAAGUGCUUGUCAGUGGCUGGGACUGAGCCCAGGGAUGCUUUUUCCACAGGUGACUCCCUCAACUGCAUGAGCUAAAUCCAGGGCAAAACCUGGGGCAGCUCAUACAUAAACACCUCCUUGUGGCUGCGUGCUUCCUUGAAGAUCUUACCAGGAUGCCAAAGCACUAGUUUUCUUACCAAGUCCUCCUCCUCCAGGGAAUUUCUCAAGUUCCCUGGGCCUGCAUUCCCCCCUUGCCUUACCUGGCCAAAGCAGAAAUGAAGCUUUCUGGAAAACUAAACUGAUGGCUUUUGUACACAUGGCUUGGAAAUGGGUUUGGGCUUGCACAUGUGCUUGAAAGUGCCACAUAUUUAUUUUUCUCACAAUAUUGCAGAGGGUGCUUGAUUGGGUGGAGAGAAGCGGUGAGGAACCCAGGGCUAGAGUUGGCUGUAGCUGGGACCAGUCCAUGGCAGGCUGACACCCCUUUGCCCUGCAUCCAGAUAAUGUGUUUUCAGUGUCUGUUGGCCAUCGGCCACGCAUGCUUCCUCAGUCCCCCUCCCCUCCAGUGUCUUCUGAAAUUCUCAGAAAAUGUGCAGAUGGAAACUCAGGCAGCUGCCGGACUUCCUCUUGGAAAUAAUAACAAAAAAAGGUUUCCCUGAAACUCAGCUGUUUCGCAGCCGGGGCUUAAAUACCUCAUAUUUGGAUUCAUUCCUAGAGCUUCCAGGCAGCCUAUAUUCUGGCUAGCUCUCAAGAAAGUUCAGUCAUAUGGUGGAAAUGCCAAAUGCAGGGUUACCUUAAUGGUGCUGCUUGGAAGCGCCUCCAGAUGCAGGCACCAAGCGUUCCAAAUAAUUCAUCUCGCCAGAGCUGCAAAAACUUGUAAAUUCACAAACACCCACCUGCUCCUGCCCCUGAGUCAAGACUCUGUUUGGAUGACUUCUUGCCCAUUUCCGAUGACUGCGUAUCUGUUGGCAGAGGACUGCUAGGGGCUGAUUCUGAUGCAAUGCUUUCCCUUUUCCAAGUAAUACAUGUGGAAAGCAUACAUCUGAAUGACCAUUCCUUAGGCUUUUGUAAGAGGGGUUGGUCCCCAUGACUAGACAGGAAGUUAGUAUCUUCUUAGCCAGGUGGGAUUUCACCAAUUCCGCACAUGGAUGCUCAUCUGACGUAUGAAAGAAUUCUCUAAAUUGGUUAUAGGCAGUCCUUUUUUAAAAAAGGAGCUUGUGCUGUUUGGGGAAUGUGGGUAUUGAUUACAAAGUGAUGGUAAUAAGGGAGACAGCUGGAUCCUGGCAACCAGUUGCAACAGGCUCCAUCUUUUCCUUAGCUUGGCACAAGUGUUUGGGUGCUCUAAGAGGUAGGGUUUAUUGAGUCAGGCAAGUGUUGAGGAGGUGCCUUUGGAUAGGCAUAGAGGAGUGACACAAAGGACACGAGGAGUCUGGAGGUUUCUGCAGUGGCUCCCUGUCUGUGGAAUUCUCUCCCUAGGUGGGCUCACCUGGCACCUAUACACCUUUAGGUGCCAGGCAGAAACGUUCCUCUUUAACUAGGCCCUGUGCCGAUAGACAUCCAAUGCCCUUUUAAAAUGUGUUUUUGUUUUUAUUACGUAUUUUGUCUUUAUAUUGUGAUUUUAUGUUGUAACUACCCUGAGAUCUGCGGGUACAGGGCAAUAUACAAAUUUAAUUAAAAGAAGAAAUAAAAUAGCCUUCAUGACCCAUAAGAAAACAAAUCCCAGUUGGGCAAUAUAUUUGCCAAAAUCUCUAGUUCUAAUAAAGUAUGGCAAGCUUUCAAGUUCUCCAGAACACUUCCAUCAGGGAAGAUGUUACACAAUGCAAGCAGUGAGGAGGACAAGGAAAAACAACAUGCAACAAUUAGCUUUGAGGUCAACUUGCAAGCUCUGUUCCAAGAUGGAGAUUGCUGGCAGAAUAAGUCUCAGAUAUCAGGUUGCACAACUAGUAUUCUGGGCAUAAAGAGGAAAUGGCUGCUUCCCAUCUCUUGAGAAAUCAUUAAGUCUGGUUUAUAACCCGGAUCUGUGUCAAACCUUUUAAAAAAACCCUGCACAGGUUCCUGGGAUAGGCAGAUAGCAGAUAGCAGAUAGGUUCCUGGGAUAGGCAGAUAGCAGAAAUAAAGAGGAAUGUGGCUGCCUUUUAACAAAGCAGCCAGACUUUAAUUUACCAGGCUGCAAUUUAGUUGGUUCCAAUAAAGGAGGGGUAGAAAACCUCCAGACAUUGCUGGCCUGUAGCUCCCAUCAUCCCUGUCUAUUGGUCAUGCUGGUUGGGGCUGAUGGGAGUUGGAUAACAUCUGGAGGGCCACAGGCUAGCCAUCUCUGCAAUAGACAUAUUGACCAGCUGGGGAAAGUGGUGAGAGUUAGUGGGAAUACUCUAUUUUCUAUGAAGCAGAGGUAGAACAGCAAUGCAGGAAUCCUUUGCCCAACUUGGGGCUCGAACCCACCACCCUAAUGCUCUAAUGACUGAGCUAUAGUUUUGUAUAAGCCUAUGGCAUCCAGUAUUCCCAGGCAGUCUCCCAUCCAAGUACUAACCAGGCCUGACCCUGCUUAGCUUCCAAGAUCAGAUGAGAUAUCAAGUCUGUUCAGGGUAGUAUUUUGACAUAGGGUCUGCAACUUUUCUGUAUUCUGGCUUUGGUAGCAAUGUGGGACUGUCAGGGAGCUUGGACUGGUUAAAGGGGAGAACUGGCUCUGAUGUAGACUUAACACAUCAUCUGUGGCCCCCCUGACCUUCAUUUCUUCCCUGGGUCCGAGUCCCACUUUGUGUCUGUGAGGCUUGGUAAGGUCACACUGCCCCUGAACUCCCCACUUUGUAGUGGGAGAACAAGCCUUGAACUGUUUCAAGCUGCUAUCGGGUCAGUGAUUUUGCCUUUCUGAGCCUGCCAAACAUCUGUUUCCAGCUCAGUUAUGUGUACACUCUUGAAAAGACUGCAGUGCAUUGUGAAAUGCUCGGUUAGCAGCAAGCUAAAUUUAUUUAGAACUGAAAGAAUUGUUCUGCUUCUUGAGAAAAUAUGUGCUUAGUCUCAAAAGUGGUAGGCAAGCAAGUUGCUACUUGAGGAACUGUCCUUAUGUCGUGGAAGCUGGAUAAGGGGGCAUUUCUUUGCUAUUUCUCCUCAGUUCCUGGCCUAGAGCCCCUUCCCCAACUUGGUGCCCUCCAGAUGCUGCUGGACUACAAAUCCCAUCAUCCCUGACAAUGGCCAAUGGGAGUUGUAGUCUGGAACAUCUGGAGGCCACCAAGUAGGGAUGCUGGUCAGGGCUGAAUAAGAUACAGUCUUUUGGGUGGAUGGGGGCGUCAGAUGUUGGAGAUCUGUGGAAUGAGCUAGAUUAGCAGGAGAGUCUUUCAGAACUGGAGGGCUGUAGCUUGGUAGUAGAGCAUCUUCAACCAUUCCUCAUAAUGCUUUGUUUCCUUGAUCAUCUUGGUCGCCCCCUCUGCACACCUUCCAGCUUAUCAACACCCUUCUUAAAUUUUGGUGCCAUGGAUGAAACCCAUCCUUGGGGAGACUUGCACAGUUUCCCCCCCUCCUGCCCUUAGCUUCAAGAUGUAUGCUGGGAUACUUGCAGUUUCUCCUGCUAGAGGUCUCCUCUAGCCAUUCUUUUCUCUUAGCUCCUUUCUAUCACUUGAAUUAAAGGUAGGCAACUCAGCCUGCUUAAAAAAAUAAUAAUGAAGAGAGUUGGUAGGUCAUUUGUGCACAUCCCAGAAAUCCCCUGCUCUGAAGCCAAGCCACUUCAAGAGGCACCAGUGUCCCUUCUGUGAAAUGAUGAACUUGCUGUGUCCCAGCAAGGUACAUUUUGCAAAGCACCUAAAAGCCCCAAUCCUGGCACCAGCUGCCUUAAGUAACAGUCUGUCCCAAAUUGCUGCUGCUGAGGGCUUUGGAGACAUGUUUUGGUAACCAAGCCGGUUGAGAACUGUUUCUAAAAAUCAGCCGAAAGCCUUAUUUCUAAACCGCCGUUUCGUUAUAAGUGGACGAUGGCCCUAAACAGAUGCAGGUUGGCUCCUUGGUGCAGGGGACGGAGGAAUCCAGUGCAUUGCGGUGGCAUUUUUUCUUGAGCGGUUUGGCAGCGAGAGGAAUGGGAGGAGAGGGGUCAGGUGCUUUCUACAAGAUUGAACCAACUCACCCUCCCUGCCUCCCUCCCUCCCCUGGCCAGUGCCAGCUCAAAACAAGCCUUUGUUGGUGUUUAGCACAAGGAGAUUGAAAGUGGAGUGGCUGCCAAGGGAGAAAUAUUUCUGGGAAGAAGCCUGGAAGAACUCCAGGCCCAGCAUCCUGCGCAAGAGAAGCCGGGUUAUAAGGAAGUCACAAACACAGCUGGAGGUGGGAGAGCGUUGUAUGUGACACAAGUCAUCCUGGGGGGUGUUGAUUGGAGAUCCUGACCUGACCCUUUAAAAAAGCACCAUGCUGCGUUUUGGUCUUAAGAGCUGCCAGGGGAAUUCUGCAGGCAUGAGAUGCAAAGGCUUUUGCGCUUUGAAGCAUUCUCAUCCAUCCUCAACACAAGGACAGGAUCCAGCUUGCCUGAGCAGGAGCACACAUUCUGACAUCCUGAGCCGCUAGCGAUGCUCUCCAGCAGCUUCUCUGACUGAACUCCCCUCCUGUCUCCACAUAGUGAGAUCUCUCCUGGUCAAAGGGUAUUAUUACUGUUGCCAUUUAAUUAUAGGCUCUUUUCAGCCCAGAAGCCACCAAAGUGAUGAGCGGCUGAUUAAAAGGAAAUAUGCAACGGGUGCAAUAAAAUACCAUAAAUCGGGGGUGGAGAAACUCAACCCUUGGGGCCCAGUGUGGUCCUCCAAGCCUCUCUUUCUGCGCCUUAGGACUGCCUCCAGUCAUGCCCCCUCUCCAGAAAAACCACUAAGUUUGGCUCCCCACCUUUUCUGAGGAGUUAUAUCCUUCUUAACUGACAUGCGUUUGAUUGUGAGUGAUACCUCAUCAUGCCACUUGGUGGUUUUGCCCAAUUUCUCUUACCAAGAUUUCUGCUUUAAAAUGCUCAAGGUGCCUUUUGAUCAGUUUUUAAUUAAUGCUAUUUACUUUUUAGCACAGUUUAUUAAUUAUUAAUUUUUUUAAAGUGAUGUUUUCUGUGAAGCGGCUGGCUGCUGACAUUUUCUCUUGUUUUUGUCCCCCCCCCCUUUAAAACAGAUGGCUUGUUCAACCAGUACAUCAGUCAGCAGGAAUACAAACCACGGUGGGGUCAGAUAAUCCCCAAAAGCACCAAAGGUGAGACAAUUGGAUUCGCUGCAACGCAGUCUGUAGCAGGCUAUUCCUGGACGAUCUUAAGAAGUUAGUGCAGAAUGUGUAAGAAUCAUGGUCCAAACAGGAGCUGACCGCAGGGAUUUUAAUGCCUUCUUUCACUGGCUGUAUGUGCACUUCAGAUCCCAUAAAGGUAAAGGGACCCCUGACCAUUAGGUCCAGUCGCGGACGACUCUGGGGUUGCGGCGCUCAUCUCGCUUUAUUGGCCGAGGGGGCUGGUGUACAGCUUCCUGGUCAUGUGGUCAGCAUGACUAAGCUGCCUCUGGCGAACCAGAGCAGCUCACAGAAAUGCUGUUUACCUUCCCGCCAGAGUGGUACCUAUUUAUCUACUUGCACUUUGACGUGCUUUUGAACUGCUAGGUUGGCAGGAGCAGGGACUCAGCAACGGGAGCUCACCCCGUCGCGGGGAUUCGAACCGCCGACCUUCUGAUCGGCAAGCCCUAGGUUCUAUGGUUUAGACCACAGCGCCACCUACGUCCCUCAGAUCCCAUAAGGUCAUGAAAAUAAUAUAGUCACCUGGUCAGUGAGAAUACCCUCCACCCUUUUCAUUUCAUUUUGUUUUCAGAAGAGGAAAAUGUCCUUUCAAGAUGCACAUAUUUCACAUGGGGUUGAUGGGAAAAAAAGUUGCAUUAUUAUCCCACCCCAGGCUCUCAGGGUGGCAUACAUGGUCUUCUCAAGUUAUCCCUGCGACAAUCUGGGGAGGGACUAACUCAAAGCUAUCCAAUAACUUUGAAUCCAAGUAGAAAUUCAAACCUAAGUCUCCCCAGUCUCAUUCCAACACUCUAGCCAGUACAGUGUAUCAUGUUGGAUUUCAGCAUUCUGUUUUGACGCCUGCAUGUUUUGUGUUACAAUAGCCAGUGCUGUCGUUUUCAUUCUUGGAAUUAUGUAAGUUUGCGCAUCUUGAAUCCAGUUAAAUACGUGCGUCGGGAAACUCACAACCAUGUAGAAUAAUGAGGAUUUCUCUCCCUUAAACAUGAACAAGGUGAUGGCGAGGACAGCAGGCCUGGAAUGAGAGGCGGCCAUCAAAUGGUCAUUGACGUGCAGACAGGUGAGCAGCCUUUAGUUUUUUGUUUUCUUUUUAAAAAUAAAACUAUAAUUGGUUUUUGCAUCUGGCUAUAGUUCUGUGGAUGACCUUAUUUCAAGGUUCAGCUUAAACUGUUGAGAAACCAGUGAAAGGUUGCAAAAGGAGGACCAUUGCUGAAUUAGGCAGGGAGCUUUUGACCUCAGCUCCUUCCCCUUCCAGUGCAUUGGAGCAGACAGAUGUGUUUAACUGGAGGAACGCAACACGAUCACAGACCAGAAGCAGAUUCACUUAAAACAAAAUUGUUCUGCACCAUGCAAUGUUGGGAUCAGGCUCUUGGGGCUGGAGUUCUCGGGACCUGUCUUACUCAGACCCGCCUAGUUUUGCAGCCUGAAUAAUUGCCAGGAGUCUUGCAUAGCUUCAUGGGAACUCCACGCAGACUUGGCACCAGAGGUUUCCUGCCUUCCCUGUGUGAGGCAGUUGGUUUAGCUCCACUAGGCUUCCUCUGCCUGUCUCUUCCUCCUUUCUUCCUGGCCCUUCUCUCUGCUCGCCUACAUACCUUGUUUGCCUGGCCUACUGAACCUUCGUCCAUCUACAACCCCGGCUGGUGGGUAGGACUGUGCCCGUCUGAUCCUAGCCUGGAGUGUCCUGAUUUUGGCUGCUUGAUGGCCUGUGGUUCUUGAGCUUUCCUUCUGUCAAGACAGGUGUGUUUGGGGCUUCAUUCCAGGGACUGGUUCAGGUUCAUAGCUCCGGGGAUCAGUGUGUGGUCCCUUGCCCAGUGUACAAAGCAGGCUUGGUUUAACUGGUUAUUUUUUAAUUUGGUGGAUCCGUUGAGGAGCCCCUAAGGGUCAGGGAAGGCUGGCUGCCUUUGCCUGAGGUUUCUGCGGCUGCUUCGGCCAGAGACGUGAUGUCACUGAGUGGGGUGGACAUCUGGCUGAGGACCAAGAGAAAGUUCUCUUUGAGGUCCUUGGUGGAUGGGGUUUUUACUUUGUGCUUUGGGGUCUGAUUGCUGGGAGGAAACCUUUCUGCUGGGGAGAUUGACUAAUGGUCUGCAGUUAUUUUUUGCUUUCCAUUACCUCAGCCACGAUAAACAUUUUUUUAAGUGAAUCCCAAUUUUCUUUGGUGCUUGCGUAAAUAGCACUCCUAUUGGGUGAUUUCAGAUCACCCAAAUAUGUUUUGGUAUCCCAGAGCCAUCUGUUUAAGAGGUUGCUCUGAAAUAGACUCACUCACCCUUCUUAUUUUCAUUGAACACUGAAGACUUUAUUCAAUCUUAGCUGCAAUUUUUCACGUCACUGUGAUCAUACCAGCUCCCCAGUUUUGUAACCUGUUAUAAGGGCUUCGAAGAGCACAGUAAAAAGUAAAUAAAUCUCUGAAUAGAAAAGCUAUUUCAUUCUGAAGUACAGCUUGCUUGCUUUUAACCUCUACCAGAGAGUUUCCAGGGUAGAUAUAUGUGUACAAGGAAUGCUGAAUUAAGAGAAAUGACCUAGAGUAGGCUUUAAAAUACUAAAGUAUUUCAGGCUGUGUUUGGGCUAAAAUGAUGGCCUGGAUUUUUAAACUUUUGCUGCUCUCUGUUAAAAAUUGUAAGCAUUCUUUUAUAGGGUCUAGAUUCGGAAUUGUCUUAUACUGCUGUUUCAGUUUUAACUUUUUAGAUACUGGUUUAGAUACUGAUUCUAAGCUACCUUGGACAAACUUUUGUUUCAAAAGGCAGCAUAUAAACCCUAUAAAUAAACGAAAAACAACUUUAAAGCAAUCCAAGGGCUUUCUGGUUAUAUAUAUAUGCCUCCUAACAGUUCCUCCUCAUUUUCUUUCCUCCCUCAUGGUUUGUUUUGUUAGUUCAUAGUAUUUUGUGUGGGGACAUUGUUUUAUCAUUUUUGUGCAGCUUCUAGUUAACAGCCACAUAAUAAAUAAUAGUUAUACCGUUAAAUGCCAGAGGGAUUGUUAAUGCAGCAGGGAAGCGCCCUCUAGUGGACAGAAAUCGGAAUACUUUUUAACGUUAUUAUUCUGGCAGAAAUAGAAUAGGAAAUUUCCUUCUGACGUGCAUGACAGAAGUUACUUUGUAGGGAGGCCAGUUUCUGGAAUUCUGCAGUUUGUCUCAACAAAUUAUGACGUACACCCGCUGUCGUUUUAAAACUGCCACGUGUUCGGGGAAGGUACUGGUGAUCAGUGGCUAUUUGCCUGAUUUUUCUGGGCAAAUAGUACCAGGACAUUUCGUGCUCCCGCUAUUUCAAGCUUGUUUGACACUUUUGGGAUGUGCAAGCUGGAACAAUCCAAGGGUGGCUGAGGAAUUUUAAAGGUGUGUCAGUCGCUGCCAGAAUUUCAAGGUGGACUGCUCUUGUUGCUUGCUGCUCUCCUCUCAGCAGCCCCUCGUCAGUAUAUUCAGUCUGUAUUUCCUGCCAGCCCAAUGUUCAGUGGCUGUAAGUGAUUUACCGGCCAACGAAAAGCUCUUCUCUGCUUGCUACCACAUCCCAUAAGUCUCUGAUAAAGCUGAGCUAUGUAGCUUUCCAUCUGCCGCCCUGAAGAUGCAUAUUUCAGUUAUUCCAAGCUGAAAAAGUAAGUGUUAGCUGCCUUAACGUCAUCUGGAAAACUUCCAAUUUGCUACGUGACCUUUGGGGCCUAUUUUGAGCACAGGAGAGCUUCCCCUUCUGACCCACCCCCCAUCCUAGUUUUUCUACUGCCCAAGACUUACCUUGAUCCAUGGAACGUGACAUUGGCCUUCUCCAUCCUGAACAAUCCCUUGCUAAAUGGAAAUUCCGUCUCCAUUGCAUCGGACUUAAGCUUCCUUUUUCUUUAGUUAAGAAGGGCCCAGAGGAUGUUUCCUCGGGAAUCUCACUGAGAAACAACACAUCCCUGGUUUGCUCGAGGCAGACGGACACCUGUACUUUAUUCUUUUCCAUAAACAUGCCCCUCUUCUUCUCAUUAUGGGCAUAAAGACUGGUUCUGGCCAGUCUAGUGCAAAUGGCUGCCUGGGGUCCCAGAGUUGGAGGCAGCCUCCCACCACCACCACCGAGAUAAAAAUGACACGAUAUUGCUAAGCUAUGAAUAGCAAAGCGCCUGGCGUGGGGAUGAAUCAGCACUUGGCCAGCUACCUGACGGAGGAGAUCCCUCCUGCCAAUUUAUUGCAUGUCUUGUGGGCAUCCAUUUUAAUAUUUUGCUUAGUGCCUCGCGGAGCCAGGAGACAUCACUGUAGACGCUUUGUUAGGGGCAACCGUGUGCGUGUUUGCUCUCACAGUGCUAUGGAAGUGAUGAUAAUUCCUGUCAGAGGAGGGUGGUUACGUAACCCGUCAGCGUUGCUGCAAGCAGCAAUACGGGGAUGUGCUUUCAUAACCGGAGGUCAGGCCUCUUGUCUCCGAUGGCAUCAAGCAAGCUUAAAGCUUAAAAUCUUAGGGAGCAUCUCCUAGUCUAUAAAUCCUGCCCCACCUUCCAAAUUAAGAUCUCCUAAUCAAGCCGACUCCCAAGUACUAGUGGUUUGUCUUUUUAACCAGAAACAGGGCUUCUAGCAUUGUGUCUCUAGAAUAAGGAACUCAUAGAAUCGUAGAGUUGGAAGGGACCCCAAGGGUCAUCUAUUCCAACCCCCUGCAGUGCAGGAAUCUCAACUGAAGCAUCCCUGACAGAUGGCCAUCCAACCUCUGCUUCGAAACCUCCAAGGAAGGAGAGACCACAGUUUCUCAAGGAGGUCCGUUCUACUGUCAAACAGCUCUUACUUUCAGAAAGUUCUUCCUUCCUCUCCUUGUAAGUUUUGAGGGUGUCACCCCUUUCUUCCUCCCACCCCCCCAAACUGGGAAGCGAAGCUGCAUUUUUUUAGAUGGUGAUUCUAGAGCAGGCAUAGGCAAACUCGGCCCUCCAGAUGUUUUGAAACUACAAUUCCCAUCAUCCCUGACCACUGGUCCUGUUAGCUAGGGAUGAUGGGAGUUGUAGUCCCGAAACAUCUGGAGGGCCGUGUUUGCCUAUGCCUGUUCUAGAGAAUAACCACCACUAAUUUUUCUGUUAGUAAAAUUGGUGGUUCCUGUAUUCUGCUGUGGUAAUUUGGACUGCUGUUGCAUGGUUUGAUCACUGGGGGUUUGGUAUUCCCGUGUUAGUAUAGUUAAAGCUAUGGUUUCCCCAGUAGUGAUGUAUGGAAGUGAGAGCUGGUCGUAAAGAAUGCUGAUCACUGAAGAAUUGAUGCUUUUGAAUUCUGGUGCUGGAGGAGACUCUUGAGAGUCCCAUGGACUGCAAGAAGAUCAAACCUAUCCAUUCUGAAGGAAAUCAGCCCUGAGUGCUCACUGGAAGGACAGAUCCUGAAGCUGAGGCUCCAAGACUUUGGCCACCUCAUGAGAAGAGAAGACUCCCUGGAAAAGACCCUGAUGAUGGGAAAGAAGGAGGGCACAAGGAGAAGGGGACGACAGAGGACGAGAUGGUUGGACAGUGGUCUCGAAGCUACCAGCAUGAGUUUGACCAAACUGCGGGAGGCAGUGGAAGAUAGGAGUGCCUGGCGUGCUCUGGUCCAUGGGGUCACGAAGAGUCGGACACGACUAAACGACUAAACAACAACAACAUUCCCGUGUUAAUUGGGAGGGGUUGUAGCUCAGUGGCAAGAGCAUCUGCUUUGCAUUCCUGACAUCUCCAGUUGGAGCUGGGACAGGCUUCUGCCUGGAACCCUGGGGAGCCACUUCAAACCAGCCUGAGAUCUUUUGAUGAAGGGUGGUAUAUAAAUCAAAUAAAUAAGUCAGUCAGUCGGUCAGCAUGGAUUAUUUAAGAGCUAGCUGAACCCGAUAGUCUGAUUCCGAAUAAUGUAGCUUCCUAAUGUUCCUAUGUUUUACUGCUCUAAAAAUGAGCUUACAUUUACGUAAGCAGCUGUGCUUUAUGCUCCUAUAAAAGGAAAGCUCAGCUGGUUAGACUAUGAUGCUGAUAAUGCCAGGGCUGCAAGUUUGAUCCCCGUAUGAGACAGCUGCAUAUCCUUGCAUUGCAGGGGGUUGAACUAGAUGAUCCUCAGGGUCCUCUCCCCGCAAACUCUGUGAUUGUAUGAAAAGGAGUUGGCACAUGUUCUGUUAACUUCGUUUCUUGGCUAUAUGCAUGUUUUGCAUAGCAGAAGCAGAAGCUACUGGUUGUGAUGUCAAAGUAGCUGGGGUGGCGUCAGGCAGGGACAAUGCUUGAAAGGUAUGUAUUGGAACAAUAGGCUUCGGAGACUGUAGAGCCUAUAAGUGGAAGACACGGGAAUAUUAGCCUGUUUUGAAAACGCUUCCUUGGGAGCAGUGCGUGUGUUGUGUUCCGGUGAAGCAUAUCAGGCAAAUGGUUAAUUACGGACGAGGCUGGCCUGACUGUGAUUGUGCGAGCAAAGGUUGACUGUCAAAAUACCUCCCUGCCCCUUGGGCCUUUUUCAUGAAAGAAACAAAUGCUUUUCUUAGAAGGGGGAAAUUUCCAAGGAGCAUUUUAACAGCCGUUAAAUAUUCAGAGGAGAUGCAGGCAAUCACCUUAAGGACUCAGCAGAAUGGCGUGAAAGGGCUUGAAGGAGAAAAGAGCUCUAUCUUAAACAUGGGGAAAGAGCUUUCUAAUUAAGAGCAAUUCACCAGUAGAAUAUUCUACCUGGCAAGAUAAUCCUUCAUAGGAAACGUGGAUGGGCAGACACUUGUGGAGAGAUGUUUAAGGGGUGGUGGGAAUAAAAUGGCCUUCCUGGUUCUGAUUUAUUUAUAAAUGAGGGCUUCGAAAUUUGGAAUGGGGCGGGGGCUUUGUUCUACCUGUCAGAAUGCUCCUGAAUCCCACUUGCCGGAAACGGCAGGAGCAGAGAGUGAUGUUGCGAUCCGGUCUUGAUUCCAGGCUUCCUAUAGGCCCCUGGUCGUCCACUGAGAGAACAGGAUGCUGUGCUAGACGGGCCAUUGGGCUAUUGAUUCAUCUAGGUUCUCUUCCCAUUCCUAUGGGGACUGAUGCAAAUUCUGGAGCAAGGAUCUGCAUCAAGAUAAUACUUCAUUACAAAGGCAGCGCUUGUUCCGUACUUCUUAAGUUAAAUUGCAGACCAAAAAUAACUUUUGUUAUUUAUAGUAUCAGCUAAGGAGACAAGAGGAGAGAGAGGCAAACGUUGCUCAUUCCGCUGAGGAGGUAUGGUGCCUCUGUCUUUUGAGCUGGGGGGCGGGCGCAGUUGCAAAGUGAGAUGCAAAGCAAGCUUGCCUCUCUUCUGUCCCUUCUGCGAUCUUAAGAGUUCAGUCUAGGAUGGUGAUGGAUCCAGUUCUUGCGCAUGCUAUUCCCACCAGCUCCCACCAGAUUCAGUUCAGGUUUGUGAUCGGCGCAGCCUCUCUGUGCUUUGCAUGGCGUUUUGCCCGAGGUCCAGUAGGAUAUGCACCGUGUGCCAAAUCUCUGUGUUUUUUCCUCAGUUAUCAAUCGGGCCAUUGUGGCAAAUGUGGGUUUUGUGAGCUGUGAGAACUUAGGCACACAAAAGGACUUGCUCUUUGCAAGGAACAUUGGCUGCCCUGUGCCCAGAAAGGAAGGGUAAUUAAAGUUAAUGACCCAAGGUAACCUCCUGGCGAUGGUGCCAGUGGCAGCCACUACCACUGCUGCAGACAGGGGUCAAUAAUUCCUAUCCUCCUCCUUUUAAAAUCCCUUUCUAAAACAGAUGCGUUGUUGCUGUCGGGUGGAAAGCUGCCCAGAUGUCUUUGAAUUAAUAUGUUAAUAUUAAGUAGUUUUGGCGUGGAAUCAUUUGGGUCGGCUUAAGCACCUACCAUGACAAAGCAGCCAUUUCGCCCCAAAUGUCUUUAGGGAACACUUUCCACACCAGCCUGUCUGCUAAGACAGAAGGCUCUGAGGCCUGCCGUCACCCUACGUGAACCGAGAAGAGAGGCCAGAAACACCCAGCACUUUCUCUCCUGCGUCUGCAUGUUGCUUGAGAAGAUCAGCUGUGGGAGGCAGGUGUUCUGCUUCCCUCCAGUGUUUUAGACUACAAUUCCCAUCAGCCUCAGCCAGCAGCUGGUCUAAAUGCUAUAUUCUGUGCCAGCUGCAUUACAGUUGCCAAAAGAUGCUAACUUAAAAUAAAGUUAAAAAAUGGAGCAGGAUUUCUUUUUCUUUACAUUGCAGGGGAUUGGACUAGGUGACCCUCGGGAUCCCUUCCGACUCCACAAUUCUAUUAUUCUUCUCUUACCUCUUUCACCUGUUUUGUGGUAGUUGAGAGGCUCUUAACCAGUGACCUGGGCAGCCCUUGUGUAGCGUUUUUCAUUCUCUAGCAGUAGGGAAAAAAGCAGUAGCGCUCUGUCUGGAGAAAGCAUAAAGCCAUUGGGGAGCAGGUUGCGGUAGAAAUUCCCUUGGCACAAUAGCUCCUCCAGCUGCCAUCACGACCUCCCUACUCCUCUUCCUCCUGAGGUCCACCGGGUUUAUCUGUGGUUGUGAUUCUGCUCCAUUGCUCUUUCCAAAGUGGUUUCCUUCUCUGAUAGGUGUAAAACUGAGCCACACUCAGUAUAAAGGUUUGGGAACUGGAGGAAAUGUGCGACCAGGUGCCAAGUAACUACUGACUAACUCCCCCAUCACUUCUGGAUAACUGAUAUUUUACAGGGCCAAGUGCAGCUCUUCGGGCUUCUGUAUCUGCCCCUCGGAUGUCUCUCCUGGCCAUACUCCACUCUAGCCCUACUUUGUACCCCAAUUGUUUUCACCUAUAACUCUGAUAAUGCUUCCUGCUUGUCUGGUUGGAAGAUAGAAAGGGGUGUGUGUGUGUGUGUGUGUGUAAAGAAAAGACCCUACAGCAAAUAUAAAAUUUGCAUUUGUUGCUCCAUCCACUUUUGCUGUCUCCAGAGGGCGUGUGAGCAGAACUGGCCUAGGUGCUACCACUUGCCAACCUAUAAUGUAAUUGUCUUAUGACUGAGAUGAACUCCCUCCAUUCACUAAAGUAUAGACUCAGAAAUUGCAACUUCACUUUGCUGUUUGUGAAGGAACGUAAGAAGUCAAGACAUCUCUUGGGGCCUCUGUGCACUUACCCUGCUUGAAUCCUAGGUGUGUAAGAGGUUCACUUGAGUGUCCAUCUAUCCUUUCUUUUUUAUCUGAUUGGACAGCAUUGUUUAAUCCCACCUCUCUUUGGUCCGUUAGAGCUAUUCAGUGCCUCUCUUAGCACAAAACCAGAUCCUUUUCAUAUAGAUAGUAUCAAAGCCUAUAUGCUUCUAAAACUUCCAAAUGGUUAGGGACACAGCCCACCAGGAACGUCUUGACCCAUUAGAAUACAACUAGCUUUUUACAUUAAGUGUUUGCCACCAGCUUCCUAGUGGAUAAGAGGAUAUUCCAAAGGAAGUGAUACUCAGGCAAGUUCUCCUUGGAGUCGACCCGUUGAAAUUAAGGAACAUGACCAAAUUAGGUCCAUUAAUUUCAGUAGACCUCCACUGAUUUAAACUUGGUUGAGUGCCACCCUAAAAUUUGGAAAGUGUUUAUAGAUGUUGCAAGCAAACAUUCUAACGAUGAUCUCAUGCUUCAAUCUGUUUUGUUCACAAACUAAUGCCUUUCUUUCCUGAAAUUUUGAUUAGAAACAGUAUAUUUGUUUGGCGGCUGGGACGGGACUCAGGACCUGGCUGACUUCUGGGCCUACAGCGUGAAGGAGAACCAGUGGGCGUGUAUAUCAAGAGAUACUGAAAAAGAGGCAAGUUUCAAGCAUUUUCUUAUGAGUGUGCCAUGUGACCAGAGCCUGGUGUUUGCCAAGGCAACACAAUUCUUAAAAAUACCCUGAUUGUAGCUCAGCCUUGAGCCAGCAGUGAUGUCGGAAACUUAACAUCCCCAUCCCCUCCCUGCUUGUUCUAAGAGAAUAUGAAGUCAUGACCCUUUUUGGAUUUCAAAUGCAUUUCAUAAUAGUUGAUGGAAAAGUUUGGCCGUUCCAUUGCCGAGAAAUAAACAAGAUGCUUUGGCAGAACAGAAUGAUAAAAAAAUUUUAAUGAAGAAUUUGGAGCUGAUGGGAGACAUCAGCACCGAAAGCUACUACUGGAUGUCUCCAAAUAUACACGCAGAAGAAGCACUUAACUAAAUGAAACUUUGGGAAGAGACGAGUAUCUGGAAGUUGGAUGAUUUUUAAAUGGGUUUUACUUGAGUAAAACUUGGAAGACUUUUCUCUUCUCCCCUCCCCUCUCCUCUCCCAGGGACUGAACUGGUGCAGCAGAAUGGCUAAGAGAGAGUGAGGAGUGAAUCAGGGAGUCCUUGGCUUAACUCUCCUCCAGGCAGUCCAAAGGUGGCCUUGGAGAAGUCUCUCUCAGCCUUGGGCUUCUGUAUCGGGGGUACAGUACUGGCCUGCCUUCCAGGAUUGUUGCAGAAAUGGCACAAAAAAUUGUAGGCAGAAUAUGUUGGACAUAUUUGAAAGCAGCAUGUAAAUGCUAAGGAUUAGUUCCUAACCAAGCUUCCACUAGUGGGAGCAUCUCAGGAGCAGAGUUCUGCUCAUGGGACGUAUCUACCAGUGGAAGGUAUAGGGGAAGACUUUGAUCAAUUUCCCCUUGUCCUUAUACCCCUGGAGGGUCGGGUCACAGUGUUAGAAACUCAGAUAUAUAAGCUAGGUGCCAAAUGACUCCUUAAACAAAGGUUGCAGUCUCCAAAACAGAAUGUCUUGUUGCCAUUUUGGGGCAAGAUGACUCCAAAGUCUUAUUUUUCAGGCAAUGGACUGACUGAUCUGGCUAGUUCAGAUGACAACCUUCAGCUAGGUUGAGAGCUUUGAGAACUUGAAGAAGAAAAGUCACUUGAUCCAGGGACAGACCACAUGUCCAUCAACCUAUUUCACCCUCUUUUUCUUAACGGUGACUGCUCCUGCUCAGGCUGCACAGAAAAAGCAUUUUGGUUCUCGAAAUUCAUUCCGAUUGUGCAGAUAAAAUAGAACUGAUGGGGUAGUAGCAUGUGAAAACAGUGCAGAUCCAAUGAUUCCCCAGAUGGUGCAGAUGUCAGGCACAAUCCUGUCGCCCUGGCAUCCUCACUUGGUCCCAAGUGGCUGAUAGCUAGGUGCAAAAUGCACCUGGCGCCUGGCUAAUUUCGAACACCGUUGGGCAGCCCUCUGAGAGCCACCUUCUCCCUUGUAUGCUCUGCUGGAUCCCCAUUCCUUCUGCAAAUGGAAGGAGGCCUCCUGAUCAUAGAGGGUUAGUUAAGGAGGAGAUCUAAGUAUAUGCUGUGUGUGUUAAAUCUGCUGCGUAAGCCAGUAUUUUACAGGAGGGUAUGGUGUAGCUCUCCUCUUGCAGAUGAGGAGCAAACUCCCUACGAAAAGCAGUCGGUGUGCUUCUGGGCCAGGAAACUCACGCUUCUGGACUGUGACAAAAAUCUCGAGGCCAACUGCAAAGGUCACGGUUGGAACGGGAUAAAUAAGCUCAACAAGGGAGAUGCUUCCAAUGUUCUUGCGAGAGGAAGGGCAGCUUGUUCAUAAACAAGCCACUAAAAGGAACAAUCUGUUGCACUGAGUUGUUGAGAAUAUCAAAUGGAUUCUAAGAAAAAAAAUGUUUUGCUUUUGAAUUAUAACAUGUUUAUUCAAAUCCUGAACCUCAACGCUGGUAUUGCAUGUGAGGCUUCGGCUGCAAUCUUGUUCAGUUAUUUGGGGGGUAAACUCCAGUGAGCUUAGUUAGACUUACUUCUCAGUAGGAACAGGCUAUUAAUUGCCACUUUAAAGGCUGUGAAUGGGGAUCUUCUUGGGCAGGCAACUACAGGUUGCCAGAAAGCUUUAGAAUAAGUUAUUCUCUUGGUGUCUCCAGAUUUGUAACGCCCUUAGUGAAAAUAUGUUGAAACCCCUGCUCUGUAUCACCUUGAUCUUGGCUUCUUGCGCCAGCUUGCCUGCAGGAUCAAAGCAUGGGGCUGGGAAGAAGAGAAGAAGGUACAUUUGACCAGAGUUUAGAUGGCCUGACUUGGGUUAUGUGCCCAUUACUGUAAAGAAACAACUGAGGCCAAAUUGUAGCUAAUGCUUGAGGAUGCUCAUGCAAGCUUAUUUCCCUAUAUUCAGUUAAGAUCUUGCAGGAUUUGCAGCAGCCUGAGUUGGUGGCCUGGGCUGUUCUGUGGACAGGGUUGGAGAGAGCAUGCAUGUUUGUAUAGGUAACGAGGAUGGUCUUCCUAAGACAGCAUGUCAACUAAGAUGGCACAUACCUGUGCCUCCCAAACUAUGCGAUGUCCCAGAGCUGGGAGGAGCUAACAGGGUGUGGCAGCAUGAGGAAGGAGCAAGCAUUGUAAUAAUUGGGGACAUUUGAGAUCCCAGGAGGGGGUGGGAUUCCAUCCUGCUGAUAGGCUUCACAUACAAUGAAACAUGAACGGCCAAAUGACACGUGCACCUCAAAAGAACUGACACUGGGACCUGAAAACUGAACCCAGAGCACGGAAGAGGAUUUUUCACUUGUUUAUGGUUAGUAUCCACCACCGUGAGAUGGCUGUGCAUGACUAUAGAUGCAAUCAGGCAGUAGUGUAAAGCGCUUUAAACAAAGGGACCAAAGGAAGUUCAGGGACAACAGUCAGUCCAUCCUAUUUUACCAAACAGGUGAGAGAACUUGGGGUAGAACAGGGCUUAUAUUGCAAGCCUGUUGAGUCCGCAUGUGGAGAAACCUAGACUUGAUCGCUGAUCAGCCAUGAAAUUUAGCAGAUAACUUCAGGCCAAGUCUCUUGACGGAGGACUUGUUCACGUGCAUCUUCCUCAAUGCCUUAGGAACACUUUCAGCUGCCCUUUGAACUGCCACCACGGUGUUGUCGGGUGAUGUGAAAGCUUUCAGCUGCGUCUUCCUAGUAUAUGCAGGUGAUCGGGCAAGGUUGGGACCAAAUGGAGAAGGUGUGUGUUUGAAUGGUGGUGUGCCUAUAGCCUUCAGUUUGGUAGUGGCUCCGUUAUAAACUUGCCUAAUUUUUUGCUCUCAAAAAAAAUAAGCCAAGAUUGCCAAGGGAUGUAACAGAAUGGCUGAAAAAGAAGCCAUGGGGACCCAUUGCUGAAUCCUACCGUGAUCUAUUUUGCAUUUCUUCCCUUUUGUCAGAGCUGACUGACUUAAUCUUUCCUCAUUGCAGCUGUUUGGCAUCCCUAAGGUCUUGUUUGAACAUUUGGGUCUUUGGUUCUGUGUUUAUCCUGCCCUGAGGAUAGAAAAGUGAGAGCAUGGCUGCUGGAAUGUUGGAGGAGGAUAAAAAUUGUUGUCUGGUGACGGCUUACGAUGCAGAAGCACAUGUUUGUUUUUGCAAGGACACGGCAAAGGUUGAUGUCAUAGUAUCCUCCUGGUAAUGUCUCUCAUGCAAUAGAAGCCUCUGGUGGCCUAGACUUCGCGGUGGAUCAGUCUCCAAAGGAGCUUGCUAGUCCUAAAGCUAGCUGGAAUCCAGACAUUGUGUAACAAGGUGAUCCAGCGUAAAGAGGUCACAGUAUAGUCCACAGUUUUUUAACCUUGGGUCCAGAUAUUGUUGGAUUCCAACCACUCAUCAUCUCCAGCCAGAUGAGACAGUGGUCACGGAUGAUGGGAGUUGUAGUCCAACAAUACCUGGGAACCCAAGGUUGAAGAAAGUUUAUAUAGCCAAAUGUAUGAAAGUAAAGCUUCUACACCCAUGCACAGUAAUUAUGUAAGCUUUCCAGGAGGAGGAGAUGGGUUUACUAGUCAAAAAUAAGAUUACAUACUGAAAUUGUAAUCAUGUGUGGUUUUUAUAAAGGGACUUGGGCCAGGUUUACAUAUUAUAUUAAAAGCAGUGCCAAAAAGUCAGCAACUGUUUCAUUCUUCCCUCCCUCUCUGUAGCAUCUAGGGUGACUUACCCACAUAUCUUGAUGUUGAAUGUCACCCAGGAAAUUUAAUGCAGCACAGCAGAUUGGACUCUUCAAAUAGGUGCAGGGAAUAAAAUCACCACCCUAAAAUCACCAUUCUAAAAAUGAGGCAACGCCAGCCGAAAGCCUGAAAAAUAUUUCAGAUUUCUUGGCGGCAGCAUCAGUUUAGGCAGUUGGGCAAUCAGUCAAUCAAGUUACGCUUGUCAUCUCUUGGAACUAUGGGACACAUCUUUUGUGGUUAUUCCUGAGCUACAAUUCAUUGUGAUGUUCCUAGAACGAUUUGCUCCUUUUGGCUGUCAUGCGAUUUUUCAUGCCAUGUUGGUGGUCUGUCUGAGAAAUGGUGGAAUGACUUCCUUUUUGCAUUGAUAGGCAUAAAACCUCAAAACAGGCCUAGGACAAACUGUGCUGAGCACUUGGAGCAUGAAACAGUGCCCCCGCUUUGGUUUUGAGUUGUCUGGUCCCAGUGCUCUUCCCUUGCUAAAUCAUAAAUUGUAUUUUGGUUGUUUGUAUUAAAGGAAACACCAAUAAAAAACAUUUAAAAAAUAAAUAAAUUAUUCAUUAGCGUUUAAUAGAAGCAGCACAAUAAACAAAUUAGUUGAACUGUUUUCUGCGUUGGGUUUGAUCUCUUGUCCUGUUUUGGUAGGAGUCGCUGUGCCAUUAAUAUUUUGUGGAUUGGGGCCCCCACCGGAAUAAUCAGAGGAGGUGGAAAUGACGGACAAACUAAUAAACAACUAGCUGUGCAAAUAGUUGGAAUUUACAAUACAUUUGUUGCUUGCCGUCAGUGGUAACAGCCCUUUUUUAUCACUGCAUUUUGAUUGCAUGUCAGAAUUCUAUGUGGGGGCGGGGGGAAGGAAACACAGCACAGACUUGUUUCUUGGGUCUUCUGACUACUUGGUCUGCCAAAGGAGCUAAAGGGGACGGACUUUAAAGAUGCUGAUCUCGAAGAUAGUCUUGCUUCAGAAGGAAUGGAAAUAAAUAUUUUAAGCAGAGUCGAAUACUUCUGGAACACAGAACAAAACGGAAGCAGUAAAUAAAAACUUUCAGAACCAGUUCAUGGUUAGGGCUUAAAUUUUAAUUACAAGAGGGAGGUGUGGGGGUUAUUUCUUAUUUUGUUGUUGUUUAGUCGUGUCCAACUCUUCGUGACCCCAUGGACCAGAGCACGCCAGGCACUCCUGUCUUCCACUGCCUCCUGCAGUUUGGUCAAACUCAUGUUGGUAGCUUCGAGAACACUGCCCAACCAUCUCGUCCUCUGUCGUCCCCUUCUCCUUGUGCCCUCCAUCUUUCCCAACAUCAGGGUCUUUUCCAGGGAGUCUUCUCUUCUCAUGAGGUGGCCAAAGUAUUGGAGCCUCAGCUUCAGGAUCUGUCCUUCCGGUGAGCACUCAGGGCUGAUUUCCUUCAGAAUGGAUAGGUUUGAUCUUUUUGUAGUCCAUGGGACUCUCAAGAGUCUCCUCCAGCACCAGAAUUCAAAAGCAUCAAUUCUUUGGCGAUCAGCCUUCUUUAUGGUCCAUAUGGUCUUUAAUUUCUCUGUCUAUGAUUUGGUUGCUACCCAUAAAGCAGGUGUAGCUAACCGGUGGCGUUUUAGAUUUUGCUGAAGAAUUAAGAAUACUGUAUAAAGUGCAAUAACGUUAAAUAAAUACAAAUGAGACAAUAUCGUACAGUAACAUUGUGAUAGUCUGUCUGAAACUACUUAUUUUUAAAGAUUAUGGAUGAGAUCCAAAUACAUCAGAGAAGACCCAUUGUCAAGUCCAUUGAUGUAAGUGGGUCUGCUCUCACUAUGCCUAACAUUGGAUUGUUCCAAAGGGGUAAUUUAAAUUCUUUAAAAUCUAAUUUUGCACUAUGUGCUCACUCUAUGUUUUCUUUCUGUGAGAGCUACAUUCUAAAAUGAGGAGGGGAUAUGAAUAAAGAACAGCAAUCAUUCUCCAAAGAAUUGAAUUCUGAGAUUUCAGAGCUGUCGCCUGCACAUAAACUGUGCUGUGUUCUGCUGCACCUUUUAAGCUUGUUCCGGACAGAAUUGUUAUCUGUAAAUAAGACCAGCAUAACACAAUAUACUUGCCCCCUAUGAAGAAAGCAUGCAUUCUACCAUUUGACAACUGCCUGUUUUUUGCCGCCUGUUCUUUUAUUUUGAAUUGGCAGCAGCUCCCUGGCAUGUCUCCACACAGCAAAGCAAACAUUUGGCUGCGCUUAUUUUACACCACAAUGUUCCCAGGUGCCGCUCUUGUGGACCUGAGAAGAAUCCUCCUGAAUCGGAUGAAAUCAUCUAUCCAGUUCACCAUAAACAGUCCAUUGUUUUCAAUGCUGCACUUAAACGGACCCCUGUCUAAAUUGGCACUGCUUUGCUUUAAUACUAUUUCAUUUCAAAAUAGAAACUGCCACGAAGAACUCAUUUGAAUAUCGGACAGCAAAAUGAUUUGCAGAGUGUCGUCACAGACUUUAAAUGGCGUUGAAAAAUGCUACGUUUGGAUGUAGCACUAAAACGUAGUUGGCAUCUGGAGAACAAGUGUGAGCUUCCUAGGGACUGAAAUUAAUUUGAGUUGGGGACUUUCCUAGUAUACUAGCUCUCUGUCCUACAUUUCCAGAGGGGGGUAGGGAGAGUCCCGAAUAGCACUGGAGAUAGAGAAAUGCCUUGUUAUGGUCACUCCCAUUUUCUCCAUUUCCCCUUCACUCCUUUGUAUCCGGCAGUUCUCAAGUGUUCUGAGCGGAGCCAAAGUAUUUGCAGUCGAAUGCAGUCUCUGUUCCAGACUUCCUGUUCCUUUCUUGUGAAAAGCGCUACCAAGAUCUCUCAGCAGCCCGGGCAUGUCGCAUCCUGCAGCAUGUUACGAGAUCAGCGUUCUUAAGAGCCUUUCCGCCUCAACUCCUUCGCAGGCAAAGCUCCUUAAGACCAAACAUUUCGUUUGAAAGCUUGAUUCCAAAAUCGAGAAGGCCAAUAUUCUGCCUCCCAAAGUUCAGUUCCUUUCUUAUUCAUGCAAGUGGUUUGGAGGGUGAUGUGUUGUGAAGUCCGCAGGGACAUGAAUUCAAGCUUUCCCUUCUAGAAGCAGGGCUUAAGUCUAUCAUAAACACACAUCACACCAUUUACUACAUUUACUUUCUUCUUAAAUAGGCGAAGGUAAACAAGGCAUUUUGGCAUGCUAGGAACUGCCUUGCUUUUGAUCUUGUUCUUCCGUGUUUUGAAUUAUAACUGGAGAAAGGACCUUUGGUCACAGCAAAACCUACUUGUUUGCAUUGGCAGGGACUUGUUCAUAGAACAGCCUGGACCAAAAUAUUGUGCUUGGGCGCAGGAUACGUGACUCUUGAAAAUGUGGUCCGUCCACUCGCUCUUGCAUUUGGGGAUUUUGGUUUCAAAUCAGGGAAUUAACUAGAAACAGUCCAUAUUGCUAUUCUGAGUCAGGUUGACAUUGUCUAGAAUAGAGUCCUUAGUUGCUUGUUCUCUUUUAGCUCAUGCUAUAUGAAAUUUCAAAGCGGUUUUUUUUUUUAAAAAAGGUUCUGACUAAGAUUUUAGCUCACUCAUUCUUUCAGCCUCAAGCCUAAAAGAAGUAUAUUGCUGUAGUUAUGAAUAGAUGUUUCUAGGGCUAGGCCUGCCAAAACAUUCCCAUGGGAAGGCUUUGGAGUGAUUCCCAGGAAGGAAUGAAGAAUCAAUUGGAUUUUGCAAGGAAAGGUCAGCAGGGUCUUCUAUGUUACGUUCUUCCAUCAACCCAGCGCACUUCCAUGGAAGGGGAAAAGUUGCGUUGGAAUUGGCUUCUCCUCUUGGCUUUUGUGGAAAGGCAAUCCUAACACUUCAUAAGUAGCUAUGCAUUGCGUUAACUUGGCUGCCUUGGAGCAAAGGCUUGGCUGUUUCUUGUAGAAUUUCUUUUCUGGGGGAGGUUUUCCAGGCUCGUUCUGAUGAGGGUUUUGGAAGAUGAGUGAAAGCGUUAAAAUUCCACACGCUGUGCUUGCAUUGGGACUCGUGUCACCCCAGUUCUCACAAAGUAACGUGCAAGGUGAUAAACCAAUGUGUGGACUGUACUCAUAAAAGACUGUCCAUGGAGGCUUGCGUUAUCAAAUGCAUUGGAAAAAAAAUACAUCAUUGCAUAUAGGAGGCUUGGCACAUCCAGAUUUUAAUUCAUCAUCACCAUCAUUUUAUGUAAUCCCUUCCCACUCUACAAUUCUAUGAUUUUACAACAAAAACAGUCAUAACCAAUAAAUAAAACACAUCAAAAAGUAAAGAAUAUUGAACAAGUUCAACAUCAAUCAUAAGAUCUAAAAGUAAAGAUACAAAAAAUUAAUAUCAACAACAGCAAGAAAAACCCAUAAGCAAUACCCCAGCCCAAGAGUCAGCUUUUGUAGCUGGAGUCAGUCAGGGUCCCAUCUUCCCAGGCUAGGUGUGAAAAGACCAGCAGUUGAGUCAUCACUUCACAUUGAAAACUGGACGUUCAGAGUGAAUGUUGUUAUGUAAGAGGAGCAUUCAUACAAGUGAGUGCCUCCCUGCUGUGUGAGUUGGUACAGUCCAGACCCUGGUUGAUCACCUUAUAGCUUGGUUGUGAGAAGGGCCAUAGAGAACUUGGGCUGCUGAGUUACUAGAUUACUUUUGUUAAGUUGCCAUGCUUGUUGGAUUUUAAAGGUUUUCAUAGCUGUAAAGAGGAUAUUGAAAAACCAGAGAAGGGCAACAGAAAUGAAGAGGGCCGUGGAGGCAGAUUUCCUGUGAGCAAAAGGUUGAAGGAGUUGAGACUGUUUAGCCUGGAGAAGAGAUAAUUAAGAGGCAAUAUUACAGCAAUCCAGAUGUUUGAGGGGCAUACAUGUAGAUGAUGGCUUGAAUCAGUUCAUUUUGCUCUACAGCAGGGUUUUCCAGCUGUUUUGGGACUACAGUUUCUUCAUCCCUGACCACUGGUCCCGCUAGCUAGGGAUGAUGGGAGUUGUAGUCCAAAAACAGCUGGAGACCCAACUUUGGGAAACCCUGGGCUGGAUGAACCAGGAAGCUGGCCCUGUGUAAGGAAGCUUCAUGCAGCUGUAUACCCUGCAAAAUUCAGACUCUUCCCUCUUACAACGGUCGAUAAAAUGGCCAGUUGUUUUCAGGGUGGUGGGAAAGCAGGUUGGAUUUUCUGACCAGGCUCAAACCCCAACUUCGCCAUAUUGCUCUUUGGAUGACCACAUUUUCUUUCAACCUAGCUCACAUCUCAGGGUUGUUGUUGUGGUUUUCUUUCUUUCUUUUUAAAGUACCAUGCACACUGCUGUAAGCUACUUGGACAAAAGGUGUGCUAGAGCUGCUUGGGUUGAAAUAGGCUUUUAAAAUUUAACUGUGAGCUACAAAGGUCGGCAUGCUUCUUGUAAAAUUUGGUAUGGAUACUGAGGGCAAGUGUGUCUAAGGAGAAUGUCAUCUUACGGAUUUGUCUUCCCACUCCUAGUGAACCUUCCCAUGUUCCAUAUCAGGUUUUAGUCACUCAGGAGCUUACGUCAUGUCAAAGGCCACUGUCCCAAAAGCAGUUUUAUUCCUGUAAAUUUUGGCUGAAUGCUGCAGCUCUUAAAUUCCCUGCAUAGCUUGACUUACUGGUAUCCACUCUUGCAUGGUAUAACAAAGAGCAGCUCGGGGGAAUUAUUUUCUUCACUGUAAAUAAAAUGGGGGAAUACAGGUGAGCAUAAAAGCAUGAACAUUAUCCUUGGGGAAGAAAUGGUGGCAUUCUGGAGAUGUGCAAUGGAGCACGUUCACCCCCAAAAUUGCCACUGGGUGCUAAUACGUGAUAAUUCUUAUUUUUAUUUUACAUCACACUUCCUUCAGAGUUCUCCUUGUUUCCUCAGCUCCAGGAACCCUGUAAUGUUAGUCGGACUGAGAAAAGUGAGUCUAGUCUAGUCCAGUCUAGUAUUAGAAAUUAAGUAGGUAAAAUAAAUAUGGGGAAAGCAAAAUGACACUUAGAGAAGGAUCUGAAAUAUUUCCCUUGAAGCUUGAAUUUGUUUUAUUCUGGAUUUGAUGUUUUAAUUGCCUUGAUAUUUCCCCCCUCUAAAAUAUAAAGCGGUCAGUGUUAGAAACGGAGAUUUGAAAGCUAGGAGCGAAGAAACUGCUCAGAAACCUCUCGCGCUAAUGAAAUUCCCUGUCGCAAAAUGCACCUAGAACAAUGGGAGUUUCGAACACUGAAAGUGGUAUAGAAAUGAAAUUAGCAGCAGCAGCAGCAGCAGCAAAUCUCACUGCUAGAAAGGCCCCUUGUCAUUCCAUUGUGGCAACCGUAACCCACAUUUAAGGUGCCAUUUGGCAAUUAGCUUAUGUACAUGAGUUUCUAACACCCCUAGGCCAUGUUGGCUGUGAGACGUGACUAGCUUCCUGUUUUCUCUCUGCUCCAUAGAAUGGCCCCAGCGCCAGGUCCUGCCACAAGAUGUGCAUCGACAUCCAGCGGAGGCAGAUCUACACGCUGGGCCGUUACCUGGAUUCCUCCGUGAGGAACAGCAAGUCUCUGAAAAGCGACUUCUAUCGCUACGACAUCGACACAAACACGUGGAUGUUGCUCAGCGAGGACACUGCUGCGGACGGAGGACCCAAGCUCGUGUUUGACCAUCAGGUCUGCAGGUGUUACAAACCAUGAAGGGCGGGGAGGUCCCUGCCCCAAGGGGUUUACAGUCAGGAAACCAACACAGACAGAGGAUGGGAAGGAAACGUAAUUUCAGUUAGGGGUUUGUUGAAGUAGGUUAUUGGGACUGGGGGCUGAAUGGAACGGAGGCUGCAGCUACUGUUCAGCAAGGCUGUUUUACUUGAUUGGCCCCGUUAGAAGUUUGAAUGGAGAUUUGGUGUCUUCAGUACAGUGGUACCUCAGGUUAAGUACUUAAUUCGUUCCGGAGGUCCGUUCUUAACCUGAAACUGUUCUUAACCUGAAGUACCACUUUAGCUAAUGGGGCCUCCCGCUACCACCGCGCGAUUUCUGUUCUCAUCCUGAAGCAAAGUUCUUAACCCGAGGUACUAUUUCUGGGUUAGCGGAGUCUGUAACCUGAAGCAUAUGUAACCCAAGGUACCACUGUAUUCUGAUUCUUAAAGGCUCUCUUCUCUGUUCACUGUGCUACUCUGUCUGCCCAGUUGUGGCUUUUUGAAGAAAAGAGGGCCUUCUGAAUCCAGUUACUCCUGGCCAACUUCAGAGCACCAAGUCAGCGGCCUCAACGAGCACUACUUGAUAUUUCUAAACAUUGGUUUUGACAUUGCAUUCGUUAUAGAAAAGCGCACCAUUAAGCGGUUUUUAAGCACGCUUCCUCUCCUUUCAGAUGUGCAUGGAUUCCGAGAAGCACAUGAUCUACACCUUUGGAGGAAGGAUUUUGACCUGCAACGGGAGCGUGGACGACAGCCGAGCCAGCGAGCCACAAUUCAGUGGCCUCUUCGCCUUCGACUGCCGGUGCCGGACGUGGAAACUCUUGCGAGAGGAUUCCUGUAAUGCUGGCCCUGAAGACAUCCAGUCCAGAAUAGGGCACUGCAUGUUGUUCCAUUCAGUAAGAGCUAGCACUAAGCCCAGGCACUAUUCCAUCACCCCUUGGCCUCAGUUGCAUUGCAGCACUUGAAAACGAGUGCAAAGGCAGGCCUUACAGUUGAUUAACCGACAGAAGGCCAAAUUUUAAUCUCCGGUAUUGUGAACUAAGGGAAUGUUGGCUUCCUUGUUUCCAAAUUGCUGUGGAUCUGGUAUGCUAUUGUAAUAGGAAAUGAGAGAAAGUUUGAAAGGUUGCUUUUUCUUCUGAACAAGUGCCAGCUUUUGCUUGUUGAAAGGUGUCUCUCUUUUCUCUUAACUCAAAAAUACAUUGAGCAGCUGGGGAUAAUGUUGGGAUUUUAAUUUCAUCUAUGGAAUCUUUCGAGUUAACAUCAAGGUAGUGUAGCAAUCCCUGUUACUCACACUUUUUUUGCCCGCAUAAUCCUUUUGAGGUCCCUUUUCUAAGCUCCCAGAAAGCAGCUGCUGAGCCCUUCUUAAUGUUCGGCCAGAAUAGUAGGUUGGCUGUAACCUUACAAGUUAGCAUAAAUACAUAACUUUAAAAUUGGACCAGUUUGCUGUUUUAGCAGCUGAACGUCUGGCAGGAUUCUGUGAACAGCAGAUUGUAAUAGUGACAUUUAAAGUUCUCAUUUUUCUCCCCCUCUGCUUAAAUUAUGUUAGUCUAUUGUUAUCAUAUAUUGUAUAUAUUAUUAAAGUGUACUUCUUUGUAAUAAAUUCCUAAAUUUAAUCAACAAAUUAAUAAAUCAAUUAUACAGUUAAAGGGCAAAAAUAGCUUAACCACAGGGUCCAUUUUUGAGUGGUUCCCACUAAGAUUCCAGAGAGGUUUGGCUUGAGAGCAGCUGAGGUGCGCUGCAUUGGCAUCUGAACUGCAAGCCGCGUGCUCACAAGUUUCCUCCUGGUCACUCAAAUGCCACCUUUUCUUUCCUUCAGAAAAAUCGUUGCCUGUACGUGUUUGGAGGCCAGAGGUCGAAAACAUACCUGAACGAUUUCUUCAGUUACGAUGUAGACAGCGAUCACGUGGAUAUCAUCUCGGAUGGAACCAAGAAAGAUUCAGGGAUGGGUGAGUGGCUUUGCUGCAUAUGUUUGAAUUCCUGUCUGUGCUAAUGGUAAGAAGCUGGCCUCCAUAUGAUGUGGUACUUCAACGGCUCGUUUGCACAGCCAGAGAUACCUAGCAUUGUUUCAGAGGCAAUUUGGCGAUACUCUCAGGGUUGCAACACAGAAUUGGCAGCCCUCCCCCUAUUCCAUAGCACCUCACGUUGCUGUCUAAGAUACUUGUGGGGUCAGAUCAUGCAGUGUGUUCAUCGCACAAAAGCAAAUGACAUGUUAAAUACCUUAUGCGGAGUCCCUUUGUAGGAUCAGGACUGUGGUGUGUGGAGCCGAUGGAAACUUCUCUACUGAGGGUAGCUUUGGUUUGGGGUGGAUUUUUGUCGGAGCUGCAGAAUGAGGAAAGGAUUAACCCACAACCCCAUGCUUUCCACAUCCCUGAGCCAUCUGAGCCUCCGCCUGUUCCUCACGCUGUGGCAGCUUUUUGCAUUUUCAAAACUGCACAUAUUAAUUGCUUUCGUGCAAUUGAAGGGAAUAAUAAUAAUAAUAAUAAUAAUAAUAAUUUAUUUGUACCCCGCCCAUCUGGCUGGGUUUCCGCAGCCACUCUGGGCGGCUUCCAACAGAACACUAAAUACAAUAGUCUAUUAAACAUUGAAAGCUUCCCUAAACAGGGCUGCCUUCAGUAGCCUUCUAAAAGUAUGGUAGUUGUUUUUCUCUUUGACAUCUGGUGGGAGGGCAUUCCACAGGGCGGGCGCCACUACCGAGAAGGCCCUCUGCCUGGUUCCCUGUAACUUGACUUCUCGCAAUGAGGGAACCGCCAGAAGGCCCUCAGCGCUGGACGGGCAGAACGAGAACACGUAGUCCAGCCUCCGUCCCUAGAAAAGUAACAUUUUUCAUCAUCGUAAAUGGUGCAGUUGUUGAUCCAGAGAGAGGGAAAGAGGGGGUGAAAUGAGAAUUAUUCCAAAGUUGUAAUUUGAUAACUAGCUUUACCAAGCAGAGAAUUAUGUAUAUAAAUGAGCAGGGCUGCAAACAACAGUGCUGUCUUUCCCGAGCUCCUCUUAGAUUACAAAGAGUUGUGCUGGUCUUUAGGUGCGUGAAUGGUAUCUCACUGGAUCAUAGUGAUGAUUGUUGCUGAAAUAAGGUGUAGAGGGCUUUCAGAUUCCCAAAAGAAAAGUGUGAGUUAGGUUGGGUGAUGUCAGGUGGACAGCUUAACCCUUGAAGCCUGCCUUCCCUACCACACCACCAGGAGUGAGUGCCAUGGCCCCCUCUCUUGAAAUUGCACCUCCUUUUGGUACGACUGCAUGUGGCUUCUUGUUUUUAGCAAACACCUGUGAUUAGUUCACUUUCCGUUGACAACAGACCCCGUCUUCUGGCCAAGCACAUUCAGCCAUGUUCUCCUGGCCAGAUACAUUAAUUGCAUGUUCUAGUUAGACAAAGGAGAACAACAUAAUUAGCCUCUGCCAUUUUUUUUAAAAGAAAAGCUGUCCUCCUUACUUUGAAUAGCAGACUUUGUUAUCAAGUGACUCAUUUAGAAAUCAUGAAUGAAUAGUAUGCCAGUUUUACCGUCCUCGUGUGUCUACGAAAGUAAAUAAACAGCUCUGAACAUUUCCCUUGUUUGUGAAGGGAAACAUUAGAAUUAGCCUCCCAACAAGGAAGAACAAAAGCCCAUUAUAGUCAAAACUGCAAAUGCUGACGACAAGUUGCUUUCGUUAGAGGGGCUCGGUUUUCAGUGAUUUUGAACACAAGCAGAGGUCCCUCUUCCCAUCCUCUCCCCUAGUUUGACUUCCCGGGAGAAGCUGCGCGGGGCUAAAGAAGCCAUAGCCACGUGCAGCCUCUCCCUGCCGGAGGGGCUGCGCGCGGCUAUCCCUGAAGCCUGGAGAGCAAGAGGGGUCAGUGCGCACCGACGCCUCUCACUCUCCAGGCUUCAGCGAAAGCAACGCGAAGCCUUUGGAGCACGGAGGGAGUGCUCCCUCUCCACUUCGGAGGCUUAGUGUUGCUAUCGCUGAAGCCAAUGAUCCUGCAUUCGCUCCAUAGGACGCACACACAUUUUCCCUCAAUUUUUGGAGGGGAAAAAGUGCGUCCUAUAGAGUGAAAAAUACGGUACCUCAAAUUUCCCAAGGGUUGCAGAGGGACAUCAUCUGGUUGGGGCAUCUGCACAUAAAGAAGAUACAAAAGCAUGUCUGGCACAUCAAAAUUCCAGACUGGCCCCUUUGGCACCUAGACUUGUUUUCUUUUGUUUCCUUACUGUUCAUUUUAUCUGUUGCUGUAACCUGCCCCAGUGUCCCGAGUUUCUAAUUUUCAUGGAUAAGGCUUUUUGGUUUCACAACACCUUAACAGCUUUAUAAAUAAAAUAAAAAAUAAAGCUGCCAUUUCACAACUGUGGCUCCUUUUCAAGAACAACAUGCUUUGUUUUGCUUCAUAGUUGGGACUGGAGCCUAGAAUAUUAUCAUGCAGCCAGCAUUAUCAAGCAACUUUCUGUUGUUAAAUGUACGAUGAGUUCAAUGCCUUACAGAGAAUCAUAAUUCUUGUCGGGUGUGGGGAGGCCCUGCAAAUUGGCUGUACAAAUAUUGUGGGCACCUGCCCCAAACCCAGUUAUUUAAGCUCUUGCCUACUGAUCGGAGAACAGGGAGGCUUUAGAUUUAAGUCCGUGCGCUCAGCGCUUACUGCACAGUGCUGAACGUUCAUCCCCCUACCUUUUCCCCUUUGGUUGCCAGCAAUAAGACUGUGGGUGGGAACAUACCUAGUAAUUUUAACUUGUAAGCCAGAAAAAUAGCUGGCUCAACAGCAUCUUAAUGAGGGAAGCAGCUGUGACCCAGACUUGUUCAGGAAGUAGGUGCCAUUUUUAUGUUGCGCCUCUCUCCUUUCUGGCAGUGCUGUUUCAUGUAUAAAAGCUGGACUUGAGAGCAUUUUUGGUUCUCUCCAGCUUUGGCGGAAUGCAUGAUAGCGUGGAUAGCUUCAGUUAAGAGGCCAAGUUUUGCAUAGUCAUGCCAUGCAAAUUGAGAAGAAGGAAAAAGCGAGAGGAGAGUUCUGCACACGCAAUAUAAACUUCUGUACUUUUGUGCCUGGGGGACCCCUUUAUUUUCUUAUAAAGAUGGCGCCUUAAAAUUUCAAUAGCUGCCAGUAAUCCAAUUAAAGAAAUCUUAAUGGAUUAAUCAGAUGAGGUUUGAAUUAAUGGAUUAAAUCUGCAUACAUUUGAGUCUAGAGUAAAACGGUCUUUAAGAAAAAGCAUGCUUUCUAUGUUCUUUGAUAUGCACAUGAACCACUCACAUUACCCCUAACAUAUAUAUUGUAAAAGAAACCUUAGGAAAGUAGUUUUCAAAUCGAGGACCCACCUUUAGCCCAUGCAUGCAGAGUGGCUGGGGAAGCCCAGCCAGAUGGGCGGGGUAUAAAUAAUAAGUUGUUGUUGUUGUUGUUGUUGUUGUUGAGGACCCACUUCUUAAUACGUCAGGAUGUGACCCAGUAAGUGAGCCCUGAUCCACCAGUUGAAGGUAAAUGCCUUAGGAGAAGAGGUAUUUUACCUUUGGGUAAUUAUUUAAAUUGAAAAACAAAACAUUUGAAACCUAAUUGGUUGCUCAGUUCAUUUUUUUAAAAAAAGUUUUACAUCAAAAGAUCUAAUUGAUCACUUAAAGGCUGCAGUCUUAAGGCUGCAGUACAUUGGACCAGCCUAUGACAACAGGGGCACCCUAAUGCAAAACAAUGAGACAAUGUCUAGAUCCAGGCCCUUGAGCAGCUGAACAGCAGCUGCCAAGAGCUUCUGUCUGGUAUACCUUGCUGUAACACCUUUGUGGAAGAGCUUGCACCCCCUAGUGACCCACAAAACUUGUUUAAUAGCCCAAUAGACGUAUCUGACGAGGCAGACGAUGGACUAUAAUGGACCCAAGCCCAGUUUGUAAAACGCUUGCUGUUUCUCUCUGCUUUAAUGAGGCAGAGCUUUUAACUUCAUGCAGCAGCUUCUGUUUCAGUGUCCUUUGUUAGGGCAGCGGCCCGUAUGUCUUGACAGCGACCCUGGCUAGAGUAUUCCCGAAUAGGACUGUUUAACAACAGUUGGUGCAAGGCAUGCCUGCCUUACCCUUUUGCUGUUGCAAAAGAAUCCCCAUUAAAACUCACAAACGUAGGUGUGUGUGAACCAGCAGGCUACACAAUCAUAGCCUCUCAGUUGAAUUAGUUGCACAUACCUUUUUUUGAGAGUAGGGUCGGUAAAGUUGACUAAAUCCCUGAAAGACAGAAGAUCUUGGCUCACGUCUACCUUCUUUGCUGCACCAGCUUGCAGCCCGGCCAGCUUAAUUGCUGUGAAGUACUUUCUGUUCUGGUACACCGGGCUGCCCGUCAAACUCCUGCAGGGCGACCCGUUGGAGUUCGUUGAUGAGAUGUUGCUGUGGUUGUUGUGAACGUGGCCUCUUCUGUCGUGCUAUCGGCCAAAGUUUUGGCAACUUAGUUCUGCAUAAGGCAGCUUCCUGAGAUCGCUAAGCGCCAUUACUUGUCUACCUUAAUGGAAGCGAGGCCAUCCCUGUUUCCACCACCUGCUCCUGACCUGAUUUAGCCGUAACCAGAGGCACCGCUUCUGCGCACGUGCACGGCGCGAUAGAGCGCUUCUGCGCAUGCGCAAGUGGUGAAACCUGGAAAAAUACUUCCGGGUUUGCUGCUUUCGCAACCCGAAGAUUACGAAUCCAGAGAGGUACGUAACCCGAGGGUCCACUGUAUCACUUUAUUUCUUUAUAAUAGAAAACUUUUCAAUAAAACAUUAAUACCAAAUAGAUACUCGGUACUGGCAUGUGCAGAGGGACGCAUGCAGGGAGUAGUAGCUUUUUAAAAUGUUCUCCCUGUUAAGUAUGUUGGUGCAAGAAAUGGGCUUGCUUAUGGUCUGCAUGUGGGGUAGUUAAAUUGGAGCCCUGGGCCUAGAAUAAACCAAGAGAAUCUUCAAUAAAAAUUAUAGAUAGAUAGAUACACAAAUAGAUCGUGCUGUUAUUCCAGUGUGACUGGGGGUACCCAAGUUGUUAAUCUUUGCAAAUAAUGCUCUUUAAUUCGCCUGCCGUUACAGAAUAGUUUUUAUUCCUUAGGGCUACUCUUCUGGCAUUUUUGUGUGUGUGAUCCUUCUUCGUUUUUAAAAUUCAAAGCGUGCUUUUGCUAAAGGGGAAAAAAUGCCUGAUUUACAGUAACAUUUAAUCUGAGAUGCUGCGGUGUGUGGGAGGGCCCCCUUUCCUGUCUCUGGCAGGAGAUUGAUUGUCCUGCAAAGAGGAGGUGUCCAUUUAAAAGCAAGAAGGAAUGCCCAUCCAUUGUGCUGUUUUGAUAUGGCUCAGCCCACAUGGCCCAUGCGUCAUAUUCCACUUUGUCACACUCUCUAUAAACAACUUCCUAAAGUCCUCCUGUGAACUCUGAGCUCCGUUUCUCGAGGCAAAGUUUAACUCCCACCCUACAUGCUGUGUGUAACUGGCUGUGUUUGCUUUUGCCAUCCGGCUAUUUGCUGGCUGCUUGGCUCGGUAAAACUUGUUUUGAUAAAACUGCGCAUGGGGCAGAGGAAGUGGACAGACUUUCCCCCUCCUUUUUCCUCCCAUAACACUAAAACUCCCAGGGUCAUCGAAUGAAAUUGGUUAGCAGGAAAUCCUUGACGGACAAAAGGAAGCCUUCACACUGGAGUUACAGAAUUAGCUUCCACAAUGUGUUGACGGUCGCCACUACUUUUGAUGGUUUUCAGAAAAGGAUGAAACUACCUUUUUUCAGGGCAGACGUAGCCCAGUGGUACGGAUUGGCUGUAGCUCCCAUUUAUUCAUUCAGAAGGUCCCAGGUUCAGUCACCUGCAUCUCCAGCUACGGUUGGGAGAGACUUUCAUCUGAAACCCCGGGGACUUGCUGCCAGUCAGUGUAGGUCAUACUAAGCUAGAUGGAACUAAUGGUCAGAUUCGGGAUAAAAGCCCAAUGUGUGAAGGCCGAGAACCGUUAAAAACAUCCCUUAAUGAAAAGAAGAUUUUCCUAUCCAGUCUGCAUCUCUAGUUCGGCCUUGACCGAAUUGCACUGCAUCCCAUGGCUGCUGUUUUUAACACCCUUGAAAACCCUGGGAGGUCUAGUUCAUAGCUGUCAACUUUUCCCUUUUCUUGCGAGGAAUCCUAUUCGGAAUAAGGGAAUUUCCCUUAAAAAGAGGGAAACAUUUACAGCUAUGGUCUAGUCACAGGUCUUUUACUGACCCUUCUAGUUCGGUCUUAAACCAGGGAUAAAUGCAACAUGCCAAAAGUUGAGAACAGCUUAAAGCCCCUUUCUUUGCAGCAUCCGGACGCAUCCCUUGUUUCGGACGCCGGCCUUGGGCCAUGCCAGUUUUUUAAUGCUUUUCUUGGAUCCCAAAAAGCUCAGGGGGAUAACCCUGUUUUCCACUGCCGUGCUAAUGAGGUAGCGAAUUUGAACCAAAUGGAAGGCAGAUGGGUUUGGAUGAGGGUUGUUCUCUCCCUCCGACGAGCCACGUGCUGCUUUCUCUUGUUUUGUGGGGGAGCCGAGCAUUGUCUAGAACUGCUUAGUCACGGCGCAAUGUUUCCCCUGCUUUUAAGAGGAGGAAAAACAGCAGCAACCGGCAGAGCUCGGCUGCUUGCACGCUGUGCUCCUUUGCAUGGAAACGGCCGUAAACCAAGAUUAUCCGCAGACCGAAUUUUCGCUCCUUGGGAAGGGGCCUUCUGUGCACAAAAUUACCUUCUUGCAGGUGGCUUUCAAAGUGUUAAGUUGUGUGAUUUGGCGGCGUCUGCAAACCGUGUCUUUUCUGAGCAACGUGCCUCGGAUAACCAGGUACUUUCUCCCGGGCGUUUCUCCUCCGGCCCCCACCUCGCACCUCACCCCAAACAAUGCCUGUAAGCUGAUCCAGAAGGAGGGGGAGAGAAAAACAGAACCAGCACAGAGAUCACAUGUUGGUCACACAUGCCUGCUGUAAGCCUGGUUGCCCAGGGAAACAGGAGCAGGGACUUGCCCAACAAACAACGGGGAGCGGCCAAUUAUUUGAUUAUGCUUUUAUGGGAAUUAAAGAGAAACCUCCAGUAAUCCUCUGCGGGGAAAGCGGAAGCGGGGGCAGCUUUGGUAUGCCCCUUUCGUGGUUUUUGUGAGAAUUGUUGCAAGAGGGACCUUUCCUUUUAAAUACCUGUUCAGGUUUUUUUUGGGGGGGUGGAGGGGGUGGAAUAGUACAGUGAACAGCAUGCCAGCGAGGCCAAAAUUUCUAAGGCCAAUGGCCACAUUCUAAUGAUCACAUCUCAACUUACAUGUGAGCCUUGUGCCGGCAGGUGUGGCCACUUCCUUCACCUUUCUGGCAGGCCUGGAUGCGAUGUGGAAGUCCCUAAUCAACUGUAGUUUCCCAUUUCACCCAAAACAUUCUGCCCUCCGCUUUCCUGUUCACUGAGACAUAAGGGUCCUGGAGAUUAACCGAACCAUGAAAUUGUGUGGUUCCAGUCAAUUUCCAUUCCAGGAGGAGCAGAUCUGACGGUGGGGAUGGAAGAGAUUGUGUUGGGGGGGGGGGGAAAGAAAAGACUCUUGAUAAAAUAGGAAAUCUCCACGCAGUCGGUGUCUGGUGCAAGGCAAAGGAUGUGCAAAAAGUCCGUAUCUGUGCCUUUGGCAUGCAUAUUGAUUUUGGAAUAAGAAUUGCAUUCCUGGAUUGUUUCUGAACUUUUUAAAGCUCUGCUGUGAAGUUUAAAGCAAUGCCAUCCGUCGUUCCAAGCUCCAUUUAGCACCCUGUCUCACACCAAUUGACUUUGAUAAGCAUGAAUUUAAAAAGAGCAGAUGCAGUAAAAUUAGUCCUAAAAGAAAUUACUUUCGCAAAAUGUAGCAUACAUGAAGGCACAGGAGAUGAGCUGGAUGGGUUGCAAAAGGAUUUGUGGCUGGAUCUGGAGGGUUUGUCGAUCCUGCACUAGGGCAAGAAAUUUGGAGUAGCUUCUUUGGGUCUCUUCAGGGCCUGUGAUUUUCCUGCCAUCUAGUGGUUCAUUUUCUGCAGUUCAAAUAGCCAUGCUUAGCAAGACGCCACCAGCAGCUACCGCCGUACACUGACUGUGUUGCUUUGCUCUUCUCUCCCCGCAACCAACAGUCCCAAUGACCGGCUUCACCCAAAGAGCUACCAUCGACCCGGAACUGAAUGAAAUCCAUGUGUUGUCUGGACUUAGCAAAGACAAGGAGAAAAGGGAAGAGAAUGUUCGGAAUUCCUUCUGGAUUUAUGACAUUGUACGGAACAGCUGGUAAGUGGCAGAAGAUUCCCCUCCGCCCUCCUCCUGGAGUGAAAUAGUAUUUGCCUCUUCAUGUUAAUUCGCAAAGUGUGUGUAUUCCUGUAGCCGCAUGUAAGCGGAAGCGAUACCAGGUUUUUUUCACCCCAGGCCUGAGAAAGUGGCAUUUUGUCCACACUCCUCAAACAUCACUGCCAUUAGUUACUUCCCUGGAAAGAAACAUCAGAUCCUUGCAGGGAAGCAGUGUCCCGUAUCUACCCCAUAAGCUGCUCUCAGUUUUGCAGACAAGAGACCCAGUAAAAAGUCUGGUUUUGCAUAUAUUUGUAAACGUGCACCAGGAACAGGUUCAUUUGCACUUCCUAGUGUUCUUCAGCACUUUCUGUUCAUACGAAGUAGAGGUUUUAGAGGAGUGAGAGCCAGUGUGGUGCAGUGGUUAAGAGCGGUGGACUCGUAAUCUGGGGAACCAGGUUCAUGUCUCCGCUCCUCCACAUGCAGCUGCUGGGUGACCAUGGGCCAGUCACACUUCUCUGAAGUCUCUUAGCCCCACUCACCUCACAGAGUGUUUGUUGUGGGGGAGGAAGGGAAAGGAGAUUGUGAGCCGCUUUGAGACUCCUUCGGGUAGUGAUAAAGCGGGAUAUCAAAUCCAAACUCUUCUUCUUCUAGAAAAAAAUGCAUGGAGGAAGAGCUGAUGGUCAUGAAAAUUCAGCCUUCCAACAGCUACCCUGAUGAGACGAUCAAAAAGGAGUGAAUGCUUUUCAAAAUGUGGCCGGGAACAAUUACUUUUAGUACAGUGGAACCUUGGUUCUUGAACUUAAUCUGUUCCAGGAGUCUGUUUGACUCCCGAAAUCAUUCGAAAACCAAGGCGCGGCUUCUGAUUGGCUGCAGGAGCUUCCUGCACUCAAGCGGAAGCCACGUUGGAUGUUCGGCUUCUGAAAAACGUUUGAAAACCAGAACACACGCUUCUGGGUUUUCGACGUCCGGGAGCCAAAACGGACAAAUACUAAGGUGUUUGAUAACCAAGAUAGGACUGUAUUCACAUAGCAUCAGCUGUUAACUUGUAACAUGAAUGCUAAGUAAUCUACUGCCGCUGUCAGAAAGAAUAUCACAAACAGCAGCUGUGAUAGGUCAGUCGGUGAAGCGUGAGACUUUUAAUCUCAGGGUCAUGGCUUCGAGCCCUGGCUUGGGCGAAAAAUUACUGUAUUGCAGGGAGUUGGACUAGAUGACCCACAUGGUCCCUUCCAACUCUACAAUUCUAUGGUUCUGCUUGGGGACUUUCAUUGGCCACUGAGAAUAGGAUGGCUGCCUUAGAUGGGCCUUUGGUCCUGUCCAGCAGGGCUGAUUUCUUAGACCUACUCAGGUGGAGGGAUGGGAGUGUUACAGCUUGCCAACACACACACACACACACACACACACACACACAGGUCACCUGUGCUUUUGGGUAUAGCUUUAGCAUCACAGCCUGUGUGUGUAGCGUCAGAGGUGUGUGGGUCCCAAGCCACACCGUAUUUUCCCUCUCUGGUUUUGUUGUGAACUGGUUGGAAAUCUGGGUCCUCAGUGCCUUUAGUCUCUGAGCAUGUAGGUUCCUGUGUGGAUGUGAGGCCCAUCACACAGUGACCAAGGAGCAGGCAAACCCAAGUUCUCCUAAUUCCUCAGUUCUUUCCCUUUGUUUGGAUGCCUGUAUUGGGGGCAUUUCUGAACAGAACCCGCUGGUGGCAUUUGUUCUGGAUGUCUUAAUCCAGACUUGUGCUUUUGUGACUUGGAAUGUGCCUCCCAGAUAGUUUCUGUUGCAAGACCAGGACUUUGCAUAUUGUCUGUGUGGAUUCUGGCAUAGCAUCAGGAAUGCCAAGCAUCUCGGCACUUUUUGAGAAGGGGAAAAAUGUUCUGGUGCUCAUGGGUUGCUGAGAAAAACUCGAAGGGGACAGCGCUGGCAAAAGGAGUUACGAAUGCCGGGCAGUUAAGGGCCAAUUUUCCUGUAGGGAAUGUUUAAUGGGGACAUUUUUGCCGUGGUGUCUGGUUCACCAGUGGCCUCUGAAAGGGGAGCGUAGGUGCUGUUGGGUAUUUGGAAUUGCUCCAUGUAUAUAUUAUACAUGUUAACAAAGAUUAAAUAAUAAACCAGUUUCCUUACAUGAUUAAUAGUCAGUGCUAAAACCAUGGUAGGCCUUGCUUGGAAGUGAUGCAGAGGCCAUCUAUGCUCUGAUAAUAUCCCGUAUAGAACACUAUAAGGCACUGAAUGUGGAGCUGCUUUUGAAGGCGACCUGGAAAACAAGAACUUCUCUCCUUUUGAGAGCCCUGAAUGGGCUGGGAACUGGAUAUCUUAAAGGAUGAUCUGAGGAAGAACAGUCAUCAUAGUGCAGACAGACCCUUCUCUGAAUAAGAUGGAUGGUGACUGGGAGAAAAGGGGGUGGCUUUUCAGAUGUGACCCCUUCCAAUGUGGAAUUCUGUAUGCAGAAAGGCUCAUUUGGGACUGAAGUUUAUGUGUUCAAGGUGCCUGUUGACUCACACAGGUUUUCCAGCAGGUCAAAGCUGGAUUUACUGAGAUGAGUUUUUUUGCAGCAUUGCUGUUUUUAUCCCUGCUUGCAUUUUACAGUUCUGCUGCGUGCGGCAUUCUUACCACUGUUAAAGAGCUGCCCUUUUGUUAAACCGGCGAGUGGCAUUAAAAUGUGUUGAAGCAUAUGGGCAAGCCUACAAUGUGGGAGGGGGCGGGAAGGGCAGGAAUUGUUCCCAGUAGUGAUGAGUGGGGAUACCUGGAAGCAUAGGAGGAGUCGGCAAGGGGAAGCUUAAGGUGUUACCUUGACAGAUAAAGGCCAUUCAAAGUACAAGGGGGAUGAGAAAAGUGAAGAUGGACAUGCAGGGAGUCGGUAGACUUGUGCUAUAUAGAUUAGCAUCCUAUGACACUUCCUAGCCAUUUAAUGUUCUCUUCCAGGGCUGGUCAUCCUGAGGAUCUCCAGCUGUUGCUGGGCUCCCAUUAUCCCUAGCCAGCAUGGCCAGCAAUCAGGACUGUGGGGAGUUGGAGUUCAGCAGCAUCUAGUCAGCCACAGGUUCUCCAGCCCUGAUCCAUGCUCACCUACUCUAGCAUUCCGUUUCCAACACUGGCCAACUAUUAUUCUCCAGACGAGGCCCAUGAGCAGUGUGCAAAGUUUGCAGCCCUCCCUGUUGCUUGCAACUAACAAAUGAUAUUUCGGAGGUACAGUUAUACCUUGGAAUUCGAACUGAAUCCAUUCCGGAAGUCCGUUCGACUUCCAAAACGUUCGAAAACCAAAGCGUUCCGGCAACCAAUUGGAAGCCCUGUUGGACGCUCAGCUUCCAAAAGAACAUUCGAAAACCAGAACACUCAUUUCCGGGUUUGGAUUGUUCAGGAGCCAAAUCAUUCAAGAACGAGGCUAUUUGAAAACCAAGGUACACCUGUAUUCUGCAAUUCUGCUUUUGAAGUUCCAUUUAGUUAUCAUGCCUAAUAACCAUGGAUAGGCACCACUCCUCCUCCUCCUCAUCAUCAUCCAUGAGCUUUGUCUAUUCCUAGUUUUCGUUUCUUCCUCUUGCCUGAGAACCAUCCUGGCAUCGUUCUUUGGUAUUCUGGCUCUUGUUGAUUGCAGUUCACAAUAGCUCUUUUCAUUUUUCAGAGCAGCUUUUUUUAAAAAACGAGUGCUUAUAAAUGCCGCAAGUUUAUUAGAGAGGGGUAGAUGACAGCACCCAGGUAGUCUUUAUUUGGCAAAUAGGUAGUUUGAAUCCUGAUGGCGGCGGUGGUGCAAGCCGCUGCUAAACAGGUGCCAGCUAGCCAUGAGUUGAUGCCUGGCAACUCUGAAUCGCUUCAUCUCAUAUUGUAUUGCAGGUCUUGUGUCUACAAGAAUGACCAGGCCGCCAAAGAGAAUCCAAGCAAAAGCCUUCAAGAGGAAGAGCCCUGCCCGCGUUUUGCACACCAGCUUGUGUAUGAUGAAUUACACAAGGUAAGCCUGUCUGGACACAGGGUGGGAAUCGGGGCCAACCAUGCUAAGUAUGUAGGGGCAUUUGCAAGGGUGCCCAUCCCAGUGCCAACGGAAUGUGCAAAAGACUAGAGAAACACCCAACGCUUCUAAAAAGAGUCAAUUGCUUUACUGGCAAUAAUUCAGCUCUAGGAACAUACAUAAAGCAUACAGUUGUAGAUACAGCCUAGAGCCUCAUUCCAGCAUAGAUACUGCGCUCUGGCCCAGAACAAACUUGCCUUAAAUGCAAUAGCCUUUAUAAUGUAGAUUGUGCCGAGUCAUUCUCACAUGAUUGCUGACUCAUUCUCACAUGUUUAACUAGCUACAGGUGCAUGCAAACACACCCAAAUUAAACAGCACACCUAAAGUAACCCUUCCUUGCCCCUUUUCUCUGCAUGCAUAAACAUACAUUUGCAAAGCAAGCAUUGAGUGCAGGAUAAGGUGGCACCAUGGCACCAAGAGGAGCAAAACUGGGCUCCAUUUUGAUGCAUCGGAGCAUGCCCUUCUUUCUCUGUGCUGCUGGUGGCCUGGAGCUCCGGGGGUGGUGGGGUGGGCAUCAGGCCAGUGCAUGCGUGUGGAUGAGCUGUGCCAUAGACCAAAAGUGUCCCCCUCCCUCCUCUUGUAAAACAAGUCCUGCCUAUCGAUGCCUGGCUUGUCUCUGGGAAGCCAGGCCAAAUAUAAUGGCCGCCAGGGGGCUGAGGCUUGAGUUCAAGCCCUCUGUGGGCCUUUUGAUACAUGUGUGCUCCCUGGAGGACAGGUGAGUAUGUCACGUGACUGGGGCCCCAGAAUCCAGCAGCUGGUUUCAUAUCCGAUUCAUUGGCAUAAUGAUUUUCAGCAUAUGUAUUGGGUCUACAGGGACACGGGUGGCGCUGUGGGUAAAACCACAGAGCCUAGGACUUGCCGAUCAGAAGGUCGGCGGUUCAAAUCCCCGCUAUAGGGUGAGCUCCCGUUGCUCGGUCCCUGCUCCUGCCAACCUAGCAGUUCGAAAGCACGUCAAAGUGCAAGUAGAUAAAUAGGUACCACUCUGGCAGGAAGCUAAACGGCGUUUUCGUGCACUGCUCUGGUUCGCCAGAAGCGGCUUAGUCAUGCUGGCCACAUGACCCGGAAGCUGUACGCUGGCUCCCUCGGCCAAUAAAGUGAGAUGAGCGCUGCAACCCCAGAGUCAGCCACGACUGGACCUAAUGGUCAGGGGUCCCUUUACCUUUACCUUUAUUGGGUCUACAGUCAUCUCUCUUUUCACUGAACUCAUUGCAGUUUAUCUCUUUCUUACUGCCCAGCUUGCUGUAUAGUUUCUCAUUUGACCAGUGGUGGUUUGCCAGAAAUAGUUGAACAGAGGGUUUGUGUCUGCGCAUGCUUCCUAUACGCUGCAUUGUCCUUUACACCGCUUUACCACAAAGCAGGUGAUUCAGAGCAGUUGCGGCUUUACUUCUCUGCACCUUGAGGGGAAUGCAAGAGGCGUGCGGGAUAAACCCAACAACCUGGGCACGCAUCACCCCACCCCUCGUCCCCCAAGCAGCUGCUCAGGUGGAGCUCCUUUGGGGGGGGGGGAGCACAUCAAAGGUUGGGCUGGCUCACCCAGCCGUCUUGAUUGAACCAUGCUGGCGUUUAUGACUCGACAUCUCAAUUCUUGUCUUUCAAGGUCCAUUAUUUGUUUGGAGGGAAUCCAGGCAAAUCCUGUUCUCCAAAGAUGCGGCUGGAUGAUUUCUGGUCCCUGAAGCUUUGCCGGCCUUCAAAAGAAUACCUUCUACGCCACUGCAAAUACCUAAUUAGGAAGCACAGGUACAGGCUUGCAAGAGACUGCAGAAGCGAGUCCCUUGGCAUUAAGAAGCAAGAGUGUGUGGGAGUAUGCCAGAAACCCUAUGCGAUUAUUUUUUAAAAAAUGCUCAGCCUUGUUGCUUUAAUAGGGCUCAAGGUUCCUUCCUAUUGUCAUCAAAAUGUGUGUAUUUUUUAGAAAAGGUUCCCAUAAUCAUAAAAUCAUAGAAUUGUAGUGUUGGAAGCAACGGUCUCUAAGCAUCACCUAGUCCAACUCCCUGCAAUGCAGGAAUCUCAGCUUUUGAAAUCACAAUUUAGAGGCCUUAAGGCACAUGGUUGGCAGGUAUAGAACUGGCUCUGUGGAACUUGGCGCUCCCUGUGUCUCAGCUCCCCUUUGCAGCAAAGGUGCACCAUUUCACCACGACCCCAAGGGAGGCUGUCCCCUAUAAAUAUAUGGUUACCAGCCAUGAUAGGUGGAUGACUGCUGCCCCGCUGCCCAGCCAUUGCAGUCCUUUCCAGAAGGAAAACUCAAGCGCUGCCGUUUCGUUUUAGUGUUGCUUCAGUGGGCUAAGGAUGCACGACACAGCCAUGCAGUUCAUUUUCCUCCCAGCCAUCAAGAAUGAUAGUGCAGCUAGGGGCUACCUGGGAGUAAAAUAUUUGCAUUUGUGGCGUGAUGAGCUUCAAGGUAUGGGUUGUUUACGUCUGCAGCUGGAAGCGAGUGUAGCCGUUGGGAAAUGAAUCUCAAGAAGCAGACUACUCUGGAUGCACUGCUUUCCCAACAUACAUGAGGGACGACAACAGUGGAACAUGGCUGCAGUCGAUGAGACACCCCUGAGCACUGAAAUUUCACCAGACUGCUCAGAUAUUGCUGCCACAAAAAGAGCGGCACUGGCUCACCCGGAUGGUGAUUCCCCCCCCCCCCUUUUAAGGGUUAGGCAAAGGGAAACAGGGCUACUUCUUUGACUCUGCUGGCAGGCUUCUCAUAAUAAUAAUAAUAAUAAUAAUAAUAAUUUUUAUUAAUACCCUGCCCACCCCAGCCAAGACCGGGCUCAGGGCGGCUAACACCAGGUAUGAAACAAUUGAUUAAAAUACAACUUAAAAAACAAGAUUAAAAUAUAACAUUAAAAUGCAGCCUCAUUUCAAUGGAAACUCAAAUCAAAAACUUCUUGACGUCAAAUCUUCACCAAGGCCAACUAUCCAGACUGGUCCUACGUGGGCCACAAAAAAAGCCAAGGAAGUCCCCAAAUAAGAGUUCCGUCACAGAAGGAGAAAGGAAAAAAGGAAAGAGGGGAAGGGGAUCAAGUUGAUUCCAAGCCAAAGGCUGGGCGGAACAACUCUGUCUUACAGGCCCUGCGGAAAGAAAUCAGAUCCCGCAGGGCGCUGGUCUCAUGAGACAGAGCGUUCCACCAGGCCGGAGCCAGUCUUGAAAAGGCCCUGGCUCUGGUUGAAGCUAAUCUAACUUCCUUAGGGCCCAGGACCUCUAGGGUGUUGCUAUUUAUGGACUUUAAGGUCCUCUGUGGGGCAUAUUGGGAGACAGCUUCCAUCCCAGCCAGCCCUUAGAAUAACUUUCUAACUGGUGCCUGUCUUUGCUUGGUCCCCCCCCCAUCCACCCCCCUUCCCCCCCUCUGUGUCUUUUAGAUUAUAAGCCUGAGGGGCUGGGACUGACUUGGACUUUAAAUGAUCUGUAUAGCACUCUGGGAGCUUUUUUUGGCUGAAGAGCAGGAUAAAAAUGCUAAAAGCAGAUAAGAUCACAGCUGCAAUGCGUUUGUGCAAUGAAGAGCUGGAGGCAUGGCAGCUGAAUGCCUUUCUGGUCCAGCAUCCAUUUCUCAUAGUGUCCAACCAGAUACCUGUGGGAAGUCUGGAAGCAGGACCCGAGUGCAAUAGCACUCUUGCCUCCUUGGGAUUCCCAUCCUCUGGUAUUAUUCGGAGGCAUACUGCCUCAGAGAGCAGAGGGAGAACAUGGCUAUCCUGCCUAGUAACUGUUUGCUUAUAGGGUGGAAAUCCAGCGUAGUUCAGUGAAAUGAUCUCCUCUCUAAUCCACCUGCCCUCUUCUUGGCUAGCAGGGAGAGGGAUCCUUUCUUUCUCAUAAAUCCUUUCUCUUUCUCUACUUUGUGCCCCAUCAUUCGAAAAGCUAAACUUUCCCAUGAUCUAUACUCACACAUGUCAGAUAUUGCAAGCUUGAAUUCAGAUAUGGGGAGCCUAUAGCUGCCGUGGUAGAAUUAAGCCCGGCAGGAUGUGGUCGUUUGAGGCUGCUGCUCUUUUCUGUGGAAGAAGGGAAGAAUCUUGUAGCGUGUCAACAACAAGGGGAUAUGGCCCAUUUUAGUACUUUCUGCUUUCAAGGAGAAGUUAACAUUAGAGCCACUUGGAUUUCGGAAUCGGGAAUUACUACAAGUUGUUGACAUGUAUAGCCUCUCCUCUGAGCUUGUUAGACUUUGAGGUGGUCCCUCGCCACAUGGAAACUCAUAUUUUAAAGCAGUGUUUCUGGAACUUGGGUCGCCAGCUCUUGUUGGACUACAACUCCCAUCACCCCGAGCACUGGUCCUGUUAGCAAGGGAUGAUGGGGUUUGUAGUCCAGCAACAGCUGAGGACCUAGUUUUAAAGCAUGAUUUUUGUGCUGAUUGCACUGCUGUCUGCCUGCCUGUCUAAAUGUGCCCCUUGCUAUUCCAAACUACCCAUUCAGACCCCAGUCUAUGCACUCUGCCAUAAGUCGAAGGACGCUAUCGCCCAAUUCCUUGCAAAAAAGUUCUUGUCCGUGGAGAGGCAAAGUGCCAGAAGUUUUACCCCACUACUUACUGGUUUGCCCAGUUUGCAAAGACUUUCGAGCAGCCUUGUUCAAAGAUCUACAUCUCCAAGUUGAGAGAGAGAUUCACUUUUUAAAUUAUUAUUAUUAGAGGGCAGUUCCUCCCUAUACCUCUGAAAAAGAGGCCUGUUUUGCCUUUGGAGAGGCAUGCUGAGGAUCAAGGUUUGUGGGGAUGAUAGGUUAAAUUCCUCAGUGGAGCAAACCCUUAUGCAAUAGAACGCCUGGUUUUUGUAGUUAUUCUAACCCUAUAAUGUAUUUUAUUCUGCUUUAUGCGUUCGUUAUUUGCUGUGGCUUCGGUUACACAAAUGAAUACCAUAAUCUUCGUACAACAACAAGGCAAACCUGAAGCUACCCAGUAAAAUAAUGAAUCGAGGUCGGCAUUCUAUCUUCCUCUCGCUGCCCCACACCAUUUCCCAGGAAUCCCUGUUGUGGCCUUGUUGUUGUCUUGCCUCUAAGGGAAACAUUGCUGUUGCAAAGCAUCCUGAUUAAAACUUGUUCAGUAUCUUGAUCGCAGGAUCAGCAGCCUGCGUCCCUCCCAGAUGUCUCUGGACUCCGUCUCCCAUCAUCCUUGAACUUUAGCCAUGUUGGAAUUGAGUCCAGUAACAUCCAGAGGACUGCAGGUUCCCCAUCCCUGACCAAGGCCAAUCUUGCAUGCUGGGUUGCCAAGAUUAAAAUGGGUGGGGGAUGCUUGUCUUCCUGGGCUCCUUGCAAGGCGGCGAGAUAUAAAUUAUUUGCUCAAUAAUUUAUUAUUUACCAAGUAAUAAUCAUGGAGAGCUUGUCUUGUGCAUUUUGGGGUUUCUGUGCCUUUCUGAAGACAGCAUUUCUCAAUGAGUGGCUUCCUGUGACAUCAUAGAGUUGCAAGGGACCCCCUGGGUCAUCUAGUCCAACCCCCUGCAAUGCAGGAAUCUCAGCUAAAGCAUCCCUGACAGGUGACCAUCCAACCUCUGCUUAAAAACCUCCAAGGAAGGAGAGUCCACAACCCCCGGAGGGAGACUUAUUUCACUCUCGAACAGCUCUUACUGUCAGAAAGUUUUGCCGCAUGUUUAGUCGGAAUCUCCUUUCUUUUGUCACUUGAAGCCAUGGGUUCAAAUCCUACCUUCCGGAACAGGAGAAAACAAGCUUGCUCCAUCUUCCAUGUGACAGCCCUUAAGACAGGCUUAAGCAAACUUGGUCCUCCAGAUGUUUUGGGACUACAACUCCCAUCAUCCCUGACCUCCUGUUAUCUAGGGAUCAUGGGUUUUGUAGUCCAAAAACAUCUGGAGGGCCGAGUUUGCCUAUGCCUGCCUUAAGAUAUUUAAAGAUGGCUAUUGUAUCUUGUGCAGAGUUGGAAGGGAUUCUAAGGAUCAUCUAGUCCAACCCCCUGCAAUGCAGCUGCCCCAUACGGGGAUCAAACCUGCAACCUGGGCAUCCUGAUCAAAUUUGCAGAUGACACCAAACUGGGAGGGGUGGCAAACACCCCAGAGGACAGGAUCACACUUCAAAACGACCUUGACAGAUUAGAGAACUGGGCCAAAACAAACAAGAUGAAUUUUAACAGGGAGAAAUGUAAAGUAUUGCACUUGGGCAAAAAAAUGAGAGGCACAAAUACAAGAUGGGUGACACCUGGCUUGAGAGCAGUACAUGUGAAAAGGAUCUAGGAGUCUUGGUUGACCACAAACUUGACAUGAGCCAACAGUGUGACGCGGCAGCUAAAAAGCCAAUGCAAUUCUGGGCUACAUCAAUAGGAGUAUAGCAUCUAGAUCAAGGGAAGUAAUAGUGCCACUGUAUUCUGCUCUGGUCAGACCUCACCUGGAGUACUGUGUCCAGUUCUGGGCACCACAGUUCAAGAAGGACACUGACAAACUGGAACGUGUCCAGAGGAGGACAACCAAAAUGGUCAAAGGCCUGGAAACGAUGCCUUAUGAGGAACGGCUAAGGGAGCUGGGCAUGUUUAGCCUGGAGAAGAGGAGGUUAAGGGGUGAUAUGAUAGCCAUGUUCAAAUAUAUAAAAGGAUGUCACCUAGAGGAGGGAGAAAGGUUGUUUUCUGCUGCUCCAGAGAAGCGGACACGGAGCAAUGGAUCCAAACUACAAGAAAGAAGAUUCCACCUAAACAUUAGGAAGAACUUCCUGACAGUAAGAGCUGUUCGACAGUGGAAUUUGCUGCCAAGGAGUGUGGUGGAGUCUCCUUCUUUGGAGGUCUUUAAGCAGAGGCUUGACAACCAUAUGUCAGGAGUGCUCUGAUGGUGUUUCCUGCUUGGCAGGGGGUUGGACUCGAUGGCCCUUGUCGUCUCUUCCAACUCUAUGAUUCUAUGAUUCUAUGAACCCUGGUAUUAUCUAACCAAUUGAGCUGACUUAAGGAUGAGGCUUGGCCUUGUCUUACCAUUCCUGUAGCUAAAUUUCCACAAGGACAGAUGGCCCUUAAAAAUAAUUCCAUUUUAGAGGCUGACACUAACAUCUCUGGCUAUGUUUCCUUCCCCUCAAAAGAAGAACCCUUUCCGGGUGCAAUGAUAAAAGUUUUGUUUGCAACCUCAGUAGUUUGAAAGCACUAUGGAGUGGGCGGUGGGGGUGGGGGGGGACCUUGUUCUGAACUGGAUUGCCCCUACUGUUUCAUAUUGCUUCAGUCAAGCCAAAAUCCAAGUAAAUCCCCCCUGAUCUAGCCUUCUCCCAAACACCUUUAAACUUGAGCCCUUGUUUUGCACGGAGGCCUGAGCCUGAGCUCAGGCUUUCAUCAGGCAGCCUUGCAGAAAUGACCCUGGGUAGCUUUGCAUCACUUAAGUAGGUGAUAGGCUAUUUCUUUUUAGCAGCCUAGCUUUUCGAAAGAAAGAUCUCUUAAGCCGCCUCCAGCAAUCUGUAAACUAUAAACCCUUUGCCUCGCAUGUCUCUCCCCAGGUUUGAAGAAAAGGCCCAGACAGACCCACUAAGUGCCCUGAAAUACCUUCAGAAUGACUUGUUCGUCACUGUAGACCACUCGGACCCAGAGGAGACAAAAGAGGUAAGGGGUGGGGAGAUUGGCUAGCUUUCUUCGAUACAAUACGAAUCUUUAUUGUCAUUGUCCCAUACAGGACAACGAAACUGGAAAAGAAAAAAAAAUCUACAUAAGACAUUCAAAACCAACAAGCCUGCUAUCCCUGCUAUCCCAAAAACUCUGAUACCCCAUUUUAAAAAUACAAUAUACUCCCAUAGAGACCCUUACACUGCGCUUAAAACCCAAAUCACAUUUGGAUAGAAACUGUUUCUCAGGCGGCUAGUCCUAGUCUUUAUAACCCUGUACCUUCUUCCAGAAGGCAGAAUCUGAAAGAGAUCAUUUCUGGGGUGCACACUAUCCUGCACUAUCUCUGCUGCUUUCUUAUGGCACCUGGAAGCAUAGAUUUGAUCCAAGGUGGGAAGAGUGCACCCAGUUAUUCUCUCCGCAGUCUUUACAACCCUGGACAGCAUUGUUUUUCCCCUGACCGUGCAGCUCCCAAACCACACACACAGACCAUAAGUCUUCCCAUUGAUGUAGGAAGAUUCAUGUUGCAGAGUUCUCAGAGCGACCUGGCUGCCUCUAUGAUGCAGCUCAGGGCCAAAGCCCCUUGGUGCCCUAGCUAGCGUGGUGGAUGAGUGUCACAGUUCCAUCUCCUGAAAAGCUAAAUAUGCUCUGCAUUUGGAUGGAUUGAUAUAUCAAGGCUUCAGCUUGUCCUAGAUCUCUUGCCCUUACAUUUUUUUAUUUUUUCCAUCUUCAGCUCCUGACGGCGGAAAGGCCUCUUUGUUAAUCUGCAAUGUGUCGCAUGCAUUGAAAACACACCACAGUGGACGCUCGGGUUGCGAACGUGAUCCGUGCAGGAUGCAUGUUCGCAACCCGCAGCGUCCGCAACCUGCAGCAGCGCGUCUGUGCACGCACGGGUCGUGAUUCGGCGCUUCUGUGCAUGUGCAAAGUGCAAUUUAGCGCUUCUGUGCAUGCAUGACCACUGAAUCCUGGAAGUAACCCAUUCCAGUACUUCUGGGUUUUGGUGGUCUGUAAACUGAAAAAAUGCAACCUGAAGUGUCUGUAACCCGAGGUAUGACUGUAUAUAUUUUUUAAUUGCUGGUUUCUGUAGCCUUCUUAAUCACUGGUGCACCGUAGCCUUAGAGUCUGAUCCUUGCUGUCAGCUGUACUUGAUGGUUCAGUUACUCCUGCCGGUUUGCCCCGCAUGUCUCUCCUUUUCCUCUCCUGCUUGCCACCCGAGCUUCCUUGUUCCUUUGUUGCGAGUGGCUCUUCAUAACUCAUGGAGCAGCUUUCUAUUUGCAGUUCCAUUCCUCCUCACCACGAGCCAACAACCCCCAUUUUACAGGUAGGAAAGAGGAGCUUGGAUCUGUGAUAUCUCCAAGGUUUAAGUCCCAACUUCUUGGAACAUGUUGGGGCCUCAUGCUUUUCUAGCAACCUUGUUGAGUAGUGCAGCAUAAAUGCCACAGCUUUGACAUUAAGUCUAUGGGAUAUGUAGUCUUCCGGACAGGCAACUUCCUGUAAAAAGAGAAGGAAUCACCCUGUUCUCUGAACUGGACGCAUAGGGUAGGUUGAUGCUACACUUCCAGGGCAGCCUAGAGGUUUAUGGGAGUUGUAGUCCUAAACAUCUAGAGGCCACCGAGGAUGCUGUAGGGAAGUGCUUCCCAAAUUUGGGUCUCCAACUGUUUUUGGACUACGCCACCUAUCAGCGCUAGCUAGCAGGACCGUAGGUCAGGGAUGAUGGGAAUUGUAGUCCAAAAACUGCCCCACUCUAGGGCAGUUGGAACUCUCAGGCUCCUUCAUAUCAAGCAGAAUCAAGGGGUGACACUUUCCUUGGAAUGUACCAUUUCAAUUCAGGCUGCAGGGGUGUAUGUGGUGUGUUAGUGUGUUCCAAUGCUUUAUGGAGAAAGAACAUGCCGGAGAGAGAAGUUCAGUCUAGCCCUCUCCCUGCAACACUAGUUUUCUACGUGCAGACGAUUAAAAAAUAAAACAUGGGCAGAAGUUGGACCUGUGAUCCUCCCACUUUCAUCCCAGAGUGAUAUAUUUUAGUGCCGGGGUGGGGAACUCCAAAUGUUACCGAACUCCCAGCUUCUGCUGUUUUUGACCAUUGGCCAGGCUAGCUGGGGCUGCCGGGAGUUUCAGUGCAACACUGCCCGGAGGGCCGCAGGUUUCAGGGAAAGCUUUAUGGUGCAAUUCUGAGUAUUAACCAGGGGGCAGAGAGAAGCUUUUGCCUCACUUGACACUCGCUUAUGUUUCUCCUGGGAGGUCUGCCUAGCAAAUUGCAAACAAUAACUGCAGAAAAGGUAGAGUUACGUAUCAGAGAGAGAGAGAGAGAGAGCGCGCCUGACGUUAAUAAAUGGAAACUAGUUCAGCGGCUUGAGGCCACGCAGCCAAAUGAAACAAACGCCGUGUUCUGGACAGAACAGUUUUUGGCCAGGCAUCUGGUCUAAUACGGUGUAAAUGAAAGAUCCCAGAAAGAGAAGGCAAAGUUGUUGUUUUUAAAAAUGAGUGUUAAAAUGCAACUCUGAAACAGGUCCCAUUGAGUUCCAUGGGAUAUACUUGCCAAUAGAACUGCAGUCCACAGUUAUAGCUUACUUCCUGGAGAGAACUUGCAGACGCUCCUGUAGCCCCUGACGGUUGAUGGUUUUGAAUCCUCUGUUCCUGACGGUAUUUAAACCCCUUUGCUGACUUUAAAGAGGCAAAGCUUUCCAGAAGCAACUAGGAUCUCACCUGCGGAUGUCUUGAAACUGCUGUGGUCAUUCAGUGGGGACUGAAGCAACGGUCCUCCUAAUUCAGUGUUGUGUUUCCCUUGGUGCCUUACAAAAUGCCCCCUGGGUGCUGUCAAGCAGAAUAUGGGCCAACAACAUUUGGUAUUCAAACGCUCCGCACAAAGCUAUUGAUACGGACUGUGCAGUUGUCCUGCUGUGUGUGUGUGUGUGUGUGUGUGUGUGUGUACAUGUACACAAUUUUCAAAAAGCUGGCUGUCAACGAGACCCCUCUUGGUACCAUGUACAUCUGAAGGUAGCUGGUCAGGGAGCAUCCCUCUGCUGCGUGGUCUAGCUUUUAACGAUUGCAAUUCAAAGUGUUGAUGCUGACCUUUAAAACCCUAAAUGGCCUCAGGCCAGUAUACCUGAAGGAGCGUCUCCACCCCCAUCGUUCAGCCCAGACACUGAGGUCCAGCUCUGAGGGCCUUCUGGCAGUUCCCUCGCUGAGAGAAGUGAGAUUACAGGGAACCAGGCAGAGGGCCUUCUCGGUAGUGGUGCCCGCCCUGUGGAAUGCCUUCCAAUCAGAUCUCAAGCAGAUAAACAACUAUAUGACUUUUAAAAGACAUCUGAAGGUAGCCCUGUAUCAGGAAAUUUUUAAUGGUUGAUCUUCUAUUGUGUUUUUCAUAUUUUGUUGGGAGUCACCCAGAGUGGCUGGGGCAACCCAGUCAGAUGGGUGGGGUAUAAAUUAUAAAAUUAUUACUGUAUUUAACACAACACCUUUUUGGGGAGGGGGCACCAGGUUGGGAGAGGCUGAUUUCAGCUGGCUUCCUCCACAGCCCAGGGAAGUCUGCCAUCUGCAUAAAACUCAGCAAGAGAGCAAGCCAUUUCAGGGCUUGCAUUAAGGAUGCAUAAAUCUGUCCUCCUAGCUUUUGCCUGACAAGAGAACGGGUCUUUCUUUCCGUCGUAAUAGCUGAGAGAGUCCUCAUGCUGCCACUGCCUAUAUAUCUCCAUUCCGACGAGAAUCGGGCUUCAUAUUUUAGUCUGGCUUGCUUGCAGUGAGCAGUGGUUUUUCUUGAAAGCUCGGCCAUGUUUGUGAAAUGCCAAAGAUGACAGCGUAAUAAAUUGAUGCGGUCAGAAAGACCUGGUUUUAAAAGUAGAAUUCCUUAGCAAUAGAACAUUAAUCCUCCGUGUGGCGGCAUUAGAUGUGUCAAGAAACAUUUCCCCCCACCAAAAUAAUAAUAAUAAAAAUGAACCACCCCAACCUUCAACCAAAGUGAUUUCAUUGUUGUUGAUCAAGAAGCCUUUAUGCCCCUCAUGGGAACAUGUUGAACCCUUUAAAAAAUAAUAAUAACAUCUUGUUUGUUUUCCUCUCCAGUUCCAGUUACUUGCUUCAGCCCUCUUCAAGUCCGGCUCCGACCUGAGCACUCUGGGUGAGUAUGCUUCAGAUCAGCAGGAAUUGGUGCUUUUCAAAAGCCUCAGUCCUAAAUCCCCAGAAACGCCAUGGGGAUCAGUUUCAGGCUGUCAGUACGCCAGACAUGGGAAGGUGGUGUUAGCCACACAAGCGCGGAGGGACCGGUCAAAACAAAUUAACUUGUGCCAUAUCACCCUGGCAGCCACCAGCAAGCCUUGCCUCAUGGAGACGGGGGCAGAGACCGGCCCUCUUCUUGCUGUGGCAAAGUGUGUCACUCAAGUGCAUGAGCUCAGGCCGUUCUUCCCAGUCGUGGGCACGUUUCUCUCUUCAGGCAGCGUGUCAAGGGAAACAGCAAAGUUUUCAAACUUCCCAGAACCAGAAAGUCUGGAGUUGAGCUCCCAAAACUAUAAUAAUCCCCUGUUCGCAUUCCUUCUGCCACGACCCCCUGAAGUGAGCGCUUUUUAUAACAGCAACUUGAGUGAUAGCUGGGCCUCUUGCCGGGGGGAGAGAGGUGAGACCCCUGCUGUAAAAGCAGGGUUUGGACUGCUUAAACCACAUCUUCCUCCCCUCCCAUGAAUUGCUAAUCUGCAAGGUAGAUUAGAAUUGAAGGCUUGUUGGCAGUGCCGGAUUUACAUAUAAGCUAAACAAGCUAUAGCUUAGGGUCUCAGUCUCUUGGGGGCCCCCAAAAAAAUUAAAGAAAAAAAACACCUGGAUGUACAUUUCCAAAAUAUAAGAUAAAAAACAAAUAAAAUAAAACUUACAUACAGCAACAGUGUUUUGUGUUGUGUAGGCUCCUAUUUUGUUACGUGCAAAUGGCUUUAGAUACCUAUUAGGUCCAUAAAUUACCAUGUAGCAUAUAUUCAACACAAAAAACAGUGACCAUUUGUUGUUGGCAAAGGACAGCUGGACAUAUAAAGGGCCCCAUUACCUUCAGCAGCUUAGGGCCUCAUGAAACCUAUAUCCGGUUCCGCUUGUUGGCAUCGAACCUUGAAAUGGAAUGUGAAGACUAGAGUCAGCCUUCGAAGCUCGAUCCCUGUUAGGGUCCUCAUUCCAUCAGGCUCUGUUUAAAGUGCUGUGGGAACCGCUGUCCCUUGGAUUCACCCCACUGUGCUGUUGCCUGUGUUGUGUUACGAAAGCCUGUGAACUACUUAGGGGGAGCACAAAGCCCUCACCUCUGGUUCUGGCUGGCUUACAUUUGGCCUUGCUCCUGCGGCUGCAGGGCAAUUGCGUUCCACCAAAGCAUUUGUGGGAUGAACAGGCAGGAUGAACUUGCAGCUCUUAAGUUCGGCUGCAAUUCAGCCUUCCCCAUCUUGGCCUCUCCUCUGGAUAUUUAAGGCUGCAGGUUCCCCUUCAGCUCCGGCCAGCAUGGCAGACCGUUUUGCAGUCCAAAAAUACAAUAAUCAAAAUCCGGGAAGCCUGGUUCAACAUUUCAAGGACAUCUCACAGAGUCCAAGGAUAGGUUUGUUUACAGCAUUUGGUCCCUUGUGUGAUGUACACAAUGUGCAAUGGCACUUUGUUGGCCUGUCAUCCAGCUAGCUGUUCCAUCUUAAUUAAUAUUCCCCUCCCCCUCUAUUUUUGGGUGGCGGGGGAGGGGGGUAAAAGUGAAAGUUUAGUCCUCUUUAGACAAACUCUUGGAGAAGGCUCCUAAGCAUUUAUUUGGACCCAACUGCUUGUAAGCUUUUACAAGCAUAGUUGCAUAGUUUACAAGCAUGGUUGCAUAGUUCUGGUGCACAUUCCACUGGCUACAAACUAUGCAGCCUUUUGCUAACUCAGCAGUAGAUAAAAAAAGAAGUUACGAUUGUGUAUAAAACCCAUAAUUUGUCGGACUGUACAAGAUAUGGGUGGUGCUGUGGGUUAAACCACAGAGCCUAGGGCUUGCCAAUCAGAAGGUCAGCGGUUUGAAUCCCCGCAACGGGGUGAGCUCUCGUUGCUUGGUCCCAGCUCCUGCCAACCUAGCAGUUCGAAAGCAUGCCAGUGCAAGUAGAUAAAUAGUUUACCUCCAGCGGGAAGGUAAAUGGUGUUUCUGUGCGCUGCUCUGGUUUGCCAGAAGCAGCUUAGUCAUGCUGGCCACAUGACCCAGAAGCUGUACACCAGCUCCCUUGGCCAGUAAAGUGAGAUGGGCGCCGCAACCCCAGAGUUGUUCGCGACUGGACCUAACAGUCAGGGGUCCCUUUACCUUUUUUACAGGAUAUCUGCCUAACAAGCCAUAAUAUAAUUCCUUCAGAUUGUAUCCAAGAAAAAAUAUAGCCAUAUAUCUUAAAAAACCUAGACGCAUUCACCCAUCUUUGGCUCUGAGGAGCAUAAGUUGCAUAUAUGAGGCUGAAUGUUCUCUUUUUAAAAAAUGAUUUUUGAUUUCAAGUAGCAAAACAUACUCAUGCAAGGGAAAUAGAGCUUAGUGGUGUAAGGCAAAGAGACAGAAACUUGAUGGCUGUAGUUUCCGAUGUUCCAAGAAAGGCAGUCAAAUGAAAGUGUCUCUCCAUAAGGUUCCAUGAGUUUGAUUGUAUUAACAAAGUCAAUAAAAGGAUACUGUGUUGUAUAAAAGGUGUGAGUCUUCCUGCCCCCCCCCAUCAAUGUUCCCUUUGUUAAAUGCUUAAUCUGUUCAUAAGGACCAUGUCCCAUACUUGUGAAAUCCAGGCUUCAGAAAGAUACGUGUUUAAAGUUUUCCCGUUUUUUUCCAACCGCUGAUCUAGCUGCAGGUAAUAAAUGCAGGAUAAAGUCUUUAUUGGCUCUGUUCUUAAUCUGAGAUAGCAGGGCUAAUUUAGGCUCCGGUUCUAGUGAUUGUCCCAUCGUUUGAAUGGGGCUGUAUUUUCCAUCUUUGCAGUUACCUUGUGGGGGGUAGGCUAGGGCAGGUGCACGUGUCCCAAGACAACCAGUGGGCUGCAUGGCUGAGGAAGGGCCGAAAACCUUAUACGCAGAUCUCGGGUGUGGCUGGGAUCAGUCCUUGCCUGAAACCUUGGGGAGCCGCUGCCAGUCACUGGGGACCCAGGGUGGGGAGCAUCUGAGCAAACAGGGCCCUCCAAGCCUGCCCAUUUGCCCUCCCCACCCCUGGGCCAUUUUCAGGGUGUCACGCCCACUACAUGGUUUAAAGGAGAAGCACAGAGGCUGUUUGUGUUUGAAGGAACACUCCCCCUCUGUCAGCUGAUGGGUGAUCGGAAGUGUUUGAAUGCAAGGACGCUUAGCAAGAGCUGUUUGAACACUCUUUGCAGUCCCAGCAGUUGGGAUUUCGAAGCGGGUCAUCACCUGUUGGCAGGUGGGCAGCGCUCCCACCUUUGGACCUCCAGGAGCGUAGGAGAUAAACAUCUAGAAUACACACCUGGGCCAUGUUUUCAACGAUUCUUCUCUUCUUCCUCAUCUCCAGGGUUUUCUGAUGUCGACCAUAUCUAUGCCCAGCGGACUCAGCUCUUUGAUACCUUAGUGAACUUCUUUCCCGACAACAUGACGCCGCCCAAGGGCAACCUGGUAGACCUCAUCACCCUGUGACAGGGGCACUGGCUGGACACAUGGAAGGAGGAGGGGAGGGCAGCAGGGCGGGGGCCGGGAGAAGGACAUGUUUUGCUUUUCAGUAUUUUUAAUUUUUGUGUGUGUGUGUGUGUGUGUGCGCGCGCGCACGCCUGCCUUGAUUGACCGAGCGACUGGCGGACUGCACUAUAAUAAGAGUAACGUGGUUUCAGAGCAGGGAGGGAGGUGGCUUCACGGAUAAAUACCAAAUGGGCUAAUAAAAGGCAACUGAUGUACUUCUGAUGGAAAUACAUACAUAGAUAUAUUUUCUGACCUUGGCUUUUUAAAAAAGUGAAUGAACGUUGAUGAGAAGAAAGCAAAUCACAUGGUCACCUGAGUUAUGUAUACUUACCAGUACCCCUUCCCUCCCGCCACUUGUUGUGUGUGUAUGCAAAAUGAAGUCUUGGAGAAUUUUUUUUUGGGGGGUGGUGGGGGUCGUUUGGGUUUUAUUUGGGGCCUCAUUGUAAUUUUGUCCCAACGUUUGUCUGGCUGAGUUUAGCGUUACUUCUCAGCGUUUGUGAACACCGGCAGUGGGUUCUGGUGUACGCAAGGGGUCCGUGUGUGCGUCUCUCUCUCUGUGGGCUUUGAUCAUAAACUGCAGCCGUGACCUUGUCGGAGGAAAAGCGAAAUCCAAGAAAGAAGCUUAGCCCCCUCUAGCGGACAACUUUUAGAUCUUGUGAAGAAGAAACAAAUAGGAGCAUAAACACAGUUCCGGGAGGGAACUACUCUUCAAACGCGAACUCGUGUGACAAAAUGACAACAGCCCCACUUCUGCCGGGAAGAAGAUACGAGUGGGGAAGUGGGUGGCGCUUGAAUUUUCCCCCACUGCCACAGCUUUUGUGCUAGAAAUACGCACACACAUACCUCUUUCCAGGUACAUGUUGGUGGAGAUAAACAUGUUGAUGGAGGGAAGUGGGAUUUGGGGCAGUUUUCAGCAGAGGGCAGGGGGGAAAGUUUGAGCAAUUUGCUCCCCUUCCGAAGUUGCUUCCUUCCCCCUCGUUUUUAAACAAGAAGCAGCUGCUGCAGUUUUUGCAUUCAGUUCAUGUAUGAUGAGUAGUUCCAUCUGUUGCUUGGUGCUACCACAGUUGCCUGGCUUCUGGGGUUUUUAUUGCUUUUUGUUUUUAAUGCAGUCUGAUCCCACCUUAGCCACGCGCCAUCCAGAAACCUCAAAAGUGAAGAACACUGGCCACACCUGCAUUUCGUGAGCUUUGUAUCCAUUCUGUUUUUCAAACAGAAUCUUGUAAGUAGACGUUGGGCAGAGCUUGGGGCAGGUGUAGCCGAUCUGCUGACCUUCCAGAUGUUUGGGGCAACAUCUUCCAUCAUCCUUACUAUGCAUUGGCUUGGCUGACUUGGGGUUGAUGGGAAUUGUAGUCCGAAACGCUGGCUGCCCUCUGGUUUAGAGCUUCUCUCUUCUACGCCCCACCUCCCCGCAACUUGCACAGGUCCAUCCUAAGCUCUGCUGAAUUUGCCUCUUUGCAAACGCAGGUUGUAGCAAAAAAAAAAGUUUGCUGUUUUCACCAGGUGUUUGUAUUGAUACAGGCUGGUUGCUUUUAAAACCCUCCACCUUGUUCAUCCACUCAGCGACCUGUUUCCACAGGAAAUGCCUGAGUUAACGCCUUAGCACUGGCCUGAAAAGUUGAGGGCAGGCAUGGGGCAAAAAUCCCACACCAACACUCUCCCCAGCAGGCUGUGCAGACAACGUAGCUCACGUAUCUCCUGUAGUCGUAAUGCUGGGUGAGUUGAAGGGGGCUGUGCACUUGUUGGAUGUGCAUUUACCUCGCCUUUAGAUGCUCAUGCAGGUUUGCCUGUCUUUAGACACGCUUUUGAUAACAUAAGCACAUGAAUUUGAAAGCAGCUUAUUCCUUCCCUUCCACCUCCCCCAGGCCUUUACACUAAAACUUCAGUACUAAGGUGUGUAUUGCUAGGUUUUGGGAUGCUCGCCCCAUCAGUAAGAAUGCGAUCCCCAAAUACAUGCAGUUUAAAUAGACUGGGUUAAAGGCACGCACAUGCUUUAAGAAUAGGUUAGUGCUCGAAAUUCCCCAGCGGCCAGUCACAUUUUGAGACUGGCAACCGACCCUUUGCGAGCAAGUGGAGAUGUCUUGUCGCCAGGUUUGGCUGCUGACAACUCUUCUCUAGUUGGAUGGCGCUGCUGCGAUGCCACAUCAGCUGGCUUGCGGGGCAGUGCAGCAGCAAAGGAGACACCUCUUUUGGUAUUGAACUGCCCCACAAAUCAGCUGGCUCGCGGAGCACCAAAAGACCUGCCCGCUGAUUUGUGCAAAAAAGAAAAGAAAAAAGAAAGACAACGACUAGAUAUUUGGUUGUGGCGCCCAUAACAUAAGUUUAAGGGGCCAUUUGGGGAAGAGCCUGCAAAUCUGAGUUUCUAAUACUGCUUCUACCUCCCCCAGGUUUUACACCAAAACUUCAGUACCAAGAUGUGUGUUGCUAGGUUGCAGGAUGUUUGCCCCCCAAAGUAAGAGUGUGAUCCCCAGAUAAACGCAGUUUAAGUAGACUGGGUUCAUGGCAUUUGCUUUAAGAUUAAGCGAUGUGAUAGCUUGGGAGGAUGAAGGUAAAAACCAGAUCACAGUCCCCACCACCACCUGUUUCAGCAACAGUUCUCAUGAUGGGAGGGCCAUCUUGGUGAACAGGGCAGAGAUGAAAACCUCUCGCCCAGAAGCCUUUGAAAUGGAAGCUGCGGAAGGUUAAGCUGGCAUGUUAAUUCCCUGUGCUGCACCGUACAGCCCUUUUGCACAGGGGAAAUGUGGGGAGGGAGAGGGGGCUGGGGAAAACGCAAGGGGGUUGAUCUUUAACUAUUUCUAGGUGCUUGUAUCCAGCAACUUCCUAGGCCUCUAGAGCCAGCGUGGUGCAGUGGUGAAGAGCGGCGGACUCGUAAUCUGGUGAACCGGGUUCGCUUCCCCACUCCUCCACAUGCUGGGUGACCUUGGGCCAGUCACACUUCUCUGAAGUCUCUCAGCCCCACUCACCUCACAGAGUGUUCGUUGUGGGGGAGGAAGGGAAAGGAGAUUGUUAGCCGCUAUGAGACUCCUUUGGGUAGUGAUAAAGUGGGAUAUCAAAUCCAACCUCCUCCUCCUCCUCUUCUUCUUCUCUUCUUCUUCUUCUUCUUCUUCUUCUUCUUCUUCUUUCAAAUUAUUCUGGUCUUCACAAAGAAUUCACUUCCCCAACUUAGUUAUUUGCAUCACACACACCCCCACAUAAGUUUUUUGAAUUUUUCCAUUUGUUUCCCCCUUCAGCCUGCAUAUGUUCAAUAUUUUCAGCUCUUGGGGAAGUUGUAGAGUUGGAACGGAUCCCAAGGGCCAUCUAGUCCAACUAAAGAAUCUCUGGCAGACGGCUGUCAAACCUCUUGUUUAGGAACCUCCAAUGAAGGAGAAUCCACCACCUUCUGAGGGAGUCCGUUCCACUCUUGAGCAGCUCUUGCCAUCAGAAAGUUAUUCUUUAUGUUUAGUCGGAAACUCCUUCCUUGUAAUUUGAACCCACUUGUUCAAGUCCUACCUUUUGGAGCUGCAGAAAACAAGUGUUCCACCUGACACACUUUUAGAUAUUUCAUAGAAUUGUAGAGUUGGAAGGGACCCCGAGGGUCAUCUAGUCCAACCCUCCACAAUGCGGGAAUUUCAGCUCAAGCAUCCAUGACAGAUGGCCAUCCAUCAUAUAUCCUCUCGGUCUCCUCUUUUCCAGGCGAAACAUACCCAGCUCCUUCAACCAAUUUUCAUAAGGCUUGGUUUCCAGAGCCUUGAUCAUCUUGGUUGCCCUCCUCUGCACACGUUCCGGCUUGUCAACAUCCUUCUUAAAUUGUGAUGCCCAGAAUUGGACCCGGUAUUUCAGGUGUGGUCUGACCAAGGCAGAAUGGAGUGGUACUAUCACUUCCCUUGAUCUGGACACUAUACUUCUGUUGAUGCAGCCUAGAAUAGCAUUAGCUUUUUUGCUGCUGCAUCACAUUGUUGACUCAAUAUUAAGCUGGUGGUCCACCAAGACCCCUAGAUCCUUUUCAAAUGUACUGCUAGUAAGCCAGACAUCCACCAUUUUGUAUUUCAGCAUCUUGUUCUCCCUGCCUAAGUGCAGAACCUUACAUUUGUCCCUGUUGAAAUUCGUUUUGUUAACUUGAAGAUGGCUAGCAUCUCAGCCUUCUCUUCCAUCUAUAUCAAGCUCCCUCAAUCGUUCCUCAUAAGCACUUCCCAACCACAUCAGGUUUGUAAAGUGUAGGAAACCAAACAUCACAUCAAUAUCAGGCUUUCGUUCCAUCAAUUAAGUGGUUGAGGCUAUGUAAUGGGGAGGGAAGAGGAAUAUAAAAUCCGUAUUAACCUGCUCCGUUGUAUUUGCAGUAUCAUAAACAUGGCUCUUAAAGGUUUCUUUUGUGUUGGAGGAAAUGUAUUUUUGCCUCCACAGAUUUUCCCCUUGGAAUAGUGAACAGUAAAACGCCUACAGGUCUCGAAUGAUUAGGAUUCCUUUUGUGCACGUUGCUCCGUCGUCAUGAAAACACUACAGCUCCCGGCUUGUUAAGGUGCUGCUGCUUCAUUGAACCUCACAUGCACACACUGGUGUGGAUGCUUGUUUCAGGAACUUGUCUUACUGUCAGCUUGAAAUCCGUGUUGGUUUCUUAGACGUGCGUUGCACGUUGGCUGGGUCUGUACUAGUUCAACUCCUCUGCUGACCCUCCCCUCUCCCCAGAGAAAACGUUAAAAGCUGAAGUCCCAAGCGGUGGGUAGGGAGGCAGUUAUUUCCAAUUCUAAAUCCAAUUCCCAACUAAAAUCCUCAAGAUUAUUUGGAGGAAACUGCUAUUAUGAAGGAAGUGGCGUGAAGUUAUCAAGGCUUCUCCUUGUAGGACGUACCUUGGGAGAACUUGCCCAUCAGCAAAUCUGCUUGGUCCACUUUUAUGGUCUGCUAUCUGAGGGCGUGACCAUAAGGGAGGUGUAGGGGUAUAAAUAAUAACAUUAUUAUUAAUUAUUAUUAUUAUUAAAACGUCCUCCAAAGCUGAGCUAGGGCAGCUUGUCCUGCUGGAUGCAUUUUAGAGCUAGGAUGGGCAAGAGGUAGAUGGGGAACUGUUGGCUCUUGGUGAUUUUUCAGUAGAGGGGGAAAGGGUUUCUGACAGCAGCAACAAGAAGGCUCCUCUCUCCAAAUUAAGCUGCUAAGAACAUAGGAAGAGCCCUGCUGGCUGUCCAGGUCAACAUCUUGUUUUGCACAAUGGCCAACCACAUUCAGGACACAGCACCCCUAAGAACAGUUGUGGGAAAACCAGGACUGUGUCUCUGCCCGAAAAGACUGGAGUCAGUUCUGAGACCAAAAUGUUUUUUGUGGUCUGUGCAGAUGUUUAGCAGAACCUUAUUCCUUCAAAGUGUUUCCCAGUGUUUUGCACUUAGCUCCUGAGUUUCUUUGUGAAUACCACAGUUCUUGUCAGCCUGAAGAUGGCUUACACCUGGCUUUAGAGACUCCCAAUUCUGGUAUGGAUGUGUAUAUAUGUUUGUGGAAGAAAACGGAUAUUAAAAAGAAAAAAAAACCUGAAAUGGGGAACAAUUGGGGAUCAGAGACAAGGUGGCCCCAAGACAUGGUUCCAGAGGCACAAAAAACCCCCAAGCGCUGCCCACUCACAUGUGCCCAUCUGGAUUGAAAUCUACCACAGCCCCACAAACAGCUGGUGAUACCAUUUUUUAGGACUGCAGCUGCAGAUAUGCUGUCUGGGGCUGAUGGCAGCUGUAGCCCAAAACAUCUGGAUUCACCAGCUUGGGAAAUGCCAAUCUUCCAGGAAGUUCUCUUGGAGAAACCUCACUGGAGUGGACAACUCCGAUUCAUUUUCAGCGCAGUUGACGGAGGCAGACAAGGGUUUAUAAGAGUCUGUGCCCCAGUGGAGUCAGACAUACCCAUUUCCUACCCUGCUCCCCGUAAUCUAGCUCCCGAUCCGGCCUCCAGCAAAGAUCAGAGGCAGCAGUUUGGUGACGCCUGUGGCUAGGGCUCUGGGCUACUGAUUCUGCCUGCAUUGCGGGGGGUUGGACUAGAUGACCCUUGGGUCCCUUCCAGCUCUACAGUUCUAUGAUUCUGCCUUUCACGCCAGGAGAGACCUGGACUGCACUUAACAUGGGACGUUUUGCAUGACUCGAAAUCUACCGCCGGGUGAGCCGAGAGUUAAAUCCUUCCUUCCUUCCUUCUACAGUGACGUCUUCAGGGGAGGGUGGGAUUUUUGGAGCCAAGUUGUGUCAUAUACUGUGCUCACUGCUGUUGGCCGUUUUUGGGUACUUCCUCCCCAUUUUCUCAGCCUGCAGUAUAAAUUUCCCCUUGUGUUUCCCCCCCGUCCUCCCUCCUUCUAUCUUGGCAUAAGGAAAAUGGUUGUGACCCCAGGUUGAAGUAUUAAGGAUUGCUUUGGAAUGAUAUGAGAGCAUUUACCAAUGUAGAAUUAUGCUGUAUGUAAUGUAUAUACGGAGAGAGAAUGUAUUUUGUUCAUUUUUUUUCUUAAUAAAAACAAAAAUCAAUGCC